AUGUACGGAGAGCUGACUGACAAAGACACCAUAGAUAAAGUUCGGCAGACGUUUGAGAACUACGAGAUGAACUCCUUUGAAAUCUUGAUGUACAAGAAGAACAGUAAGUCAGGUUUUUCACUCACCUUUCAACAGGGCCACGUUGAAACCAGAAAUGCAGGCAGGAGAGCAGAUCAUGAGAUGUGGUUUAACAAGACAUCAUCGCUGCUACAGGAAUGGCACUGGGAGUACUAUUUCCCCCUGCCCUUUCCUUGGCACUAACAAGUUUUCAGGAGGAGGGAGUGAUGAGAAUUAUACCUUUACUUGGAGUACAGUAACAGGAUUGCCAAUAAUGAUGUAUCGUCAAUUGUAACUGGAAGCAUCAUUGAGUGCAAGUAAACAAUCUUUUUAUGGAGUUUGGAUACCUGACUAAUUACAGCAGCCAUCACCAACCUGGUGUCCUCAAUGCAGACAUUGUUGGAAUACAAAUCCCAUCAGCCCCAGGCAAUAUGUGCUGGUCUUUUACCUCCAGAUACUGCUGGACUACAACUCCCAUAAUCCUUGACCUCUGGCCUGAGGCUGAUCUGGAGGGUUGCAGAUUCCCUACCCCUGUUUUAAGGGAUGGGUAUUAAGCAUGGUAGACAAGUUGUCUUUUGGCCAUUAGUGAUCUUCUUAUUGAAGAAAUCCCGAUAUGGUGCUGCAGAAUCCCAGCAUUCUCCAAAACACAGAUUUAAAAGCCUAAUCCCAAGCCUAGCCUUUAAUUUAUCCUGGCCUUUGAUAUCUGAAACACAUCCCAUUUUUUGUGAUUGCAUUCUCCCCCCCUUCCCCCCUUUUUUCUUUUAUGAUUAUUACUUUGUAAGAAUAAGAAUCUUAUUUUUUAUUCUUUUAUUUUGACAAAUUAAUAAUCAUAAAUAAAUAAGAAUAAAAAUGUGCACCCCACCACCGAGACCAUUCUGUUGUAACUAUUAAACCUCCCAAAAUUUCAUUACCUCUUGUGAUAGUUUGACCCCGUUUCCGUUUUAAGUUGUAGCCCACACUGGCACCUUAGGGUGAAGAGGGGGUAAUAAAUUAAAAUCAUUACCAUCAUUAUCAUCUGAAGGACAGGGGACAUUUAUUUUAUUUGGGUCUUCCAGCUUCCUCCCACGGGAGGCACUGAUGGCCACCAACUUGGAUGGCUUUAGAAGAGGAUUAGACAAAUUCAUGGAGGACAGUGCUAUCAAUGGCUACUAGCAAUGAUUGUUAUCCUCUGGCUCCACUGUCAAGAGACAUUAUGCCUUUGAAUGCCAGUUACAGUGGUACCUCGGGUUACAUACAUUACAUACACUUCAGGUUACAGACUCCGCUAACCCAGAAAUAGUACCGUGGCGUGGCAGCAGCAGGAGGCCCCAUUAGCUAAAGUGGUGCUUCAGGUUAAGAACAGUUUCAGGUUAAGAACGGACCUCCGGAACGAAUUAAGUACUUAACCCAAGGUACCACUGUACUGGGAACUGCAAGUAGGAAGAGUGCCAUUGCCCUCAAGUUCUGCUCACAGGUUUCCCAUGGGCAUCUAGUUGGCCACUGUGAGAAGAGAAUGUUGGACUAGAUGGGCCACUGGUCUGAUCUAGCAAGGUUCUUCUUGUGUCCUUCCUGACUGCAAGCCUUAGUGUUGGCAAUCUGGUUGCUUGUCUGUUUUCAGAGACUCGGCGUGCUCUUACAAGGACCGAAUAAUGCCUCCCUACCCGAUCGUUGCCUCGCUUGUCAUCUUUUAUUCAUGUUCAGCUUGUUCCCUUCCUGCCUAUUAUAGUACAGCCUGAAGUACUGCUCCUUCUGAGACAGGAUUCUGCUCGGGGCAGUUUUGCAGCACAAAGUGGCCAGCACUAAUCUGUAGGAAAGGAUAAGAGCACUGGGAGAACCACUCAGAUUCGUUGGACUCCUUUUGUUCCGUACAGGGAUGUACACCCCACCUGAAGUUUCAGGGCUACCUGGAGGUGUCAGGGAUUGAACCUGGGACCUACUGCAGGCAAAACAGAUGCUCUGCCACUGAGCUGUGGGCCUGGAUAGCUCAGUUGGUUAGAGCAUAGUGCUCUAACCAUAGUGCUCUAACCAUAGUUUAGAGGUCCCGGGCCCUAAGGAAGUCAGACUAUCCUCCACCAGGGCCAGGGCCUUUUCAGUGAUGGCUCCAACCUGGUGGAAUGAUCUGUCCCAUUAGACUAGGGCCCUUCAGGAUUUAACCUCCUUCCGUCGGGCCUGUAAGACAGAGCUAUUCCGCCUGGCCUUUAAUUUGAAUUCAGCCUGAUCUUUUAUUUCCCUUCUCUUCCCUCCCCCUCCCCUUUUAUGAAGAUCACCCACUCUGAGACCCCACAGCUAAUUCUCCUCUGGCCUCCUUGCUGGCCCAAGUAGGACCAAUUCAGCCAACUAGCCCUGGGGAUUAUCUAAUUGAUUUUUUAUUUUUAUUGUUAUUCAUGUUUUUAUACUGUAUUUUAUGCUUCUAUUAUAGUUAAGGGUUUUAAAGUGUUUUAAAUUUGUUGUUAGCCACCCUGAGCCUGGUUUUUGAACCAGGAAGGGUGGGGUAUAAACAAAAAUUUAUUAUUAUUUAUUAUGAUAACACCAAGGUUGCAGGUUCGAUCCCCACACGGGACAGCUACAUAUUCCUGCAUUGCAGGGGGCUGGACUAGAUGAUCCACAGGGUCCCUUCCAACUCUGCAGUUCUAUGAUUCCCCACAAGUCCUGUUGGUGUUAGUUUAAAUCUAUUGCACUCCCCCACCCCCAGAACUCAUUUAAAAGCGUACUAAAGAGACAACCAACCGAUACAUCAUUUCAAAAGAGCUGUUGGGCUGAAGACUUAUUUUUCUUCUUUAACCACUUUUCAGAUAUUUCUAGUUCAACAGAGUAACCUCAGCCCUUUCUGAUUCUUCCUCGGGGGAAUGAAAUAGGAUUUCUUCAUCUUAACAUGUAGCGUUCUAACCUAUUGACCCUCUUCUCAGCCAGCCCACGGAUGGGUUCGAUGGUAGACAAGCGUGAAGGAAGAAGCCUUUUAAGACGCUGGAAAUGGCUUUGCUGGGUCUAUCAGCCUAACCGCACUAUGCUUUCCUCCCGGGAAGCUGUGAAGGGCCAGCCCCCCCCCCCGCUUCUCACUAUGUGUUCUGCUUGCUAGGAUGGAGCAGUCAGUACCCCGCAGAAUUUCCGGUGCAUUAAUCUUAAAAGCAGUCGGUCAGAUGCAAGAGAUUUCGCUCGGCUUAUGUAUCUAAAAACUUAGUUAUCGCCCGCAUGGCCUGCCUAACCCAUCCCUAUCGGAGACACUCGACUUGCUCACUAAUGAAUCCUGGGCAGAAUGCGCAGCUUCCUGCCUCAUGUACAGCAGCAGCAUUAAAAAUGAAUAGUGUAAUAUUGACUGAGGGAGUUUCAAAGGUCAGCUGUAACUAUUAUGUAACCAAAACUCAGCCGUCUGCUUUGCCAUAGCCAGUAAUUAAAGGAGAGGUGACACAUGCCUAGCUUUCAUAGCAGGCCUGGUGUGUAGCUGGUAUAUCUGGCUGGGGUAGCAUUUAGUGCAAGCCUAUACAUGUCUAUUCAGAAGUAAGCCACACUGAAUUCAGUGGGACUUACUCCCAAGUAAAUGUGAUUUAAAGGGAGGGUGGGAGGCUUAUAGAAUUGUUGAGCUGGAAGGGACCCUGACGACUAUCUAGUCCAACCCCCUGCAAUGUAGGAAUAUGCAGCUAUCCCACACAGGGUUCAAACCUGCAACCUUGACAUUAUCAGCAUCACACUCUAACCAACUGAGCUAUCCAGGCUUGGGGAAGCUGGGUAGGUGGGAGGUGGUUUGAGGUGUCUGAACAAGCCAGGAAUUCAUCUGUUGCUCUGGUGUUUAGCCAAGUCAUAGAAUUAUUUUAUUUUUAUAUUGUAAUUAUUAGUACCAGCUGAUGGCUUGCCUUCUAAGCCGCUGUCUCAAGGCGUGUUGCAUAUAAGAUAAUUGUAAAUGGUUAAAAGCAACAAGUAUAUUUAAAACAAGGCGAAAACCCUAACAAGCAGGAAAGACCCAGCCGGGGAAGCCUGUUGGAAUAAAGCAGUCUUCAUUUGUUCCCAGAAAGUGCAGAUAGUGGGCACCUCUUGUAUUUCAACAGGAACACUGUUCCACAGGACAGGGGCAGCCACACUGAAAAGCCCUCCUCCAAGUUCAGUGGAGUGAGCUUCUGAGAUCUUUAGAACUCUCCUGCCGACGGCAGUGAUCUGCUCUGUAUGUAAAAGAUAAGACGGUCUCUCAUGUAACCCAGUCCUGAGCUUCAUACAGCCUUAUAUGUUAGUUAUACAGUCAUACCUCGGCUCCCGAACGCCUUGAGAGUUGAACGUUUUGGCUCCUGAACGAUCAAAAACUGGAAGUCAAUGUUCUGGUUUUCGAACAUUCUUUCAGAAGCCGAACAUCCGGCGGGGCUUCUGCGGCUUCCGAUUGGCUGCAGGAGCUUCCUGCAGCCAAUCAGAAGCUGCACUUCGGAAGUCGAACAUUUCAUAAGUCAAAUGGACCUCUGGAACUGAUUCUCUUCGACUUCUGAGAUAUGACUGUAUGGGCCUUAUAUGUCAGCCCCUUGACUUUGGCCCAGUAGCUGAUUGGCAGACACUGUAAAUCCUUCAGGGUCUUAUGCACCUGUGGUAAUUCGCUCCCAUGAGCAAUUUAGCCACCACAUUCCACAGCAGCUUCAGCCUUUGGAGAAACCCCAGGCUGGCCCUACAUAUUUAUUUGCUUUUUUAAAAGAUAAUAAUCUUGCUUUUCAGACGAUUGCUUUCUCCCAAAGUGGCUAAUGCCAAGGAGAAGGAUACUGGAGGGAAAAGGGAAGUCUGUUUUUAAGGCCAGAACAAACUGCUGAGCUAUCAUUUUGUGAGGAGGCAUUUUUAUCCAUGCCGAUCUCCCCUUGCUGAUGUCCUUGCCUGAAUAGCAAUUGAUGGCCCUUGUUCCUUUGAAUGAUGGAUGGGGCCAGAAUGCCCUUGCUUCUUGCAUCUGCGGUCCCAGGGCAACUGUCAGUCAGAGCAGAGUGUUCUUCUGGUCAAAGAGCAGAGGGAAGUGGUCUCCCUGCAGCUGCUCCUUCUUUGGCUGGUGGAAGUUGGUCUCCAUCUUGCUGUGACGUUCUUCUUAGGAGGCAGGAGUGGAACCUCAUAGUCACCUUAGUGCCCUGGCUGAUGGUAGGUGGGGGUAGAGUGUGCUGCCUUCAACUCUGUGGCCCCAGGGAAAUUUUAAAGCUUUAAAGCUCACCUCGACUCUGAGGCGAACUUUAUGACCCCUCCAAACCUUAUAUCCAAGCUUCGCGAGUUUUCCCAACGUUCCUCUCUAAACUGAGCCGAAACAGGGUUAUGUAAUGUGAGACAGGCAUCAUAAUUUAUACAUGUUGUGAUGAUUUUCUUGGGAAGGGAAUCUGGAUCAGCUGCCCUGAGCGGUGUAUUUACACUAGAACGGUGGGAUAUGAAUGCUCUAGUAAACAAAUAAAAUAAAUUAUGUCAAUGCAGACUAUCUGUUCGUUUCAUGGAGAGUAUACACAGUCUAGGCUAUGUGAUUACGGUAUUUGUUGCACCCAAAGACCGCCCCCCCAACAAUUGCAUUUCAACAGUGACCUCAAUUUCUGCAUUUUGUGACUGGUUGCAAACAGAUCCAUUCUCUCUCUCUCUAUAUAUAUAUAUAAAAGAGAGUUGAAAGGAGCAACAUAGCACCAUUAUUUCCCUUGAUGAACAUCCUUCUUUCUUUUGAACUACUCUGGCCUCCGUUCAAAGAAGGUUUGCAUGCUUUUGAAGCAAAACCAAAAUUCUCAUUCCUUCUCUUGAAAUGUUGGACUUCUUGCAGGUAGUAGAAUGCCAGGAUUCCAAUGGGAAAAGGUGGGGGCAGGGAGGGGGCUUACUUCUUUUAUUGCAUCCUUGUACUGCUGUUUUGUUGUUAGCCGCCCUGAGCCCGGCUUUGGCUGGGGAGGGCGGGAUAUAAAUAAAAUUUAUUAUUAUUAUUAUUAUUAUUAUUAUUGAUCAUCAGAAGUACAGGAAUGUGCUUCCGCUGACCAACCAAACUAACCAAAUCAAUGAAGAUAUCUGCAUCAUUGGAAAUCUAAUUUACAGAUGGGAACUGCAACGAAAAGUUGCAGCAUGGAGUACUUCCUGUUCAGGAUUCCAGCCACUCCGUUCUCAUUUCCCCCAGUUUCCCAUUCCCUCUCUCUCACUGACAGCGAGCAUUCUAUAGCCGCUUACUAUGCUCAGUUCUCAUUGGGUUUGGGGUGGGUGUGUUCCACUCCCCCUUCGGGUUUCCCCCCCUUAAUAUUUUGCAUAGUUCUGCAAAUGCCAAGUUUUCCUCAAGCCUGCUUAAACCUUCCUCUUGUGCAAAGAUUGUGCUGAUUUGAUGUGGGAGCUGUGGCUGGCUAAGGGGGCCGAGAGCUAUUCGAAGACUUCCCCUCCCAGAACUACAGUUCCCAGAGUUUCUUGGGCAGAAAGUCUGAUUCUUAAACCACUCUGUGAAUUGUAACUCUGUGAGGGAAGUAAGGAGGAGUUUGGAUUUGAUAUCCCGCUUUAUCACUACCUGAAGGAGUCUCAAAGUGGCUAACAUUCUCCUUUCCCUUCCUCUCCCACAACAAACACUCUGUGAGGUGAGUGGGGCUGAGAGACUUCAGAGAAGCGUGACUGGCCCAAGGUCACCCAGCAGCUGCAUGUGGAGGAGCAGGGAAUCAAACCCAGUUCACCAGAUUACGAGUCCACUGCUCUUAACCACUACACCACACUGGCUCUCCCAGUCAAUAAGGGUCAAUAACUCUCAGUACCCUCAACACACUACAACUCCCAGGAUUCUUUGGGGGAAGCCAUGGCUGUUAAAGUGGUAUAAUUGUGAUUUAGAUGUGUGGUGGGGCUCCCUGGGGCUUGGUGGGCCUCACAGAGAGUAGUCAAAGGGUGAAUGUGACCUGUGGACCACAUGCUGUCCACUGAUGCUGUACAAGUUACUGAGAAGUAAGCCCCAUUGAAUUCAAUGGGACACAUUCCCAGGUAAGUGGGUAUAUGUUUGCAGUCAGUUGUUUCUGCUGUUCUGCUGCCACCAUAUAACCUUUUGUCCUUCUGUUUGUUUGCUGAAGCAAUGCCUCUCCCCGUAAAACAAUAUGGUUGGCAUGCUAUACAGCUUUUAUGUCAUUGACCAGUUUUUUGUGUGUGUUGUUUUUCCCCCCAGGGACUCCUGUUUGGUUCUUUGUGAAAAUUGCUCCAAUUCGAAAUGAACAGGACAAAGUUGUUUUGUUUCUUUGCACGUUCAGUGACAUAACAGCUUUCAAGCAGCCAAUAGAGGAUGAUUCGUGCAAAGGUUUGUUCUUGGCUCUUUAUUUUUUGGGGGGGAACACAAAUGCAUAUUUUAAAUAUAUACAGUGGUACCUUGGUUUGCAACCGUUUUGGAUUACAACCAUUUUGGAUUACAACCACAUCAAACCCAGAAGUACUUGUCCCUUUUUUUGGAUUACAACCCUUUUUGUUUUUGUUUUUUAAAUAAUAUUUAUUAUUUUUCCAAAAACUUAAACACUAAAAAGACAAUACAAUACAACACAUCAAAUUAACAAAACAAAACAAAAACAAUAAAAUAAAUCAAACAAUUUCAUUAUCCCAUCUUUCAUUCACUUGUUUCCACGACCUCCUCACACCUCCCUUUUUGUAUUCUACUUCUGUUAAUUAUUUCCGCAAUUCCUUUCCAUCUUCCUCUGUUUUCUAUCCUAUAAUUAUCUUAAUUCGUUCUAACCUUAUUUUUCCUUUAAUGCUCUAUUAACCUAUCUGUACUUAAUUCCUUAUAACAUUUCUACUAAAGCCAUAUAACUUCAUUCCAACAUUUUUCUAACAUUCAUUAAUUUUACAGUAUUUCUGUAAAUAGUCCUUAAAUUUUUUCCAAUCUUCUUCCACUGACUCUUCUCCCUGGUCUCGGAUUCUGCCAGUCAUUUCCGCCAGUUCCAUAUAGUCCAUCAACUUCAUCUGCCAUUCUUCCCGGGUGGGUAAAUCUUGUGUCUUCCUAUACUUCGCGAUGAGUAUUCUUGCUGCUGUUGUUGCAUACAUAAAAAGUUCUAUCCUUCUUUGGCACCAAUUGGCCGACCAUGCCCAGGAGAAAGGCCUCUGGUUUCUUCAGGAAGGUAUAUUUAAAUACCUUUUUCAUUUCAUUAUAAAUCAUCUCCCAGAAUGUCUUAAUCCUUGGGCAUGUCCACCAAAGGUGAAAGAAUGUGCCUUCAGUCUCGUUACAUUUCCAACAUUUAUUUUCGGGCAAACGGUAAAUUUUUGCAAGCUUGACUGGUGUCAUGUACCACCUAUAAAUCAUUUUCAUUAAGUUUUCUCUUAGGGCAUUACAUGCCGUAAAUUUCAUACCUGUGGUCCAUAACUGUUCCCAGUCAGCGAUCAUUAUGUUAUGUCCAACAUCUUGUGCCCAUUUAAUCAUAGCUGAUUUCACCGUUUCAUCCUGAGUGUUCCAUUUCAACAGCAGGUUAUACAUUUUUGACAAAUUCUUAAUUUUUCACAACCCUUUUUGUUUUUGGAGGCCCCAUUGGUGAAAGCACGCCUUGGGUUACAACCUAUUUUGGUCUCCAACCGGACCUCCAGAACAGAUUAUGGUUGUAAACCAAGGUACCACUCUAUAUAUUCUGGUUUUUAAAAAUUCAGCGUAACCUAAUUUCGCAUAGAUUUCUUUGCUCUGUCCAUAGAAUUAUUAAGAAUCAGACUGAAGUAACUACAAAUCAAUGUAUUUGUUAAAAGCCUUUAUAAUGCUGAGUGUGGUUAGGAGACCCCUAGUUUCCUCCCAAAGCUACAAUACCCAGAGUUCCCAAAGAAGAGGGAAUGAUUGACCUAAUAAUUCUCAGGAGCUUCAACAAACUUCAGCUCCCAGAAUCCUUUGGGGGAAGCCAUGACUGAUUAAAGUCGUAUCACAGUGCUUCAAAUGUGUGGUGCAAAUGUGGCCUUAAGAGAAUAAUGGGGAGGGACUAUAACACUGCAGGGACGUGGGUGGCACUGUGGGUUAAACCACAGAGCCUAGGACUUGCCGAUCAGAAGGUCAGUGGUUCGAAUCCUCGCGACGGGGUGAGCUCCCAUUGUUCGGUCCCUGCUCCUGCCAACCUAGCAGUUCAAAAGCACGACAAAAGUGCAAGUAGAUAAAUAGGUACUGCUCCGGCCGGAUGGUAAACAGCGUUUCCGUGCGCUGCUCUUGUUUGCCAGAAGCGGCUUAGUCAUGGUGGCCACAUGACCCAGAAGCUGUACACCAGCUCCCUCGGCCAAUAAAGUGAGAUGAGCGCCGCAACCCCAGAGUCAGCCACGACUGGACCUAAUGGUCAGGGGUCCCUUUACCUUUACCUUUACCUUUACCUUUAUAACACUGCAAGUGGACAUGCCAUGGUUGGCCUCUGAGACCCCUGCAGGGCCCACCAACUCCAUUGAAACAUUUCUCCAUUGAACCAGGAGCAUCCCUUUAAAACUUUUCUGGCACUGAGAGAAAAGGGCCUCUGCUGAUGUUUUCAAGGAGCCACCAUUUAAAUUUCCUCACAGUGUCCUCUGGUCUGCUCCUGGCAUAGCAUCGCUCCUGAGAUACACUGCAGCAAAGCCAGCUGUGCAGCAAUUAAAUAGCUGCCCAGUAAAGGAGGCAGCAGUAGCCUGGCCCACCUCACAGUGCCUCCAGGAUCUGUUGCUGCCAUUCACCCCACCACCACUCCCACUGACCUCUGGGCUGCAUGAAUUGGGAGAAGGAAAGAGCAAGUAGGUGCCUAGCAGUUAUGUGUGUGUCUGUGUGUCCCUGUGUGGUGGGGGAGCAUUCAGCAACGGGGAGCAGGGAGAGACACUGACAGUGGGGGGAAAUGUGCACACCUGACUAUCCAUCAGGGUGGAGAGGGAGAGUGACCACAGCCAUGGGAAAUGCAGCAUAUGACAUUUCCCAAGGCUACCUUAAACCAGGAAUUGGUCCUGCAUGAAUAAUAAUCAUAAUAAUCAUCAUCAUAAUAAUAAUAAUAAUAAUAAAUUUAUAUCCCACCCAUCUGGCUGGGUUUCCCCAGCCACUCUGGGCAGUUCACAGCAUAUAUAAAAACACAACAAAACAUCAAAUAUUACAAAACGGAAUAGUCUAUACAGGAAACAAACAAACUAAUAAAUUAAUAAAGGACCCCUGACCGUUAAGUCCAGUCGCAGACGACUCUGGGGUUGCAGCGCUCAUCUUGCUUCACUGGCCGAGGGAGCCGGUGUUUCUCCGCAGACAGCUUCCGGGUCAUGUGGCCAGCAUGACUAAGCUGCUUCUGGCAAAACCAGACCAGCGCAUGGAAACGCUGUUUAUCUUCCCGCCGGAGCGGUACCUAUUUAUUUCAAACUGCUUUCAAACUGCUAGGUUGGCAAGCGGGGACCAAGCAACGGGAGCUCCUCCCCGUCGCGGGGAUUCGAACUGCCAACCUUCUGAUGGGCAAGUCCUAGGCUCUGUGGUUUAGACCACAGCACCACCCAUGUCCCUUUAAUAAAUUAAUAGAAAGCAACAACAACAACAACAAUCAUAUUACAGUGAUACCCAAAUUUAAAUAACCACCAACCCCAACUCAACAUUUAACCAACACCAACCCAACAAAAGCAGAUAAGAGGAACCAAAAUUAGAACUGUUUAAGACAUUUUAGCCAGUUGCCCCAACCCAAGAGUUGUUCCAGCAAUGUCCCAGUGGCCUCCCGGGAGUCUUUUAGCUGUUCAGGGUGAGUCUGGGCUCUGCCCCCUAGGCCAAGUGGAAAUGGGCCUUGCAGCAGGGAGCUGGUCUUCCUUCUAGCACUCGCAGAAGAUCCCAGGUUCAAUUCCUGGCAUCACCAGUUAGAAGGAUCAUUUACUGAGACCCAGGAGAGUUACUUCCAAUCAGAGUAGGCAGUAUUGUAUUAGGGAUGCGGGUGGCGCUGUGGGUUAAAUCACAGAGCCUAGGACUUGCCGAUCAGAAGGUCGGCAGUUCGAAUCCCCGCAAUGGGGUGAGCUCCCGUUGCUUGGUCCCUGCUCCUGCCAACCUAGCAGUUCAAAAACACGUCAAAGUGCAAGUAGAUAAAUAGGUACCACUCCGGCGGGAAGGUAAACGGUGUUUCCGUGUGCUGCUCUGGUUCGCCAGAAGUGUCUUAGUCAUGCUGGCCACAUGACCCGGAAGCUGUCUGCUGACAAACACCGGCUCCCUCGGCCAAUAAAGCGAGAUGAGCGCCGCAACCCCAGAGUCGGUCAUGACUGAACCUAAUGGUCAGGGGUCCCCAUUACCCCCUUUAAGGAUGGGUUUCUAUAUUUUUUUUAAUUUAGCAGUCUAGAGAAAGCUGCCUAGCGAGGAGUUGUUGUGCUUGGAAUUUGGGAAACUCGAGUUCAGAUCCCUGCUCAGCUAUGAAGUUGCAGUAGAUGGCUUUCAGGAAGCUACUGUUUCUCCGUGUGAUGCAUACCUCUCAGGAUUGCUACUGUUGUUUAUUAUUAUCGAUUACAAAAUUAAAUCCUAGACAAAGCUCUCAAAGUGGUUUAACUAUAAAGUAUGAUAUAAAUCAAUACAAAUGCAAUCCUCUAAAACAGGCCUCAAUGAAGUUACAUUUAAAUCAAGACAGGAGAUAAAAGCAGAUAUCCACUCAAUAAGUAACUAGGGAAGGUUAGGAUCUCUGGCUCCUUGUGUGACGUAGCUGUGAUCACUGCUAAUGCAACCAAAGACAGAAACUGGCAUCACUAUUGAGUAGCUUCCUAUUAAAAGGUUAGCUAUUGAUUUGCCCAAGUGAUUGUGAGUAACUGAAGCAGAUGUGUGCCUAGUUAGUGACUAGGGACAGAAAAAUUCAGGAAAGUGAAGAGGGGCCUAUUAUCUUGAGAUGACAUAGGGGGAGACAGAUGAAACAGCAGGGAGAAGCUGCUGUUCAUUUCGAGCGCAGAUGCUAGAAAUGCUAAUGUUUAAAGAAAUUAUAGAUCUGCUGUCCCCCAUAAGCUUCUCAAUUAUCAGCUAAUGUUUGGGAUGCACAUCACAGAGCUGAUUCGCUUUUUAAAGCUGCCUAUGAUCACCUUGUAAAUGAAACAAAUGGGAAUCUGUAGAAGGACACGUACUAAAUGUAGGUUCUUGAAAAAAAUGUCCAGAGCAGUUACGAGAGGGAGAGAGACUGAGAUGUAAGAGUCCUUACUGUGAUGCAAAUCCCAGCUUUGUGCAUAUGCCGCUUCUGACCCAACUAGGUGCCCCACAGUAGGUCGUAAUGAGUCCUGGACUCUUCCAUAAAAGUUUUGGGAAGGAUUCUGGGCUUACUCCAGCUUUGCAUGCUGCAUCUUUCUUCCUAUUUCCCUUUUUAAUUGCUCCUUCCAUCUCACUUUCAUGAGGUCAUUGCUCCUUGAGGGAGGGGACAAGUGGUGGCACUAUAAGUAGGCAUGAGGAACCUCAGGCUGGGGGGGCCAAAUGUGGCCCUGCAAGCCCCUCUAUCUGGCCCUUAGGACUCAAUCUAUGUUCUGCUUCCUCCUCAGUCACACCUUCUCUCUCCAGGCCACCCCACCCCCCGGCCUUGCUUCACAAUCUCUUUUUGCUUGGCUGGAAUAUGUCAUCAGACUUUGAUAAUGCCUUUUGGUUGCCUGGAUGGAGUGUGUGUGUGUGUGUGUGUGUGUGUGUGUGUGUGUGUGUCAGAGAGAGAGAGAGAGAGAGAGAGAGAGAGAGAGAGAGAGAAAGAAAGAAAGAGAAAACAGAGGUUUUGCCCUCUUUUGCCUCAGGCCACCGGAUGUGCCCCCUCCCCGAAGAAUACCCAAGUGGGAAUGUGGCCCUCAAUCUGAUAACAGUUCCUGUCCCAUGCACCAGAGUCAAGUUGAGGGUCAAACAAUGGCAGGCCUGGGAUAUGGGCCUCAGCAUUCUGCUGUGGGGUCAGCCAGUGUUCAGGACUGGAGAGGAGGUCAGGACCAAACAGGAGACAGGAUAAAAAACCCCAAGAGUAUCCAAGGAUGCAGGAACACAUCAGGAGCAUCUUAUUGCUCAAGCAAGGCUCAGCUGAAUCACGAAGUCCUCUUAAAGUAUAGGAAGCCUGCAAAUGGUCAGCCCAGGUUUUGACAAUUCUUCCCUGUGGAGCUGCCAGGGGAGUUGCACUCAGGUCGUGCAGCAGCUGAGGAUGACUGAGCCCUACCUUGAAUAAAGUGUGCUAGCUGGACCAGUGGUCUGACGGAGAAUAAGAGGCCUUCUUAUGUUCUGAGCUGAGUUUAGAAUUAAUUCAUCUUAGUCCAAAGGUUUCGUGUUAACUUGAAUGCAGUCUGUGCUGAGUAACAGUCGGUCGUGCUCAUGGCUUGGAUGAGCUGUUCACUGUCAUAAUGAACCAGACUUUGAUUGACCGCUGGAUGCUCCCAGUGCUUAUCGGUCACUCAGGGCAAAAAGCCCUGAAUGUGGUGACACUCCUGAACAGCAGAUUAGCAAGAGGAAUAUAGGGAUCUGCUUUAAAGCAAAUCAGACUAUUGGUCCAUCUAACUCAGUAUUGUCUACACUGACUGACAGCAUCUCUUCAGGGUUUCUGGCCCUGCCUGGAGAUGUUGAGGGUUGAACCUGGGACCUUCUCUAUGCAAAGCAUGUGAUCUGUCACUAAGCUAAAGCCCUUUCCCAUUGAUUAGCCCUGGUCAAGGUGGUGUUGGAAACAGUUGCUUGUGCAUGAGGUUUAGUGUUCUGAAUGUGAGAUUUGGGGAUGCAUUUUACUAAUGUGCAUGUUAGCAGGCUGUGAUCCAGGGAAAUGCUGAGGUUCACACAAUAGACUUAGCUCUGCACAGUUUUGGACUUUUCAAAAAGUAUUUGAGCAGCCUCCUCACUUUUUCCCAUGGCACAGAAUGAUCUAAUGUUGAAAUUUCCUCAUUUCAAAAGCAGCUUGUAAUGUGGCAAAGGGAGGGGGAAGCUGUUGUUUGAAGAAGAAAAAAAAGCAGGUCUAAAACUGUAAACCUACAUAUACUUCUUUAGGAGUAAGUCCUACUGCACUGAAUGGGACUUCAGAGUAAGUAUGAAUUGGACUGGGCAGCACCAGGUUCGCAGAAAAUCUAGGGUCACAGGUCGUUGGAUCCUCAUGCUGUACCACGUGGACAGAGCCUGGUUUUGUGUAGCCCCAGCCUUGGAAGUUCUUCUUCCCUUUAAUGUCACCCCACUGCUAAAAAUAAUGAACUGUUUCGCCUGCUAUUGGCAUUCUGUGCUAUAGUCUUAAGUCUGCUGCACUUUCAUUUGCCUUCGCUGACUAAUGAGAAUAAUCAGUCCUUGUCUAUUUUCUGUGUAUGGGAGACAGCCAUGCCUCUCCUCGGGCUUCUGUAGUGAUGUGUUGUAAUAAGAUUAAGAGAAUGUAAACAUGGAUUCCUGCAUUCUAGGGUGCGAGGGGACAUUCUCAGUCCUUGUUCCAUUAUAGAUGUUACUGAUUUUAGCCUUCCCUCCGGUUCUCUUCUCUUCAUUCUUGCUAUUUUACAUGCAUGAUGAGAACUCUUAUCCUCUUAUUUCUUCUAUAAUAUUCCAGCCUUUCUCUUAUCUAAAACCAGGCAGUGCUAUACAGGGACUGUAGUGAGAUAAAGCACUUAGACGAUGCUUUUUUUAGAAUGGGAACUCUCAUUGCUAGUGUUGUCUUGUGUUUGAAGCCAUGCCAUUUGAGCAAAAAGCCCCCCUUCUCUUUCAAAAAGCUGCUGCUUGUUUGUAUGAAUCUAGAACAAAUUAAAAACAAUAUGGCCUGUUGCCUCAUCAUCACACAAAGGCCUGUAAAGCAAGCCAUUAGCUUCAGCACCACGGACAGCACCAGUGGUUAAUACAGUUUAUCCACCACGCAUUUAGGUUGCAUGUCCAAGCACGCUGAUCUAGAAGUAAGUCCCAUUGAACUUAAUGACUUACUUCUGAGUAGACAUGCACAGGAUUGCACCUUCAGUGUCAGAGUCAGCAAGCCUUAGUUAUCGUGGCAGUUGUUCAUUCCUCCAAUUACUCUUUGCAUAAACACAAGGAAUCACCUUGUAGCUAGCUGAAAAUACAACUAUGUUCUACAUGGCAAGCUGCUAAUGGGAGUUCCUCUCCAUGCAGACAGAGCAAUUUUCACACAAUUGAAACCUGCAAUAGGACUGUAAUAUUAAGUGAGUUAUUCCAGUGCAAUCAUGCAAAGAGAAGAUGCAGUCUACAUCAUACUCUGUGAUCUGCUACCAUUCAUUCACAGUAAACUCCUAGUCUCUCUCUGUGUGUAAUACCUUUCAUUACAUGGCUGCAAACAGUGCUAUGUUCUGGGAUGCAUGGAACUUUUGUGCCUACCCUCCUCUUGACCCUAGCCCUACCCACACUCAAUUUCUGUAGCUCAACGGUAAAGCAUCUGCUUGGCAUGAAGAACAUCUCAGGUUUAACUCCUGGUGUCUGGGAGAGACUCUUGCCUAAAAGCCUGGCUUGCCAGUCAAUGCCGGUCAGUGUAGACAAUACGGAGCUCCAGCUGCUUUUGGACUACAGCUAUCAUCAUUCCUGAGCACUGGUCUUGCUAGAGAGGGAUGUAGUCCACAAACAUAUGGAGACCCAAGUCUGGGAAACACUGAGCUAGAUGGACCCAUGGUCUAAUUAGUAUAUAUGUGUCCCAUGUCCUUUCCCAUGUAUUAAGAAUGUUACAAAAGCCCUGCUGGAUCAGACCAAAGCAUUCUGUUCUCACAGUGGCCCUCCAGAUGCCCACGGGAAGCCCCCCAGUAGGAUACAAUCGUCCAAGAAUGCUCUAUACUCAUGUUUUGGUAUACAGAUGCAUCCUGAUUCUGGAGGUAAAUAGGGCCAUCAGGUCUACAUUGAUAGCUAUACCCUCCCAAGCCUUAUAAACCCAAGUUUAUACAGAAUUAUUGACAUUGCGCCUCACCAACAUACUUCAUCAAUGAAUUCUCAUAUUCCUUGUAUAAACAAAUGAGCUAAUCCUUCCCAAUCCAUGGUCCUGGAAAGCAGCAAACUCACAAUAUAAUCCGAGGGUUGGAACUCUACUUUUCACCAUGCUGCGUCUCAUUUGUUGGAGGAGAAAGGUGGUAAGAGGUGGGCAUAGCUGCAGUUGUGCAAAUUUUGGCUUAUCGUUGGAGAGGAAGAGGGACUGAAGCCAUAUAAUAUAAUAUAAUAUAAUAUAAUAUAAUAUAAUAUAAUAAUAUAAUAUAAUAAUACCAUAUAAGCACCAGGAUAGAAACAUUGAGGAACAAAUAAGAAAUGAAAUGUGACAGGAGUGGUGAUGGUCUGGAUGCCAUCCAAACACUGAUAGUUAUUUCCUGUCACUUCAGUGAAAUGAAUAGAAGUCACACAAAAUCACUGCUUGGUUGAUUACUCCCUUGGUUGUUUUUAAUGAGCCAUUAUACAUCGCAGUGUUACUUCAUUAAAGAGAAUCCUUCUUAUUGAACACAGCAGAGUAAAUGUAUUAGAGCAGGGGUGGGUAACCUUUCCCCCCUUCCUGUUGAGAACUGCCUUUCUUGCAGGGGUUAUCUGUCAGUGGACAGAGCCAGGGCUGCUACAGACACAGCUGAGCCAGAAGUGUUAUCUAAUCUGGGAUAAAGACUGACCUGCUUCAAUUUCCGCCAUGGCUACUUCAGAUUAGAGUUCCCACUCCCAUGCAGGUCUACUCAGAAUUAAGCCCCACUAGAUUUCACAGAUGUAAUCUCAAGUAUACAGAGGGCUAUUUUUUAUUUAUUUUUGUACCACAGACAAAUACCGCCCCUCUUUUGGAAAGCAAGGGAAAAUAAUUUAUUUCUCAAGGAAAUCUGAUGGGACAGAACAAUGGGGAUGAUUCAGGAUAUUCCUAGAAUUGCUUUGCACAAUAUAUCUGGCUGUUUGUAAUAACCGUUGUGCAAUUUCUUGUAUCGCCUUCAGGCUGGGGGAAGUUUGCUCGCUUAACCCGUGCACUCACCAGCAGUCGGGGAGUCCUGCAGCAGCUCGCUCCAAGCGUACAGAAAGGAGAGAAUGUCCACAAGCACUCCCGGCUUGCUGAGGUAACGUGUGAUUAUUAUUGCCAGCCCACUUGAAUCAAUAGCGCCCGACUCUUGGGAACAGCUCACCUGAAUUCCAUUGACAAGGGAGAUCUAUUUGCGGGAUGUUUGCUUGGAGUGAAUUGGUGGGAAAUCAUGGGGAUUGAUAGGGGCCCACAAACUCCACCUGCUGCAGCUAGUAUCCCAUCAGUAUCUGUCAAGUGUCGCAAGUUGAGACACUUCAAGGUGUGCAGGGGCAGGGAUAAUCUUCACAACCGCACUGGGCCUCUAGUGCCCUCUGAGUGUUAUGAUAUCAUGGUGCCAGAACAAUACCCUUUGGAGACAAAGUCUUCAAGCAGCAGCAGCAGCAGCAGCAGCAGUGGCAAGGGGGAGGCAGACUCAUUCCCUGGUCUAUUCUGAGCCAGGUCUUCUGCCCAAGAUCCUUCAUCCUGUCCCUUAAAUGCUGGGGCCUGAAGCAGGUGCCUCACCUGGCCUCAAGGGUGGGCCACAUUUGGAAGCAUUGAACUGGUGCAGCUCUUGGAGCGCCUUAUAAGAAUGCAUCUGCCAAAUCUAAGAUUUGUUGAUAAAUGCCUGCAUAGCUUUGACUUUGUUAACACUUGGAAACGUUAAGUAAAUGUCCAAGCAGAGAGCCAGUGCGUUGACUUUGUCAUAGAAAGCAAUGCUGCUGCGGUUCAGGAUUUUACCUCCGCUUUAAGUAGGCCAUAUACUCUUUGCUAGACAAUUCCUUGCUAAAUUGGUGCAUCAGAUUAGACUUCACAUAAAUUUAAACCAGGACAGCUGGUGAAUUCAUUGUAAAUAAUACAGUAUAUUCUGCACAUAUGAGAUGUGUAUAAUUAUUUGCCAGUUAAAUACUGCAUUCAUUAUUUUUAUAUCGCCGAGCCCACGUCUAAGCUCCAGUGCAUUCCAGCACACUGGGAACCAGUAGAUGUUGUAGAGGAAAAAGAGCGUAAGGGGACUUUGAAAGGGGUCAGAUGUGUUUUGGGUGCAGCCUAACUGUGCUGAGGGGCCCAUAAUGCUUCUGGUCUCCUAAUGGUCCUACAAAUGUAGGAGCGGCAUUUGAUUUUAAGUCUGCAAGAGCAACUGUAACAGAUACCGAGGACCUUCUGGCGGUUCCCUCGCUGCGAGAAGCCAAGUUACAGGGAAGGGAACCAGGCAGAGGGCCUUCUUGGUAGUGGCACCUGCCCUGUGGAGCGCCCUCCCACCAGAUGUCAAAGAGAAAAAUAACUACCAAACUUUUAGAAGACAUCUGAAGGCAGCCCUGUUUAGGGAAGCUUUUAAUGUUUAAUAGUUAUUGUAUUUUAGUGUUUUGUUGGAAGCCGCCCAGAGUGGCUGGGGAAACCCAGCCAGAUGGGCGGGGUAUAAAUAAAUAAAAAUAAUUAUUAUAGCAUCCAGAAAGAAAGCUAGAGCAUCUGCUGUGCAUCAAUCCCAACAUCUUCAGGUAGGGCUGGGAUUGUCUCCUGCUGGAAACCCCUGGAGAGCCAUAGCCAGUCCGUGAAGACAAUGCAGAGCUUAAAUGGAACAAUGGCUUGAUUCAGGAGAAGGCAUAGAUAUGGUUAGGAUUGCUCUAUGAGUCAUCAUGAGCCUGUUUAUUUUAUUUUAAGGAAAGAUGGCCCAUGUGAUAAUUGGGGGGGGAAAAGCAUGCUGUUUUGUUUUUUAAUAGUGAAAGGCUUUCCCUCUUACUGUUUUCCAAGCAGGUCCUGCAACUGGGCUCUGAAAUCCUCCCUCAGUACAAGCAAGAGGCACCAAAGACCCCACCACAUAUCAUUUUACAUUACUGUGUUUUCAAGACCACUUGGGAUUGGGUCAUCCUGAUUUUAACCUUCUACACGGCUAUUUUGGUCCCUUACAACGUCUCCUUUAAAACGAAACAGAACAAUGUGGCCUGGCUGGUAGUGGACAGCAUUGUUGACGUCAUUUUUCUGGUAGACAUUGUGCUUAAUUUCCACACCACGUUUGUUGGGCCAGCUGGAGAAGUGAUCUCUGACCCAAAACUGAUUCGCAUGAAUUACUUGAAGACAUGGUUUGUCAUUGACCUUCUGUCCUGUUUGCCGUAUGAUGUGAUCAACGCAUUUGAGAAUGUUGAUGAGGUGAGUUUUGUUUCCACUUGCCAUCUAAUCGUUUACCAAGAUCGGUUGACUGGGGAGAGAAAUGGCUUUUUAAACCAAAAGUUGGUUAGUUGCUCUCCAUCUACACAUGUGCUUAAAUAAAUGUCAUUCUGCCUUCCUAGGCUGCAACCGCUAAUUGAUUGCAAAUUCUCAAGAAAUUGCAAUCAAUUCACAAUAGUACUUCACAAAAGUAUUUAUAGAUUUGUUUGUUGUACAGGUAAUGGGAGGUGCAAUAAGCUAAUACCUCGUGAAAUGCUGAGACUGAGAUUUAUAUAAUGACCUUUAGUCCCCAGAUUCAUUAAGCAUUUUUUGCAGCUUUAUUUUCUUUAUCACUGUAACAUAUGAAUGCAAAAAAUAUAUAGUCAAAACUGAUUGAAAAAGUCACUGUCUGCCCCAUGUUUGCUUGAUGGCUUCUCCAGUUUCAGCAAGCACUUCAUCUGUCUUAAAAUAUUAGGCUCAAAAGAUGCUAGAGAUGGGUUGCAAUUAAACAGUUGCGUGUCGAGACCCUGCAGCCACCCCCUCGUUGGGAAAUAACUCACACAAGGAUACAGAUAUUAGGUUAAGUUAUUGGGCAAAUUUGGCCACAACUUUAUUGAAUUACAGAAUGUGAGCGGUAUUGGCUUAUGCAUUGAUUGGACCCGACUAUAUCUGACUCUUGCCCGCUGCACAGGAUGUCCGGUAAGGGUAAACCACUGGUAGGGCGAGCCCUGUUGAUGCAAACCAACUUGAGCUUCUCCUGGUGUUCCCAUCGGGGUCAUGUCAUAGCCCUAGCCCCUGACCGGGCUUCGGACAAGAUCAACACCCCCGGAUUCCUUUAACGGAAUACCCUUAAGCAUGGUGGGGCAGGUGAUGGCCACACCUCCCCUCCCCCACACAAGGUCAAACAAUGCCUAACCGCAACCCUAACAAAGUUGUGACGAUUGCUACAAGGUAGGCGAAAACCAAGUGGCCAGUGCCAAUUUGCCAAGUGGAAAAAUUCCUACCAGGCCCCUUGGACAACCAAGGCAACCAACCAAAGUCCAUAGCAAGGCCAGUGCCUAACCUGCAAAUCGGGGGGGGGGGGUGAUUGAGGAAGGGAGCCAAAGAGGAAGUCCUCUGGCUUGCUCCUUGGUUUAAACUGUCCCGGCCAUGCCCGCCCCCAGCCAGCGGAUUGGCCGACUGGGCUCUGACGUGGCCAGGAUCCCCCGGGCAACGGGGGACAAAGUCCCCCGCCCCCGGUGGGGAGUGGGUGGCCACGUGGUCCACCACAACUCCUCCCCACUGGGAAGUGGAGCAGAUUAGCCAUGCACACACACUCUUCCAGAUCACAUUUUAACUAUUCAGAAAGUAUAAGACCAUUGAAAGUUUCCCAUCCAGCAUCGAACCAACAGCUAUCAAAAGCCAAGGGGCGGGAAAGCAAAUGAUUAACCAACUUUUUGAAAAAUGCAGCAUGGAAAAACUUGACGAACCUUGCUAAGAAACAAAUUCUAGAGUUGCCAUGCUGCCAGAGCUAGCCUGGGAUGUCUUGCCGUUGUAGGCAAAAGGCCUGCAUGCCACCCCUCCUUCCUUCCUGGCCUUGCCAUUGCACCCACUGCUGCCCGCCCUGCCACUGCACCCUCACCGGCAGCUGAGCCCGCACUGUCACUGCAACACAUUGGCAGUGGCACUGGUGCUGUGGGAACAGUGAGAGCAAUGGCGCAGUGGCAGUGUGGGUGAAGCCUUGGUGGGUUUGGCAGCAGCAGAAUGGCAGGGUCGGGUGGUCAGAUCUGCCACCUGAGGCCAAUGGCUUGACCUCGCCUCAUUGAUGGGCCGCCCCGGAUGCUGCAAAGGGAACACCUGGCUCUGACUGCUUGAGAAGUAACUACCGGAAGAAGCAGCGACUAGAUGAGGCUUCAGCUCUGGAUUCGUCAACAGGCAAUUCUACAGGAGAAGGAAAUUUCUGCCUUCCCAGGCUACAUUGACGUUGCUCAAGUGGUUGCUUGGCUGCUUGGAGUUGUGAGUAGGAGGCGGUGUCUCUGGGUCAUGUUAGAUUCCAUAUGCUGGGUGUCUUUUCAGCUGUACUAUGUUGAUGCCUGGUGUGUGGGUGUGUAAGGGAAGGGGUUGUAGCUCAGUGGCAGAGCAUCUGCUUUGCAUGCAGAAAGUCCCAGGUUCAAUACCUGGCAUCUGCUUGUUCGGGGCUGGGAGAAAAUACUGCUCCCCCCUUCUUUGGGUCAGUUUUAUUCAUUUACAGUGGAAGCUUGGGUUGCGAACAUGAUCCGUGCGGGAUGCACAUUCGCAACCCACAGUGUGUUUGCAACCCACAGCGGUGCGUCUGUGCACGCGCGGGUUGCAAUUUGGUGCUUCUGUGCAUGUGCAAAGCAUGAUUUUGUGCUUCUGCUCAUGCCUGAUUGCCGAAACCCGGAAGUAACCCAUUCCAGUACUUCCGGGUUUGACGCUGGUGGUGCUGUGGGUUAAACCACAGAGCUUAGGACUUGCUAAUCAUACGGUCGGCGGUUCAAAUCCCUGUGAGGGGGUGAGCUCCCUUUGCUCGGUCCCUGAUCCUGCCAACCUAGCAGUUCGAAAGUAGAUAAAUAGGUACCGCUCCAGCGGGAAGGUAAACAGCAUUUCUGUGCGCUGCUCUGGUUUGCCAGAAGCAGCAUAGUCAUGCUGGCCACAUGACCCAGAAGCUGUACACUGGCUCCCUCGGCCAAUAAAGCGAGAUGAGCACCGCAACCCCAGAGUUGGCCACAACUGGACCUAAUGGUCAGGGGUCCUUUUACCUAACCCGAAAAAACACAACUUGAAGUGUCUGUAACCUGAGGUAUGACUGUAUUUUUAAAAUUUAGUUUUUAUUAAAGCUUUCCUUGUGAAGCAAAAAAGUACAUACAGGCAGCCCCCUGUUUAUGUUCCGAGGCAUGCAUUCGCAGGUGAAAUUGUGUAGAAGUGAAACCCAUGGGAAAAGCCUGCUAACACCCCCAUUCUGCCCUUUUAGUGACGUUUCAAUGACAUCUGGGUCACUUCUGAGUUCAGCACGAUGCGCAUCUACACAGUCAUGCACGUAUUGAAUGUGCGCAAACAGGGGCUGCCUGUAUAGCAUACCACUUUCAAUUCAUAGAGUCUUUUUCACAGUUCAUUUGCAUUCGGUAUGAGACACUGCUGUCAUAGACAUGAUACGGUAGGGGGAAGAAGAGAGGGGAGAGGGGGUGAAGAGAGAUGGGGGGGGUAAUGAUAUUUCAUUCUAUUGCAUAGUGUUUGCUCAGGGGGUUUUGUGCCAGCAUCACACAAAUAGGUACCGUAUUCAUAUAUUUAUAAAAGAAUGCUGGUGGAAUCCUGGAGAGCCAUUGCCAGUCUCUGUAGACCCCACUGAGCUAGAUGGAUAAAUGGCCAGACUCAAUAUAAGGCAGCAUCCUAAAUUCCCAAGCAUAUACAUUUCACUUGCUUGUGGGCUUCCCCCUUAUUCUUAAUGCCCCAGAGUUCCCUCAGAAGAAGGAUUGAUUGUUAAACCCUUCUAGGAGUUGUAGCUCUGGGAUGGGAAUAGGGGUCUCCUAGCAGCUGUCAGCACACUUAACUAACGACAGCUCCCAGAGUUCUUGGUGGAAAGCCAUGACUCGUUAAAGUGGUGUCUUAGUGCUUUAAAUAUAUGGCAUGAAUGUGUCCUCAGUAAGUGUGUUGAGUUCAGUUCUGGGACAAAUCUGCUACUGCUGCCUGCUUGUUUCCCCCUGCCCAGAAACAAAAUCCAGCACAGGCAUCUGCUUCCAGCCCCUUUGGCUGAGUCACAUGCAUCAUGGCAACUGACUGACUUUCGGGUGUGGGGAUUAAGUGAGCUGUGCUAAAAAUGAUCAGACUCAGAUCUGAUUUGUUGGCAUGCUCUAGCAAGUAAAUGAGUGAAACCUUUACAUGACUACAGAGACUGAUUUUCACAACACCUCAAACUUAAUGUUUUCAAAUCUGAUCCACAUAUUCAUCUGUGUUGAUACAGCAAUGGGCUUCUUCUUUUUUGUGUACUGUCAGGUUUACAGUCCUCUGGAGCCAGUAGGAUUCUUGAAUUUAUCACUAGCUUUAUAGGACUAUCUUUCUGUGAUUGUGCAUCACUACAUCUUUGAUUCAUUGCUCUGGCUGUUCUCUUUCCUCACAGAGAACUUUUGUGAUGUUGGAGGAUUUCGAUUUCUCCCUCUGACACCAGUCAGGGUCUGUUGAUCCUCCAAAUAUUCAGCCCCUUCUGAAUGGGGCAUUUAAUUGGUGUGUUUGUGUUUGUGUGUGUUAGCAUUCUCUGAUUCUCUAGGUGAUGCUUUUCCUCUGGUGGGCCUGAGAGGAAGAUGGUGGGAAACAACACACUGACAUGCUCGUUCUGGGUGUGUGUGUGUUUGGUUGGGGAGGGCAGCUGCAGUGGAGAGCAUUUAGAUGAUCAGUCUCCCAACUGAAGAAUGAAAUAAUUUUGUUGCACACCACCCCAGUCUCUAGGGAUGCAGGUGGCGCUGAGGGUUAAACCACAGAGCCUAGGACUUGCUGAUCAGAAGGUUGGCGGUUCGAAUCCCCGCGACAGGGUGAGCUCCCGUUGCUCGGUCCCUGCUCCUGCCAACCUAGCAGUUCGAAAGCACAUCAAAGUGCAAGUAGAUACUGCUCUGGUGGGAAGGUAAACGGCAUUUCCGUGUGCUGCUCUGGUUCGCCAGAAGCGGCUUAGUCAUGCUAGCCACAUGACCUGGAAGCUGUACGUCAGCUCCCUCAGCCAAUAAAGCGAGAUAAGCACAGCAACCCCAGAGUCGGUCACGACUGGACCUAAUGAUCAGGGGUCCCUUUACCUUUACCCCAGUCUCUGCGUGGUGCAAGAUUCCAGCAGCUACAGGCACUUUCCCAGGGUUUGUGUUUCCUUUUGGAAAUGAGGCGCAGCGGAGACUGUGGUGUCUUUAUGAUAUACUGUUUUUUUACACGUAUAUACAACCUGAGCUUACGAUGGAGGGCUUCACAGCAUUAGCACCGCAAGAAAGUCUUGUUUCUCCUAUAGCCACAGCCUUGGAUUCAAAAGCAAUCAUUGCUGUGUCUUUCUGUCUCCCCAACUUGCUGUUUUGCUUCUAUGUCAAAUCACUGCCCAAACUCUCUACUCUAAGCUCUGGCUUUAUCUGUUGAGGGAGGGAGCCCCUCCCAAUUGCUGUCUCGCACUGAGUCACUUCAUCCAGAAAGCUAGCUUGGCUGUUUCCCAGAAUUAGAAGGCUUGAUUAGCUUUCAACACUUGCUGGAUCCAGGGAUUAGAGGAGUCUAGAACCUCCAACUCCUAAGAUUAUUUGUUUAUUUAGUCAAAUUCUUCUUUUAUCCCAGUCAAAAGGGGCUCUAAGUGCAGCUUACAAAUCACCUAAAAAAAAAAAAAAGGCAGUCCCCUCAGGCUUACAAGCUAAAAAGGCAUGGCACCGAGGGGAAAUAGAUUGAGAGGGAGGAAGUAAGCAAACUUGGGUACAGGUUUUGGGCUACAAGUUCCUCUAAUGCAUAAAGGUAUAGUACAACUGAUUUAACUCAGAAGGUUUCUGCUUUCCUGUUUACCAUCUAUCUAUAGAAUGUAGCGGCUUUUGCAUGCUAGUUACAGUGCAAAUUUCAGGAGAGGUCGCGCCAUCAUUUGAAACCUUUCUUUCCCCUGAAUAACCUAUUUCAGGGUGGGGAGAUCUUCAGGUCUGGGGGCUAAAUGUGACUCUCCAGGGCUUUAUUUAGCUCUUGGAUGUCUUCUUAGGCCACUGGCUCUGCUUCACUUCCUGAGUGUUUUUGCCUGUUUGGAAAUCUGUGGCAAGGUAAAAUCUACAUUCAUUGCUCUGCCCACUUUUGCACCCCCCCUUGCCCCCAGUGGCGUAACUAGCUGCUCGGGUGCCUGAUACGGCGAGUGAGUCCUGCAGCCAGCGGCGGGGCAAGUGGCCCAUGGGGGUGGGGUGAGCUGUGUGGAGCCUCUCCACUGCCUCCCCCUCAGCUGUAGGGUGGCUGAGAGAGAGGCGGAGGGCAGAUGCAAGCCCCACGCUGCUGUUUCAGGCAGCGUGAUGCCUGCAGGCGCCCAAGCCACCACAUCACUCCCAGGAGAGACGUGUGGCUCCGGCACGCUUCAGGCCCCAUGGUAAGUGCCGGCCCCCGCAGUGUGGCACCCAGUGCCAGCUGCCUUUCUGGAGAGCCAGUGUGGUGUAGUGGUUAAGAGCGGUAGUCUCAUAAUCUGGGGAACCGGGUUCGCGUCUCCGCUCCUCCACAUGCAUCUGCUGGGUGACCUUGGGCUAGUCACACUUCUUUGAAGUCUCUCAGCCCCACUCACCUCACAGAGUGUUUGUUGUGGGGGAGGAAGGGAAAGGAGAAUGGUAGCCGCUUUGAGACUCCUUCGGGUAGUGAUAAAGUGGGAUAUCAAAUCCAAACUCCUCCUCCUCUUCUUCUUCUUCUAUGUUUGUUGACUGAACUAAAAAGUUUCGUGAGCCCAAUUUUUUAAAAAAACCUCCUCAUAUUUUUGUCAUUUUGUCACCCCCACUCAGUGAUGACACCCGGGGCAGACCACACACCCCGCACCCCCUUCCUCCACCACUGCUUGCCCCCUAAGUGUCCUUAUUUUCCAGGGACAAUUCUGGAAUUACAAAAACCAUCCCAGCUUCUGAUUUGAUCCUGGAAUGUCCCAAUUUUCUCUGUCAGUGCCACCACCAUGGAGCUUGGGGAGGAGGAUAAGCCAUGCUUGUCCUGAGUGGUGGCAGCUGCAAGGGGGCAUUCUGAUGCCUCUCCACGGCCUCUCUAUGGCCGCUGCUUGCAGUCUCCUCUCUUGGGCAGCCUGUAGCAGCUGCUGGAGGGCAGGUGAGGAGGAGGAGAGGCCACCACCGGCUCUGAAGUGCAGGCAGAAGGCAGAGCUGCUCUGGGUGGGAAGAAAGGGGGAGCAGAGUGGGGUGCAAGGAGUCUUUUUUCUUUUUAAUACUUUGUGUGUCCACAUUGAAUCUCGCCCCUUUCUAAAAUUCAUUUAUUGGUGUGUUUUACUUUUUGCAAAUCUACCAAAGGAUGUAAUAAAAUAAAACUGAGAUUAAGGGGUUUUCUCAAGGCAGUAGAGGGUGUGUAGACUGUGUCCCAUUGGUGUAGCAGUGAUGGCACUUGCCCUUCUUUUGAUAGGAAAUGCUCUGUGGGAGGGGGUAGAAUGGCGGGUGGGUUGAGGAGCGUCACUUGGAGGGGGGAGUAGGAAAGGUCCCUAUUUUUAUGAGGAAUGUUGGGAUGUUUGUCUCUAGCCUUGCCCACCACUGGUAUGUGGAAGGUUUCUUAGAAGUGAAGGUGUCCCUCAGUCUGCAAAAGGUAUUCCCCCCCUCCCCAACCCUGGUUCACUGUGAGCAGACUUAUUCUUAAUUAAUUAUUAUUCUUGGUCUGGCUGCUCUCGCAUGAGCCAUGCUGCUAGAUGACUUGCUGGCAUUAGCUAAAUCGAGUGCCAUUCUUCAUUCUGGUUAGCCCCAAUGGCAUCAACAUGCCCUACCAGAGGAACUGCAGGGGAGGAAGCAGGAAAUACAAGCGAAGCGACGUUUGCUUAACCAAAUAAAUUAGAGAAAAGCUUGAUGUUAGGCAAGGAAGAUGUUUGGCUUCCAAUCUAAAGUAAUGGAGGAGAAGCACAGAAAACAAAGCACAACCUUCACCUCAGUAGAAACAAAUGUCAUGUAGUCUGAGAAAGGGGAAGUGGUGGAUCUCAGAAUUUGAACAGAAAGCGGAAAAGGAGAUGGAAUAGAUCGUGAGUGAAGUAUUGCAAAACUACUAUGUUCACAGACUGGGCAAUACAUUGGGUUGGCCCGAAGGCCUUGUUAAUAGAAUUAUCUCCCAUUCCAAUACAAGUGGAAACUUGCUUUGUAUAAGUGUGCCUCAUUAUUAUUAUUUCUUCAGGUGAGGGAUACUUUAUCAUAGUCCAAGCCCAGUGCAGAAAACAACUCCAAAGUUUAUGAAACGAUGCACGUUUAUGGGGCAUAACGUAUUGUUUGAUUAUUUUGUGAUGUCUGAAAAUACCGUAUUGCAAGUUGCAUUACAUUUGGAAGAUGCUGGAGCACACAGCUUUUGCUUUGGGCAACCAGACCAUCCUUUUUGUAAGCCACACUCUCUCUUCUUGUUGCCUGAAUCAACCAUUCCUAAGCAGCCAGCAGAACGCAAAAGUUAUCAGUAACCUUGUAAAAAAAUAAUAAAUAAAGCAUUGAACCAUAAGGCUGGGCGACAUAUCGACAUAUCAUCCAAAUCCAGUUUGAAGUCCAUAUCGUGACAUCAGUUUCAUAAUUUUUGACCUGGCAAUAUAUCACGAAUCAUGAUGUGUUUGUGUGUGUGCUAUGCAAAAAUCACGAUGGGGGAAAAACCGUGAAGCCAACUGAUGCCUCUGUAUAGCUCCAUCCUUAUUUCAGGCAUUAUGAUAUAUUAUAUCACGAUGUUUAUCUGGUGAUAUAUUGCGAUAUUGAAAACCGGAUAUUGCCCAGCCCUAGUGUACUGCCAUCGCUGAGCCUUCUUUGAAAGGACGUUCCACCAGUUUGGUGGUGCCAUCAUGGAAAAGAUCCAACUUCUGAAGUAACACCUUCAGACCUCUUAAAGCAAAGUAUGUGCAGCACAACUUUAAAUCUUCCCACAACCCAAUCCCCUAUUGCAGCAGGAAGAAAAGACGAUUUAUCUCUGAGUUGCUAUUGAAAAGGUGUUAUUUCUGCAUCAACUGACAACAUUUAACUUUUUUUUUAUUAAAAAAAGCUUGACAAAGCAGAGCAACCUACAUAAGCCUCUCAGUCUAUAUUAAGCCGAAAGAAAUUAAGGUCUCAAUUACACCCCAGGGAUAAUAUAUGGUGAUAUCAUUUGUCAAAGAAGAGCAAAUUGAGCUUGUUAUGUUGGCAUUGCUUUGGAAAGGGGCUGUCAGAGCAACACUUUAAACAGCAUAGAAAGGAAUGCUGUUCUUUGUGGCCCACUGUGUCAAGGCAGUGAGUGUCUUGGGACAUGUUGAACAGCCCAAAGGCAGUUGGACUAAUUUGACCAAGGCAGUAAGGUCCAAUGGUUACCUGAAGAGCAAUGGACACAAGCAUAAAGCUGUGAAAUGGGAAGAGGGAUCAGGGAAAAAAAGGAGAGAAAUGUGUGACUCCUGGACAUCAAGGAGUUAGAACAUUAGAACAUGGGUACCCCCAGUUUGUAGUCGGUAAGGGUUUGGUAAUUCAUUUAUUCUCUUUAUCCUAAUUCCCACUUUUUAAAAAGAGCAUAAUACCAUACACAAUUCAAGAGAAAGCUGAAAUGAUUAAGAACUAUCUUUUUAUGCUCUUAAAAUCAAACAAGGUUUUAAUUGGGUUGAUGUUGCGAAUGUCAUUUUAAAUUUAAUUUAAUCCUUCUGCAUUGCUAUACUCAAGGCAGUUUGCAACCCAUAGAAAUGAAAAAAGCAUGCAGCAAAAACUACACCCCACAAGAAUUCAAUCUGAAUGAACCAGAAUGAAAAUGGUUAAGAAACAAAUACUUUAAACCAAUUAACAUAAAACACAAACCUCCAUUUCACAUAACAUGAAAUAUAUUUUUUAAGAUAAUCAACCCAGCAAAAUGUCAGCAAAUAAUAAAUCGCAUCCAACAAUGGUAAUGAAUAGUUUAAUAAUUAUAAAUGGUCAAAACAACAGUGGCAAAGACCCAAAUGAAAGCUAGUUGUUCCACUGAACAACCUAUAGCAGUUGGACCCAGGAGAUUAGCUCAGCCAUUUAAUUGACCAAUUGCGCAGCCUUGGGAAUUUUCCUGGAGCUGUGGUGAGAGAUGAGAGAAGACGAAUGAGACAAGAAGUGUGAAGUAUUUCCCCCUAUUAUAUGUGCUCAACAGACAACAAAUAAGAAUGAGAGUAAAACAUAGGCAGUCCCUGGUGCAUAGCAUUGGAAUGGGAAGAACAUAUUUCUAUAUUCUGUUUAUGGAGGGAGUGGGGGAACUGCUUGAGAAUGUGAACUUAUGUGAAUCUGUCAUAGCCUUGCCAGUUUUAAUUUGGCUCAGGAAAGAUAUAAAUAGUCUUCUCUUUCCAUACUUUCCUAAAAUUGCUCAUAUUCUGUCAUGCACUGAGGGGAUUAGAUAAUGCUUUUUGUUGUGGUUUAUAAAAAUCGGAGGGCUUGCAGUUUUUCUUUUUUAAAAAAACCGCACACAAUCAAACUACUUCCCUCAGUUACCAUGUUGUAUUGCAAUGAUGGUAUGCCUACAGUGUGCAAAGGCCGUGCUUCUCCCCCACCUAGAAAAAUAGGUGCCGCUACUCACCAUGAAGUUGUUACAGUAAGGGCCACACUUUUUAACAAAAAAGAAAGAGGUGCUGGUAUUGCAUACCCCUAGGUACCCCCGGGGGGAGGGGAAGCACUGUGCAUAGGGAAUGCAGUUGUAGGAUAACCAGCAGCUGGUCUUAUGGCACAUUAAAGACUAAGGCUGUACAGUGGUGCCCCGCAAGACGAAUGCCUCGCAAGACGGAAAACCCGCUAGACGAAAGGGUUUUCCGUUUUGGAGGUGCUUCUCAAAACGAAUUUCCUAUGUGCUUGCUUCGCAAGACGAAAAUGUCUUGCGAGUUCCUGCGGGGUUUUUUUCCUUCCCCCCCCCUUUUUCCCAAGCUGCUAAACCGCUUAUCAGCUGAUGGCUAAGCCGCUUAUCAGCUGAUCUUUAAGCCGCUUAACAGCUGAUGCUAAGCCACUUAUCAGCUGAUUGUUAAGCCGCUUAUCAGUUUAUCGUUAAGCCGCUUAUCAGCUGACCGUUAAGCCGCUUAUCAGCUUAUCGUUAAGCCGCUUAUCAGCUGAUCCACUAAGCCCGCUAAGCCGCUAAUACAGUACUGUAGCACUAAUCCGCUAAUGGGCUUGCUUCACAAGACGAAAAAACCCGCAAGACGAAGAGACUCGCAGAACGGAUUCUUUUCGUCUUGCGAGGCACCACUGUACUCAGGUAAUUCAAUGGGACUUACUUUUGAGUAGACGUAGUUAGCAUUGUACUGCAAUGUUAGUCAUACUUGCAGCUCGCUUAAGUCAUAAUAUGACUUAGUUGGCUAUCAUCCCAAACAAUUUAUUUGUUUUAAAAUAAUUUUUAUUAACAAUUUCAGCAAAACAAAAAUUUCAAAACAUAUCGUCUUCAUUAUUUCCCUCCCUUUCCCCCCAUCCAGCCCCUCUCCCCCCACAGAGACUUCCCUCAGCUCCUCUCUCUGAUUUCUCAGCACAUAAUUAUUCUCUGCAUGUUAUAAACUUGCACAUAUCCUUACAUUAUCUAUCUAUCAUGUUAUCAACCAAUAAUUUUGUGUAUGUAUAUUCAAACCCUGCCAAGGAGUCCAGUUCAUUUUCUUGUCUUUUUAGAUAGUUUGUAAAAAGCUCCCAUUCUUCUUUAAAGUCAUAGUUGUCCUUGUCUUGCAAUUUGUAUGUCAAUUUAGCCAGUUCUGCAUAAGUCAUCAAUUUUUCUUGCCACUGUUCUUUCGUUGGGAUUUCCUCAUUCUUCCAUCCUUGUGCUAUCAAAACUCUUGCCGCUGUUGUAGCAUACAUAAAUAAGUUCUUUAUUUUUCUUGGCAGGUCUUGUCCUAGAAUCCCUAACAAAAAUGCUUCUUUCCUGUCCCUCACACUUUUUCAAGCCAUGGAUUAUUUAAUAGCCAUAGGCCUGGGUAAAGAGGAAUGUUUUUACCUGGAGCCUAAAGACAUGAAGUGAUAGCGCCAGGUGAGCCUCUCUGGAGAGAGCAUUCCAUAAUUGGGGAGCCACCACAGAAAAGCCCCAGCCAGCAUAACCAAUGAUCAGGUAUGAUGGGAGUGGUAGUCCAGUGACAACUGCAGACCUGAAGCUUCCCUGUCCCUGAAGCAUAGGAUUGGAAGUAACAGUGCUGGCUUAAUACUUUUACCAUAGCCCUUGAUGAAUUGGGUUUGAUGCUUGGUCAAGUUAGUGGGCUGGCAUGUACUGUAGAGUGUACAGCAAGGUAAGAGUGCCUUAUCUAUGAAAAAUCUAGUUAGAAAAUUGACACUGUGGGAUUUAAGACUUCUUCAGUGCUUGCAGGUGUAACCCGAAUCAAUUUGUUUAGCACAUUUGUAUCACACAUUUCCUCUGAGGAGCUUGGGGCAAGGUGUUUAAAGGUUACCCCAAGUGAUCCUCACAACAAGCCUGUCUGGCUGAGAGCUUGUGACUUUCCCAAGGUCACCCUAGGAGUUUUAUGGCUCACCAUAUGGGCUCCGUGUUAUUCACCCUACAGGCUAUUUGGUAUUUUGUGCCCUCAGCGAUUGUUUUGCUGGUAAUCUUGUCUGUAUUUCAUUUGCUACAGUGAGCGUACAAAUAGUCUUCUUCGACACUGGAAAGAUACAGGGUGAACUCUUGCCUUCUCGUGAGUCACUCAGAGUUUUAAAAAACCCCAGCACAACCUUUUUCACACUUCUAGCACCUCCACUCACCACCCAGUGUGCCGUCCAAAGCUUUUAGCGUCUUGCUUAGGUCAGCAUAAGUAAAAGUUCAAAUCCCAAGUGUUUUUAUUUAUUCAGACUAGGGCUAUUGGGAAACGGCUCCCCGGAUUUGCAGAAGGUGAACUGGUGGUGGUGAUGAGGUAUCUCACCAAUUUUUCAGAGUCAGAGGAGAAAAGUAGUGAAUGGGAUGAGGAGUGAGGAAAGGCCUUUAGAUUUCAUUAGUUUAGGGUGGUGAGCGGCUGGUCCUUCUCUCCCUUCCAGCUCCUCCAUUCCUAGUCUGUUUGAAUAUGGCGGGGUGGGGAAAUUGGAUAUGAUUCCUACCAGCCAUGAUGGUUACAAUUUCAUACCCUCCAACAUUUCUCCGAAGAAAACAAGGCUGUCCCAUUCCAUAAUGAUAAUUUUACUAUUUAUACCCCACACAUCUUACUGGGUUGCCCCAGCCACUCUGAGCAGCUUCCGACAUAUAUAAAAACAUAAUAAAACAUUUUAAAAACUGUGCAGGAUUGCCUUCAGACAGCUUGGGGGUUGGAUAACUCCAUACCCUCCAACAUUUCUUCAAUGAAAUUAGGGACAUCCUAAGGAAAAGUGGGACAUUCCAGGAUCAAAUCAGAAACCAGACUGCUUCUCUAAAUCAGGGACAUCCCUGGAAAACAGAGACACUUGGAGGGUCCGUAAUUUAACUCCACUGUCAGAAUACUGGUUGCUGGGAAUCCAAAUUAGGGAGAGUGCUGUUGCGCUCAGGUCCGGUUUGCGGGUUUUUCACAGGCACUGUGAGAACAGGGUGCUGGACCAGAUGGGCCAUUGACCUAAUCCAGCAGGUCUCUUCUUAUAUUGUUAGAACAGAACAAUAGCUGAAAAUUAAAGAGAAAAAAGAUAAUUACUUUCCCGGCUUUUCAUAUACCAGUUUUGCUAAUGAUGCUUUAGUCUUACGCAGAAGCAGCACACCGUAAAUGUAUUCUUACAGCACAAUCCAAUUCAUGUUUACUCAGACUAAGUCCUACAUUGCUCAAUGGAACUAACUCUGCAUGGGAUUUUAGAAAUACAAUCGUACCCUGGAAGUCGAACAGCUUAGUUCCCAAACCUGAACGUCGCAAACCCGGAAGUGACUGUUCCGGUUUGUGAACUAUUUUUGGAAGCCGAAUGUUCAGCGGGGCUUUUGCGACUUCUGGUUGGCUGCAGGAGCUUCCUGCAGCCAAUCAGAAGCUGUGCUUUGAUUUUUGAACGUUUUGGAAGUCAAACAGACUUCCAGAACGGAUUCCUUCAACUGUAUAGUGGGUUUUCUGCUAUAAUUUCCACUAGGAAUGCACUGCUUUUCAAAAGUAGCACUUGCGCUCAUCCAUUUUUGAAUCUUUGCCACCUCCUUUCUUUUUUGCAUGGUGGCGCGUCUUACACUUGCCUUUAGUGAAUUUCAUAUUGUUUUAGCCCCAGUCUCUGCUCUAUCAGAAUCCUAAAGUGUUUGUGAUCCCUCUUCAUUUCAUGCCAUCUGUCUCUUUGAUAAGAGAACCUAUUCCUUCAUUCCAAACAAACAGCAAAAACCGAUCAGCACAAAGGUAAACCUGGGCUAUUUUAUUUUUUGACAGUUGUCCAUUCAUAAUCACUGCUAUAACUCCAUUGGCUGCCAAAGGGUCACCAGUAUUUAUAGUUGGCUUUGACCAUCAGUAGCAGGUCACUGCAUGACAGUGGUUCCAUAUGGCUCUGUAGAUGUCAUGAGCCCCAUGGAACCAUAAUGGAAGGAAAGGUUGAAUCCUGAGGAGGAAUUGGAGGAGCUCAGGGAGUUGGAACUGGGUGACCCUGAGGAACGUGGGGAAGGUGAAAUUGGGACACCAAGAAGUGUCUGAGAGCAGGGAGGUCAGUAGUCCAUGCCUUCCUUGACCAAGUGCAUUCUUUCUGCAGCACCCCUGUGGGUCUCAGGAGCCCAGUUCUGUCACCCCUUGCCUGCAGAGCUGGCAGCCUCUCACGCUUUUUUGAACACCCUUCUUUGUGGAGUGUUUCCUCAGCCUCCUCUCUUCUUCUCUCUCCUUGGGAGGCCUCUAGGCAGCUGCAGCUGCCACCCCUGGCCUCUGAGCUGCCCCACCUGCCCCCAAAAGAGGUGUCUCCUUACACAGGGGCCUGGGAAGAGGCUGCACCCAGCCUUAGUGGCCCAAUGGAGACUGACCAAAGGUGAACAUUAGGUCAGUACCUUGCCUUGGGAGGCAGCAGUGGGUGCUGCUGGGCCUGCAGGGUGGAAAGGCUCCCCUUCAGCACUGGGCACUCAGCUCCUAGGCACACCUUGCACAUAGGAAGCACAAGAAAGGCCAGUGCAGCACUUGGCUGCCUGCCUGCCGAGUCUCCCACUUGUCUGUUCAUUCCCAACAGCAAGGGAUGGUGGACUGGCUGGCUAAACUCCCUCGCCCGCUUGCUUGCUUGCUCUGAGGCUGCUUCAGCUCCUGGCAACCAGCACCCCCUGGCCAGCCUCAGAGGCACCAUUCUCCUGGGGAGCUAGUAGCCAGGGUUGCUGCAACAAAUAACCCUGGAAGACUUUGAGAGGCAAGAGGGCAUCAGAGGAUGGAGGGAAGGAAAGAAGGACAGAGGCCAGUGUUGCCCUCAAGGCACCCCAGGGUGCCACGGCACACUGGUUGAAAACUACUGGUCUAGGGAAUGGAGAACAGAAUCUGGGGGGGGGGGGAAUGAUGGUCAAGCAGGUUGGCAGAGGAGUCAGAUACCUCUUGCUGUGGAGUUGCCCCCUGGCACCUACACCUGUCAGUGGGGAGGUAAAUGGGAGUAAAUCAGAUACUAAGUUGGCACAGACACGGCCUCCGCCUGCAAGGACAUGAAGACAUCAGCAUGAGCAAACCUUGCAGACUCAGCCCAAUCAAAGGAAGGCCCAUUUGCAGACCCUCCAAGUGUCCCUAUUUUCUAGGGAUUUCCCUGAUUUAGAGAAGCCAUCCCGGUUUCUGAUUUGAUCCUGGAAUGUCCCUUAGGUUGUCCCUAUUUUCAUCGGAGAAAUGUUGGGUGGUAUGCAUUGGCUUGCCCAGUUCUGGGACCCCUGCGACUUCAGAAGGAAAGCGCAGGGUGUGUGCCCCUUGUUGGAUCAAUACCUUAGCUUGCACUUAGCCAUGUAUCUAUACUUCUUCUGUACCGGCUGCUUCUUGAAACCAAGCUGGGAGUUCUUGGUCUGGCAGUGAGAGCCAUGGCAGUAGAUGGCUUCACAGAGAAUCACCUCUCAGCUGGCAAAUAUCCCCUUUCUGCUGCCCUGGGCUUCUGCUGCAGGAAGCUUUAGCCCAAUAUUGGUGGAUGGAGUACAUUCUUAGAAUGCAUGAGAUCCCAUAUUCAAUCUUGGUGUCUCCAGGAGCUAAAAGGAUCACCUAGCAAAUGACAGGAGAGACUUCUCCCCAAGACCCCAGAGAGCCCCUGCCACUCAGUGCAGAUAGAACUGGGUUAUUUGGAAGAUGCCUGGAGUAAUUCUGAUUCCUAUGUGUUUGUAAGGAUAUUCACUCUUUAUUUUCUUGUAGCAUUAAGGCACACGCUUCUUUCUGUAGUCACAUGCUUGGCUGACAUCCAGAAUGCGGUUAUUUCACCAGUGGGACUCGCGUAAUGGGAAGUAGGUGAUUUCAGGAGUAGAGCCAAGAAUUUAAAAUGGGAAGCUAAAAUAAAAGCUGAGCAUUAUCUCUGCAGUUUGGAAAGUUGCUUCAUGUUUAAUGCACAUUUUUAUUUGCUUCAUAGUUAACACUAGUAAAGCACAAAGGACUGCACGGUUGUAGGCCAUUUUUCUAAAUAUCUACAAAUUACUUUGCUUUACUGACUCGUUGUUGUCCCCCCGCCCCACACACACUUUGUGCUCAAUUAACCAAGACCCCAGAGGUUUAAUGGUUUGUUUAAGCAUUCAGCAAAAGUUGCAUAUGUGUUUUUCAUGAAAGAAAAACAACAAUGGAAGAAAUGUAAUUAUUACAAAUUCAUGAAUUAAAAACGAAACAGCAGUAUUUCUGUUUUCCCAGAAACAUAUGUUAAUAUGAAAAUCAUAUAUUAAUGGGCAAAAGAAAUGAGAUUUUCCACUGCAUUAAGCAAGCCUAAACAAAAAUGUUGGCGCAAAUGAUAUUUAAGCAUGACUGAACAAACUUUUCCAUAAAUGCCUGAUGACCAGAAUUAAGCAAUAAUUUAUUUCCAAAAAUAUUCAUUAACACAGGACACUUUAAAUAUAAGCAAUUUGAAGGAAGAAGCAUGUUUCCUACAAGGCAUAUGUUUCUUGCUUUGUGAUGUGCUCUGAUAUUUUUUGUUCUCUUAUAACAAACUAUUACUCAAACCUUGCCAGUAAUCAGAAUACCUAUUAAGACUGUUCCUUAACCCUCCAGCUACACCUAUCCUGUAUUCAGACUUGAUCCAAGGUUAUGUUGUUGUUGUUUUGUUUGUUUAAAUCCCUUUUCUACUAAAAAGGUAGUAAGUUUAGAUACCACUGGAUGCCAUUUUGAAUUAAGAUGGUGGACCAAAAUGUCCCAAACUGUGCAAUUUGGAACAUCUCUGAAGAUGACAUCACCAAUUUUGGCACAAUAACACAUGCAGAGGAGAGUGACCAAUAUGAUCAAGGGUCUAAGGGUCUGGAAACCAAGCCUAAUAAGGAACAGUUGAGAUAGUUAGGUAUGUUUAGCCUGGGAAAGAGGCGACUGAGAGGAGAUAUGAGAGCCAUCUUCAAAUAUCUCAAGGGCUGUCACAUGGAGGAGGGAACAAGCUUGUUUUCUGCUGCUUCAGACGGUAGGGCCAAAACACAUUAUUAUUCAGAUUCAAAUUACAAAAAAUGACAUUCCAACUAAACAUCAGGAAGAACUUUCUGACAGUGAGAGCUGUUUACCAGUGGAAUAGACUCCCUUGGAAGGCGAUGGAUUCUCCUUCAUUGGAGGUUUUUAACCAGAGGUUGGAUGGCCACCUGUCAGGGAUUCUUUAGCCAUGAUUCCUGCGUUACAGGGGGUUGGACUAGAUGGCCCUUGGGGUCCCUUCCAACUCCAGAACUCUAUGAUUAUCCAGAGGGUCACAGGUUCCCAGCCCCUGCUUUAAAGAGGUAAGAGUCAUGCCAAAACAGCUCAUCAGCAACAGCCAAGACUGGAGCUGAUGGUUGAUCUUUCAAAAUACAGAGAAACAUUAGGUACAAAUCACAGUGCACAAUCUAUCCCAUGCAAUAGGAAAGAUGCCAGGAAAGUAGUUACAUGGGCAAGAUCGAAGUAUGUUAAGAAUUGUAAAACAGCCCACAUCUCUCUCUCUCUUUUUAUAAUAAUUUUUAUUAAGUUUUCCAUAUUUAACAUAAUCACAUUCUAUUAGAUAAUUCUAUAACCUAAAACAUUGCUCUAACUGAGCAUCAACCUCCUUCCCUCCCUCUUUCUGACUUCCGAACAUCUUUACUAAAUCCUUAGCAUUUUUAUAACCACUUUUUUACCUUCUAUCUUCUUUUUAUAUUUCACCUCCUUAUAUGUAAAUCACUUUCUUAUAUUCACAUUACAAAACAUUUCAACUCAAACCUACAAACGUUUUCAGAUGUUUACAAUGUUCUUUCAUAUAAAAUAUAAAUUUACUCCAGUCCUUUUGAAACAGUUCGUCGCGCUGAUUCCGGAUCUUCCCUGUCAACUUUGCCAACUCGAUGUAUUCCACCAUCUUGAUCUGCCAUUCUUCCAAAACAGCCCACAUCUCAGCAUGUUCAUGGCAAAAAGAUUGCCCAUCACCCACAGGAGACCACUUUAACCACUAUUUCCUCUCAAGCUUUUCUGUUUUAGCCUUAAAAGUAAUGCUGCCUCUGGUGUUCAGAAAGUGUGCCUGGGAAUUAAAAUUCUUCACUGCACUAGGCAAAGCUUUGAAGAGAGAUCCAGCUUGAGUGCUUCCAUUUCUCAGCCUCUACAACUGUCUCCAGCACCUUCUUUGCAAAUACAAAAUGCUUGCAAAAUGACUGUUAUCAGCUGUGCAAAUGCCACCUGUAAAUUGCUGAAAGCUCAUUCUCAACAGUGCAUGUUUUUUUUCCAACUCUUCAAUUUCAAUCACUUGAAACCUGGUGUGCUCCUAUAUGUACAUCUGAAAUGUUGCUCUCUUUUUAUGCUGCUGGAUGGAAGGUUUUCUGAAAUAGGAGAGCUUGUGCAUUGCUGAAAGCUGAGUUAAAUGGGGAUAUUGCUAAAACAGCAGCAACCCAGUAUUCUCUGGUGAGCCUUCUUCCUUGCUAAUGGACCAGGCUCUGCUUGCUAGAGACACAAAUACAACUGGAUGGUCUGGUUGCAUGGAGCCCAUAUACUCAAGCAGCUAUUCUUCCAUAGGUGGUCCUUUGCAGAAAAAUGGGCUCAGUGCACCGAUAUCAGAAGGCAGGACUAGCCCUGUGGUGUGACAAACGUGGUCCCACUCAAAUCAUGAGUGGCCAAAAUAUUUCUGAUGCUUUGGUGUAUGUACAGUGGUACCUCAGGUUAAGUACCUACUUAAUUCGUUUCGGAGGUCCGUUCUUAACCUGAAACUGUUCGUAACCUGAAGCACCACUUUAGCUAAUGGGGCCUCCUGCUGCUGCCGCACUGCCAAAGCACGAUUUCUGUUCUCAUCCUGAAGCAAAGUUCUUAACCUGAAGCACUAUUUCUGGGUUAGUGGAGUGUGUAACCUGAAGCGUAUGUAACCUGAAGCGUAUUUAACCUGAGGUACCGUUGUAUUUCUUAAGGCAUUGGAUUGUGUUGUAUAUGCUGUAUGUCACCAUGAGUGGGGAUCUUAUUGUGGCACACAGAUUUUAAAAUAUAAAUAGCUCCAGAAAGAUACCUUUUUAAAAAUACAAACAAACCCCCGAACACUCACCUUUUCUGUUGUUGCUUGUCAGACCCCACCUUGUGUGAAUAAGAAGGGGCUUAAUGGAAAAGUCUGAAAGGGAUUUUGCUCAAGUGUCUGUUGGUAUUGCUGAUCCUAGUUGUAUAAUUAGUGUGAUGUUUUUGUUAAUCUUGCUUUAAUGUUUUAAUUAGAGUUAGGGUGUUGUUUGUUUCCCAGAGGUGCAUCGCAUUUUGGAGCAAGGUGGAGAAGAAUCAGAGGAGCAGUCAAAUUGCAACGUCUGCACAGCUCUUAAUUAAUUUCUUGUUUUUAACGGGGAUUACAAGAAAUGCCAUAUUUUCAGAGCAUAGGCGUUAGCCAAUUUCAGUGUGAAAUAAAAAAAUGUGUACCUCAAAGAGUUGGAAACUGAGGAUGUUUUGUAAUGGCAAACCAAUGGAAUGUAUAAACAUCUAAAGAGGGAAUAGGAAAAGAAAAUGCCAGAGGGAGGAGGCUUAUAUGCCAUGUCCCAUCUGCUUCUUGGGAUAAUCUCAUAACCAGGAGGUACCCAGAGUAACCUAAUACAGGAAAACCAUGAGCAGGUAGGUUAUCCAGGGUCUUGAGUUUGCAGCAAUCUGGUGAUGACAUGUAUGUUUUUAAAAUUAUGGAGCCAUUUUUUACCAUUUGCAUAAUACCUGUGCCGCAAUCCAGAGACAGUAUUAAUUCCUAAGUCCUAUUUAGAUCAAGGCUGAUUAAUGGAUUUCAGCACAACCUUCUUUCAACUGGCCCAUGGAGCCAUAUCCAACUUCCUCCUUUCAUGAUCACCAAGAGCCCUUGUGCUAAACGGAAGUUGCACUAGUGAAAGUUUGUAUGUGCAACAACUGGUUCAUGUUGCACAGCAAUCUUUGAAAAUGCAUUUGUGUUUUCCAUUGCACAGUAGCUGAUUCUUGCUGUGCAAUCUGUUGCACGGCAGUCUUCAACAAUGUAUUUCUGUUUUCCCUUGUGCAACAACAUUUCCCCAGUGUAACAAGUAUACCGCUAGGUGACUUUAACUUAGCUCUACAUGGGAUACAACCCCCAGUCUCCAUCCUUCUGCCUGUUUAUAGAACGCACUGUAUUUAUAGAAUGCCAUGUCUUUGGUCUGCCCAGGCUUCACCUUGGAUGUCUAAAGCUCAAGGUUAUGGUUGACAAAAGACAUGGAAUAAUUUAAUGCCGAAUGCUAAUCAGCUUGUUUUGUUUUGCUUCGUUCUUCUAGGGCAUCAGCAGUCUGUUCAGCUCCCUUAAAGUAGUCAGGCUGCUCCGGCUUGGUCGCGUGGCUCGGAAACUGGACCACUAUAUUGAGUAUGGAGCAGCUGUCUUGGUUCUGCUGGUGUGCGUCUUUGGUCUUGCAGCCCACUGGCUGGCCUGCAUUUGGUAUAGUAUCGGGGACUAUGAAGUUAUCAAUGAGGAUAAAAACACAAUACGGAACGAAAGUUGGCUCUACCAGCUGGGCGAAUCCAUAGGAUCACCGUAUCAGUUUAACAGGUCAGGAAGUGGAAAAUGGGAAGGAGGUCCAAGCAAGGAUUCUGUUUAUAUCUCAUCGUUAUACUUUACAAUGACUAGUCUCACCAGUGUUGGAUUUGGGAACAUUGCACCAACCACGGAUGGAGAGAAGAUCUUUGCUGUUGCUAUGAUGAUGAUCGGCUGUGAGUAUUACGGGAUUAAUUUCUACUAUACAGUGUUUCAGACUGCAAUAUUCAAUAUGCUUGAAAUAAUGAGCAAGUCAAAUGAUUUCUUAAGGAUGCAGAGAUUGACUUUGCGAUGGAUUGAGUCUAUUGGUUAGAGCGUGGUGCUGAUAAUGCCAAGUUUUGCAAGUUUGCAAGUUUUAUGCCUGUAUUGGAUGGAUGCAUAUUCCUGCAUGGCAGGGGAUUGGACUAGAUGAUCCUUGGGGUCCCUUCCAAUGCUAUGAUUCUAUCAUCACCUUCAUAGAUCCAGCUCCCAACUUUUUGUCAUUAGUAACAGUUUCGCCUCCCCUCCUGAGGGUGAUUUUGAAGGGAACAGCCAGAGUGGUAUAGUGUAGGGUUGCUCUAUUUAAAAAAGUAAAAUUCCCAACACCCACUUUUUUAAGGAAGACCCCCAAAUUGUUUGAGCUUUUUUUUUUAAAGGAAACCACCAAAAUUGUUGGGCUUUUUUGGGGAACAAAAAAAGAGAGAGUUUAAGCUUCUGGAGCUCUUUCCACUGCUUUUUCCAUCGUGUUGCUAUCCCCGCCCCCUAUUUCUACACUCUAAAAUGAGGCCAUGUUAGGAAUUUUCUAGAUAGAUAUUUUCUAGAUACUAGAAUGGCAAGUCUAGUAUAGUGGUUACGGAACCUGGGAGACCAGGGUUCAAAUCCCCCCUCAACUGUGAAGGUCACUGGGUGACCCUGAGCUGCUGACUCACUCUCAACCUAACCUACCUCACGGGGUUGUUGUGAGGAUAAAAUGGGGAGAAGGAGAAGUCUGUCGGCCACCUCAAGCUCCCCACAGGAAAGGCGGGAUAUAAAUGUAAUGAAGGAAUAAAUAUAUACCUCACUACAUGGUGAAUGUACCAGCAAUCAAAAUCAGGACUCAUCUAAGUCAUUAUCAAGUAAAAUAGGUCAUGUGGCUUGGCCCUAACAUGCAUAUUUUAGAGGAGAACACUUUGCCCCUUUUACAUUUUCAUUGGUAAAAUCGUCGUAGACACAUAAUCAAACCAAAGGUAAACUCUUUACCAUACCAUAGAUUACAGCUGUUGAACACAGUUUAAAUCUAAUUGAAAUCAGUGGAGCAUCAAAGUGCUUGAAAAGUGACCUAUUGUUUAGUGCGGAAUAAGGAGAAAUCACAACGGGAGGAAUUCAAAAUCAUGUUUUUUCUGAUCAUUCUAGGAGUGCAAGCGUUUCUGCUUGCCAGGCGGAAGCAGUCCCCUUUCCCCUCCUCUCUGUUUUUUGGGUGAAGUAGGGGCAUGCUGGAGGAGGAGGGGGGGCGGAGAAGCCCUAUUGCACUCACGAGAGCCCUGGUGCUGGCUUCUGAUGGCCCAGAGGAUUAGUUGAAUCUGACCCAAUUCAAUCAAAAUGUUGGGUUUUUGUUGUAUCUAGUGAUAUCAGGUUGCAUAGUUUUCAGUGCAAUCCCAUACACAUUUUACUCAGAAUAAUCUCACUGAGUUCAGUGGGGUUUACGCAGUGUAUAGGAUUGCUUAAAAACAACAGUACUUUAAUUAAACUACUUACUGUAGGCACUAUAUAAACUUUAGAGCUCCUAGUUACCUGGUUUGAUUGUUUCUCUCCCAUAUAUAACCCUAUGGAAAUACACGGAAAAGUGGCAGGUUGGUUUCCUCAUUUUAUGGACGGAGAUGAUUUGUAUUUUUUAAAAGUAUGGAAGGAACGCUAAGGCCGUGGUUUUCAAAGGUAGUGCGCUACAGUGAUGUGGUAGGAGAGUAUGGCAUGUGUGGCUGGAAGAUUCAAGGACAAUGAAUGAAACAUUUAAACCUUCCAGUGUAGUACAGCGCAGUAUCAUUUAUUUAUUUUUAAUUUGUGGAAUAAACUUGGUGUGGCAUGAGCAAAUUUUUAUUCUGAAAGUGUAGCCCAGAGAAAAAAGUUUGAGAGCCACUAUGCUAAGGUGAUCGCUCUUGCAGGGGAAGCAUUUUGGCUUGCCGAAAAUAACAAUACCUCCUCUCCUCCCCAUAAGCUGUUCUGGGGGGUUCUCCUGACAACUUUGUGUGUGCACAGAAGGUGCUGGGGCAGGAGAGGGGAGGAAGCCCUGUUGUGUAAGCGGAAGUCCUCGCGCAUGGCUUCUGCUGAUGGGAUUCAUUCAUUGAAUUGCGCCCUAAAUUUCAACCUCAGUCUUUCAAUGUCAAAACAAUGAUGGUAGCAGUUAGGGCUUACAUACUAAAAAUGGGUUUCUGUAGUGCUCCCUUGAGAACACACCUUUGCUCAACAAACAGUGUCGUAGAAAACAACCAGGAACACAUGCGUCUUUGUCAAUAAAUGUGCUUGUUUUAAUACGUAAUCAUUGUGCCCUUUUGAGUCUCUGUCUCCAACGUUCCGUGUCUGACAACCCUAUACUGUAUAAAACCCAGACUUUAAAUGGGAGUAGUCAAUAGAAACAGCACAACUUCAAUUACUUCACUGGAGUCAAGAAGAUGCAAAAUGCUGGCAUGGUUAGAUUUGUUCGAGAAGGAGUUACUGCUUCUAACUUAAAAAAGGAGAUUUGAAGGGCUCCGUAUAAUGAAAUGCGGACAGUAAAAAACUGUAAUGUCACAUAAGAUGUUCUCAGUGGAAUCAAGGCAGAUAAAGAAUAAAAAUUCAUAUUUUUUUCUUUUUACUUGCCUGUGUUUGAGGAAUACUUGAGUGUAGAACUGAAAUGAAAUGUACAUGACUGAACCAAAGACGAUAAAAUGUUAAGAUAAAUGGUUUGGUUGAGAUGCAUGUACUCAAAGCAUUAUGACAUUUCCAGCUUGAAAAAAAAAGGACCUCUUUAUUGAGAGGGCUAAACAAUGGAUGUACCGUGUUGAUAAAACAGCAUAAAAGCAUUUGGCAAAUUACCUAUAGUAAAUACAGCAAAUGGCUUUCUGCUGCAAACUGAUUUGGAUCAUCAAGCCUAUGACUCACUAAGAAAGAGAGGGGGGGGCAUUAGCAGAUAAUACCAGAGACCUCUUGAAAGAGAUUACACUGAGAAUUAACUUGAUGCUUGAGGUGCUUUGAGAGUGGAGCAGAAGAAGAAAGUUUCUUGACUGCUGAAGGGAAAUAAUGUUUGCUGAAAGGAAAGUUGACAGUUACUUUCUGUAGAGUGAAGGGUAUUUUUGUGUGUGUGUGUGUACCUAAGCUUGUGCUCCCAUGGGGGUUCCCAUAAGCAAUUCAUGUGGCAAAUAUUGUGGGUUAAGCAGGGAUAAGCCAGGCAUCCUCACAUGCAGAACACUUAUUUGCUGGUUAUGUGCCUGAUAGGAAUGGUCCCUUGUUGUUCCAUCACUGGUCACCAGGUUUGUUUGUCCAGCGAAUGCACAAGUCCAUUUGUAAAGUAAGUGUAAUGCUGAAAAGAUUACUAAUCUGCUCUCAAGUGAAGACAUUUGUCCAUUUGCUUUGGUCUGAUUCACUGGAAGUCAUGCUGUGCUGAUGAGGAUGCACCUUAUGAUGAAACAAUUCAAGUAAAUGAGACUAUGGGCCUCAUCCAGAGCUGGCCCACUCAUGAGGCAAGGUGAGGCAAACGCCUCAGGUGGCAGGAUCAACAGGGCAGCAGAGCCCGAUGUAGAUCUAAUAAUAAUAAUAAUAAUAAUAAUAAUAAUAAUAAUAAUAAUUUAUUUAUACCCCACUCAUCUGGCUGGGUUUCCCCAGUCAUGCUUGUUCCUGAUAUAGAUCUUCAUUCACCCCUUCCUCCCUGGCAAGGAAGGGGAUGCCGUUUUGUGGUUUUCCUCAGGUGCCAAAAUGUCUUGGGGACAUCUGAUUUGCUGCAGUUGCUCAUGUCAAAUAAAUGGAAAGAAGAACUUCGUCACCUAGAAUAUGAUCCCAUGAACACACCAGGUUUGUAUCAGGGAUGAAACUGCAAUGGGAAGAACAAACAAACAAACAUUUGAAUGGAAGCUGUGGGUAGCCAACACGGUACACUCCAGAUGUUUUGUACCAGAAGUACUGUCAGUCAUAGCAGGCUAGAUCUGUUCCAGCGUUUCCAUGAACUUUUAUCCAACAUGAUCCUCAGGGUUCCAUCCAGCUCUCCAUUUCUAUGAUGGGGAGCUGGCCAUACUUUAAGUUGAUUAUGUGGUACUGAAUUGCACUUCUCUUAAAACUUUAGUGCUAAAUUUAGAAUGAAUACAAUAGGCAUCAUUUCUAUUCAGUUUUACCAUUUAGUGUGUGCUAAUAAGGCUUUUGAUUUGCCAUUUUCCUAACAGACUUCAGCAAAGUGCAUGGCAUGUGAUCUGAGAUGAAACUGACAUAAGAUGUUAGGCGGUAAUUGUACAAUCCUUUUUGAUGUUAAUUCCUUAUAUUUCUUCACCAAAGGGGCUGGAGAUAAUCAGCAAACCGUAUUUGCUGACGUUGAUUGAGCUGAUUUUUGUGAAAUUGGUAAAAGGCGAAAGAUUUAUAUGAUCUGAAGAGACACCAGAGUAUUGAGCUCAGAAAAAUAGUUGUUUUCUCUUCUUCUAAAUGUGAGUUUCCUCAAAUACCCUCUAGUCUGCAUGCAUUCUACUUGAAAUAAGAACAGUAAAUUUGGCUGCAGUCCUGUGCACAUUGACAUAGAAGUGGCACGUGGAGCACAAGAGUGUAAGCCUAAUAAUAACUACUAGAAGUCCUAUUGAAUUGAAGCAAGUGUCAUUGGAAUCAUAGUCUGAAACACACAGUAUAAUGCAUUUCACCCAUAUAUUCAAAUGCAUGGGACUGUGUUGUCAAUAUUUAUUAAGGGUGAUUAUGGUGAUUAUAGAGACUAGGGCCCUGCGGGACUUGACAUCUUUCUGCAGGGCCUGCAAGACAGAGCUGUUCCACCAGGCCUUUGGCCUUUGGUAAUCCUCAUAGAACUCUAGCCCAAUGGUUGCCAUUAAUUUGAUUCUGAAUUGAUUUUAGAAUGAAUUGAUUUUAGAAUGUAUUUCUAUUAAUUGAUUGUGAUUUUAUGUAAACUGUGUUACUUUUACUGUUGUUAGCCGCUCUGAGCCUGGCUUCGGCUGGGGAGGGCGGGAUAUAAAUAAAUUAUUAUUAUUAUUAUUAUUUAUCACAAUAAUUUCAAACAUAUUAUAGGGUUCCCUCACAUAGUUUGUCUGUUACUAGAGCACCACUUUAGGGCUUCAGUAGGAGGAGCAGCAAAGGGAGAUCAGCAGGACUCAAGACUUCUAGCAAUGUGCUCACUGACAUUAUGUGCUCACUGACAUUAAACAGUGAGCCCCAAUGUUAAAAUAGUCAGUCCUGAUAAAGUCAACCAUGACUGUGUGCCAUUAAAACCAGUGGAACAAUCAGCUUAGAUCCACAAUAUUUAAUGAGAACUAGUCGUGACUAACUUCAUCUGGAUCUGGGCCAGGCUAUUUAAAGAACGUCUGUUGUAGUUGUUUCCUUCUGAUAACAGCAGAGAUAUAGAAACUCCUGUGGCCUGAAGAGAGGAUCUCCCUGGUUUCUCUUAAGGCAGAGCUGUCCAAACUGUGUGUCGUGACACAUUAGCGUGUCGGCUGCAGUGGGAAGGUGUGUCAUGCGAUAUGUGUCCGUAUCUCUUAUAAGGGGUUAGUUUAACCUCCAGUUUGCUAGUAAAACUGAGUUAAAAAGGUAAAGGUAAAGGGACCCCUGACCAUUAGGUCCAGUCGUGGCCAACUCUGGGGUUGCGGCACUCAUCUCGCUUUAUUGGCCGAGGGAGCCGGCGUACAGCUUCCGGGUCAUGUGGCUAGCAUGACUAAGCCGCUUCUGGCAAACCAGAGCAGCGCACGGAAACGCCGUUUACCUUCCCACUGGAGCAGUACCUAUUUAUCUACUUGUGCUUUGACGUACUUUCGAACUGCUAGGUUGGCAGGAGCAGGGACCGAGCAACGGGAGCUCACCCCGUCGCGGGGAUUCGAACCCCCGACCUUCUGUGUUGCAAAGUGAUGCAUAUCUAAAAAGUGUCUUACCAACAUGAAAAGUUUGGAAAGCUCUGCUCUAAGGAGUGCCCUUGCAUGCAGUCAAACCCCUGCAAAGUCCCAUGACAUGUGUCCUAAUGUGAUAUAGGCAUAGCUGAGUGACACAUUUACCCAUUUCUUAUUCCCCUCUCUUGCAAAAAUGUGAUGGUUUCAGUCCAGUGUACGCUAUGUGUGUUGAAGCUAAAAACAAUGGGAUGAAUUGAGUGAUUAUUUUUAUUUUAUUUUACUGUAAUUUUAUGUUGUGAACCACCCUGAGAUCUACAAACAAAGGGUGGAGUAAUAAUAAUAAUAAUAAUAAUAAUAAUAAUGUACCAGAGAUAGGUGAGUCUUCCUUGGCUGUACAGUGGUGCCUCGCAAGACGAAAUUAAUCCGUUCCGCGAGUCUCUUCGUCUUGCGGUUUUUUCGUCUUGCGAAGCACGGCUAUUAGCGGCUUAGCGGCUUAGCGGCUAUUAAUGGCUUAGCGGCUUUAAGAAAAAGGAAACAAACUCGCAAGAACUCGCAAGACGUUUCGUCUUGCGAAGCAAGCCCAUAGGGAAAUUCGUCUUGCGGAACGACUCAAAAAAUGCAAAACCCUUUCGUUUAGCGAGUUUUUCGUCUUGCGGGGCACCACUGUACUUGGAUUGACUCAGAAUUCUCCUGGGAUUUCUUGUGGAAUGUUAGGAAACCUUGGAAAAAAAAUAUUUAGCUAAGCCAAGGACUUAGAAAGGUACUCCUAUCACCCCAAACACACUUUCCCCUCCCCUUCUAUCCAGUGCCAUCUUUCUAGAAAAAUAGGUGCUGGAACUCACCAUGAAUGCCUCCCUUGUUCUCUUAUUAUGGCAAUGGUGCCCACCUAAGAGGUGCCGGAACUGAGUUCCUGUGAGUUCUGGCUGAAAAAAGCCCUGUUUUUUUAAAUCAGCAAUGAUGGUUCAUGAGCAGCAAGGACAGGUGAGGUCAAAAGGAUGGGAUUUUCCCUCCCUCCACCUGUCUCCCCUCACCAUUAUUGUGUCUAACAAGGUGUGAGGGACUAUGGGAACUGUAGUUCUGAGAACUACCACAGUCCACUGCAGUGUUCUGACCUGUUUAAAUCAGGUAGUCACUACUCAUGAGGUCAAGGCAGGCCAGUGGCUGAAAUACCUCAAAUAGGUUUGAGUGAGCAACUUGUUAACUGAACCAUUAUGAAUCUCUUCUUCCAGCCUGUCCUUCUCAAGCUCCACCCCUUUGGUCUGAAGCCUGUGGAUCCUAAAAGUCCAGCCCCCAUGGGAACCUGAUAUAUAUUGGCAAAACCUAUUGGUAUUUCGCAACUUUCAGACUAGUUUCAGGACCUUAGCCAGACCUAGCAGAGUACAUGCAGAAUCCACAGAAGCAAUUGGCAACUUGGCUGCAGACAGGAUAGACAAAGCAGGAACCAGGAACUUGUAGUUAGGUGUUUAUUAUAUACAGUGGACUAUAUACAGGAACAGAACACGGAUCUUUUGCUAGCUCUCUCUGAUACGACUCACAACUCCUACACUCACUGACACACAGAACUCUGAACCUCUGAACUCCUGAACUAACACAUUCCAGUUAGUAGGCCAUUAAUUAUCACUCCCUUGAGAGAGCUUGACCAAUCAGGGAGCGGUCUCCAUGUCUCUGUUAUCACCAGGCAGACUUACUCCUUCAGAUUGCCUUCUGGCUGUCUGCCAAACCUUAAUUGACUGUGUGAGUAGCUGCAAGUACACAGUUUCCCAACAAUAUAGGCAGUCAGAACUACUGACGGUAGUUCUCAGGAUUACGGUUUCCAUGGUCCCUCAUGCUGUUUUCAUCAGAAGCGUCUUCUAAAUUUGCCACCUUUAUGCCAAUGUAUAAGAUACCAAAUGAACAGCAGGAUUGGAUGUUUUAAAUAAUUGGCUUUCUCUUCAAGUAAUUUGUCAUGUAUUUCACAUUGCAUGUGCAAUAGGGAAUGUCACCGCUUGAAGUCAAACUGCUGGUUUCGAGAAGGAUCUGCUUUUGAGUCAUUUUAGUUCUAUUGCACUCAACACAGUUCUGGAUCUGUCAGCUAGUCCCCCAUUUUCUUCACUGAGGUAUGAAUUCCAUGAGGGUAAUAAAUAAAUAAAUAAAGCCGUGCCAGGAAGACCAGAGCGAGGCUUGCAAGCAAUAAAUAGAUAAUAACUUCAAAUUUCAGAUCAGUCAGAAUAAUGUGUUCCGAUAGUGAGAAAAAGGUUAUAAACAGUAGAAAUGGAGGUCUGAAAGGUCAGAAUCAUGGAAAUGCAUGCAUAUUGGCUGGAAUAAUAGCGGUUAAGCAAUGGAAUCCAUGAAUCAAAGCAAACACACACCAAGAAUGACUAUUUCCCCACCUAAUCGACUUCAUUAAAUGUUAGCAUUAGUGCAGUCAUCGCAGUGUCGUGGAGGGAGGCUGAAAGCAAAGGUUGCGAGGGUGCGUGAGAAAGAAAUCAAGAGCAACACCAAUUAUUGUGCUGGUUUGCCUUGUUUUAAAUAGGGUGCAGAGGUUGAGAAACACUGACAUGCUUUCAGGGUGUGUGUGUGCCAAAGAUAUUGGGUAGGGGGAACAGGGAGGGAGAAUCAGCAAAGACCAGAGGGAAGGGAUAUUUAGCAAUCUUUGCUGUUGAAUCUGUUGCAGGUGAGAAGGUGAAAUGGCAGUGGAACUUAACAGCAUUUGUUGUGACUGUGUGUUUGUGUGUGUACAGUGGUGCCCAUUGGGACUGGUGGGGUGGAAGGCAGAGAACCCAAACAGUUGAUUGAUCCAGAGCCAAUGAGAGGUGGUGUAACAGCCAAUGAGAGGCAGAGGCAAGUAAUUCUAGUGUAGUCCCAUUCUCUUCCCUGCUGAGUUCUACAAGGGCAACUAUGAGAUCAUGGACUGGCUAUAAGAAGGCAGGCAGCUGGAGUUUGGACAGGGACAGACUGAGUAUGUGUGUGUUCAUGUGUGCAUUUAUAAAUGACCUGAUAUUUUUUUUAAAAAUCCAGGCAGCGUACAAGAGAAAAACAAUAAGCACUACCAUCAAAGCAAAACUGCCUGACAAAAGCAUAUUAAACCAAAUAAAAACAGAGAAUUCAAACAAAUAAUAUUAGGAUCCAAUCUUAUGGGUCAGGGAAAGCCUGAGCAAAAAGAUAUGUAUCUGAUAUAUACUCAGAGUCCUGUAGUGAUUUCAUGCUCUUUAUUGCAGCUUGUAAAACAGUGAUUGAAUGGCCCCCCAAACCUCAGGCUUUUAUAUAUAUUAUUUACACAACGAGUCCCAUCUGAUUGGCUGAUUCUGCUUCCCUCCUGGAGCCUGAUUGGUCUUUUCCUGCAGGCCAAUCAGUUGUUGCAUUCUAGGAUCCUACUUGCCUAUUGUUCUAGGAUCCAACCUUAGUACAUAACAGUAUCUGAAAGAUUUCUGGAGCAACCAAUGUUUGUAUCGCAUACUGCAGAGGGAAGGGCAUUUCAUAGGACAGGGGCAAUGGUGGAAAAUGCCCAUUUUGGGGUAAUUGCCUUUUGAUAAGAUACAGUACUUUGAGUAGAAUUUCCCUAGAGGAAGACCAUAGCAUUCUGCUCCAUCUACAGCUUCUGGACCAAUCCCAAGGGAAACCCAAUAAAGGGUGCAAUGCAGUAGUCCAGUCAUGAGGUUAUCAACACAUGAGUCGUGGUGACCAAGCUAUCUCUAUCUAAGGAAGCGUCUAGUUGGCCAACCAGCCUAGGCUGAUACUUGGUGCUUCUCGCCACAAAGGUCAAAUUACAGAAAUACCCAGAGAGCCCACCCUUUUAAGCAAAGGGAUUUGUAAAUCAUAUACAGGACUUUUUAUAUUGCCCACUUGUGAUAUGGAUCUUGUGAGCAAGACACUAUCUAGUUAAUGUGCAUUCGUGAUUAUUUGUUUGUGGAAGCUCCAAAUCAGCUUUCAUUGUGCAACCUGAAUUUGCUGAAUCCUGCCCAAAAAACAGUGCCCUUAAGUCUCCUAGCCACUAUGUUACAUCGCCUCUUGUCAUCUCUGCAUUGUCUCUGCUAAUAUGCCAGAAUCCAUAUGCUGAGUAGCAAUUACAUAGAUGUGAGUGACAGCUGUUUCCCUUUGAUCAUGACAGAGGGUGCCCAGCCAGCAACAUUACUAGCGCAUGCAUAGUUCCAAUGCAUGCUUCCCCCCCUUUAGCACUAUAUGAAUCAGCCACUAGAGGGCUGAUAUGGGAAGGCAGAAACCUGGUUUCCGCAACUGGAAAUGGCAAAUGACAUCCUUACUGUCCCGUGAAUUCUAUUCAUUUGAUAUGCUCAGCAGUUCAGCCCUUUCUUGCUUGUAAAGUUUAAUGGAGAAGUAUACUAGGCCCAUGUAAUUUUCUUUCUGCAUGAGGUAUUGUACAGAGCCUAUUUGAUCAUCUGCCAACUACAGAAACGACCAAGCUCCCUAUUGCAAAACUGAGUGAAAGGAAUAAAGGGAAUGAAAAAGCUGCUGGUUUUUUUUUUUUAAAUAAAAAAAAUCUGAUCUAUUUUUGUCACUGUUGAAAUCAGGUUUCGUCCCAAACUAUCAACUGGAGCAACUCACCCUUACAUCUUUUCAUUGCCACAGAUUCUUGCUCCCUUUCUCCUUCAUGUUUCUUUACUGCUCCCUAUUCUUUAGUGAAAAUGUAUAUGCUUAGGAUGCAGUCCAGUUUUCAUUUAAAGGUGAACCUAUCUAAUUCUCAUUUUCCAGAACACUACAUGAACCCAAAGCACAGCCAUGCUUCAAAAUUCACACUUCUCUGAAUUUUGCAGUGCAGUUCUCUCCAGCCAAGCAAUUUUUUUUAAAAAAUGCAUAUAGUAAGGUAAAACAUGCAAAAUGUUUUGCAUAUUAGUGAAAGUAAUAUAGAAACAUGCAUGAUAUCAGGAAAAGUGGCUUUGCAUACAUAUAUAUGAGGAUAAAUUUGCACUAACUUGCUCAUGGAUUUUCAUUAAGACUUUUUUAAAAAAAUGGCCAACUGGUGUGGAAAUGUGGAGAAUCAAAUAUAAGACUGCAAAAACCAGAAACUAAGAGAAACUAAAAUUGACAGAUUUGCCCAUACCUAGCACACACUACACCCCCCACCCCCGAUACCUUGCCUUGUUAUAUAAUUUUAUGAUCAUGUUUAUUUUAUUUAACAUAAUUUAUUCACUACUUAAUUUAAAUAUAUAACCUCUAAACGCAUGGUCAGAGCUUGAGAACUUAGGUAUUUGAAUCCAUAGCCUGUCCAUGCUGAAGAAUCAGGGCAAGUCAGCAAUAUUUCUAUUGCAAUUUGCCUAAAUUCAGUUUGCCUUGAUCAGAAGAGAUGCUCCAAACUGUCUCCUCACCAGACAGGCAAAACAGGCCCAUGAAUCUGCAGAAAGUGGAGAGAACCCUCAGCACAAUGUUAUUUAAUCAAGAUGAUCGCAGCUGAUGAGCUUCCUCUGUAGAUCUAAUGUGAGAAUGAAUGUGAGUGGUUGUGCUUAGCAGGGUGGGUUCAUUUCAGUCCAUAUGAAAAAAAUAUUUGACACAUUAUUAAACUGAUCAAUAACCCCAAAGAGGAUUUAGACGCUGUUCUGGUUUGUGUGCAGCUUCUUCUGGCUGCCUGGGUUCAGUUUACUUCUGCAGAGUUUAUCCUCUGUCGGCUUCUCAAAAAUCCUAUCACUGCGGUUUUGCCAGCAUCAAAAGUAAUAUCUUUCCCUGAGCCUGAGAGUAGAAACUUGCAUCCCUUGAGGAUGUAUGGGGAAAGUACUCUGAAAUGACCAAAUAGAGAAGCUUGCUUUUUAUUAAAAUUCACACAAGUUUUUACAGUUUUCUCUUUGGAAAACCUGUAGGAAGACAAGCGACUUAGAAGUGCUUCACCUACUGAGACUGAAGGGGAAAUAAGAAGAAGAGUUUUCCCCUUGCUUCACAGUGAAAUACAGGAUAGCUGGUCUUUGCUCUAGAAUGCACUGGUGGAGCCCAUCCAGUGUUUCCGCCAGCGCAUUUACACCACGCUGACCUUGCAACCACCUCCCCCUUCCCCUGUACCUCUCAGUAAGCAGCAGGGAGACCAGGGCAAUGGGAGGCCAGGUGAGUCCCACCAACCAUUACUGGAUGCAAGAAAGCAUGCAUGUAUGAUUUUGCAACUGGUAUGGUCAAUGGUUAGGAAUAUGGAAGUGGAAGUCUUACAAGAUCUGGAGGUUCCCCAUUCCUGACACAGAGCCAACCAGUUGCAUUCCAGAGUCUCCAAGUGUCCCUAUUUUCCAGAGACAGUCCCGGAUUUACAAGAGCUGUCCCGGUUUCUGAUGUGAUUCUGGAAUGUCCUGUUUUUCCUUAGGAUGUCCCUGUUUUCAUUGGAGAAAUGCUGGAGGGUAUGGAGUUAUGUCACACACACCCAAGCCAAGGAUAGAAGUAACUGUACAUCCUUUAGAAGACAUCUGAAGGCAGUCCUGUAUAGGGAAGUUCUUUAAGGUUUAAUGUCUUAUUAUUUUUUUUAUACACAGUGGUACCUCGGUUGUCGGGCGUAAUCCGUUCCGGAAUACUGUUCGACUUCUUAAACGUUCGACAAUUGAGGUGCAAAUGGUGGUCGGCAAAGUCAAUGGAGAAAAAAGAAAAACAUGCAGCGGAAGCCGUUCGACUUCCGAGGUGCAUUCGAAAACGGAAGCAAUUACUUCCGGGUUUUUAGCAUUCAGGUUCCGAAACAUUCGACUUCUGAGACGCUCGAAAACUGACGUACCACUGUAUGUUGGAAGCCGCCCAGAGUGGCUGGGGAAACCCAGUCAGAUGGGCAGGGUAUUAAUGAUGGUGAUGAUGGAAUAAGACAACCCUGUUUCCAUCAGAGAAAUGUUGGAGGUUAUGAAAUUAUUUCAGUGGUGAGAAGGUUGUAGAGCAGCCUUUGUUUCAUUACUAGAAGUUCACUUUGGAGCUUUGUUGUACAAGGAGGGGGGACCUACAGUUUUGCUUUCAAUGCACAUGCACUUUCUUGUGCUAUUAUAACCAGUGGUGCAAUGGAGGGGGAAGCACAAGUCUGAGACUUUUUUCUCAACAGGAGGGAUGACUUCAACUGCCAGAGUGCUAGGGUAAUUAACAAAUCCUCUUUGCUCUGACUAGUAAAUGAGGAGAUAACAAGGCUUUAAAGUUCUAGGGUAGUUUGUAUAGGAUUAGUACAGUCAUACCUCUUGUUGCGUUCGCUUCAUGUUGCAGAUUUUCGGGUUCCAAACGCGGCAAACCCAGAAGUGUAUACUUCCGGGUUUCGCCAUGUGCGCACAUGCAGAAGCGUUCUGCACACUUCGCACAUGCGCAGGAGCACUCUAUCGCGCUCUGUGCUUGCGCAGAAAUGCAGCUCUAGUUGUGGACUUUUCGGUGUGCGAAUGGCACCCCGGAACCGAUCGUGUCCACAACUAGAGGUACCACUGUAUAUAGGAAGUGAGACGAUCCAACUGGGCUGCAUUUUUAGGGUUCUCCUUGGGGAUUCUAUUGCUAUAGGACCUUAUUUAAAAUUUAAAAUUCUACCGCUACUCUACUUGUUACAACAACUUUCUAAUCCAUGCACACAAGGAGCUAUCUGCCUUAAGUGAGGACACAGGUAUGAGUUACUCUUUCACUAGGCUUAUUGUGAGACUGUUAUUUCCUUGAUAUUAGUAGGAGUUGUAUGAGAACUGGGCGAAUUUAAUUUUCUUUUCUACAGCUGUCUUCCUAUAUUUUUGAUUCCUGUCCCACAUUUGUACUCACACUUUCCCCCCCUGUUGCCUGCGGAAAUGUUGAAAUCAAUAAAGAAUUAAGAAUGCCAAACUGCAUUUCUAAAAAGGGCUCUUUCUUAACACUGUUUGCAGAUAAUAGACUCUACCUUCAGAAGCUAUUUUACUCCAACAGUGACAGAAUGGAGAAAGGAAUGACAGUGGCGGCUUAAGAAGAUAAAAACUGCAACUGUAUAGAAACUGAUCUGAGAGUAACAGUGUGAUCCUAAUGCCCCAGAUCUGUGUUGCUGGGUGUGUGUGUGUUUGGAUAUGGUGGAGGGUUGCCCCUCAACUAGGAAUGGAUCUGUCAGUUUUGUCUCUCUCCGUUUUCCAUUUUUCCAUUCAUCAAUUCAGUUCUUCACAUUUCAGCAGCUAUUAUAUAUAUAUAUAUAUAUAUAUCCCGUUUCCUUUAGCUUUUCACUUUCCACUUUGCCAUCAUUUCUCUCCUUUUUGAACCCUGCUUAAUUAUUGGAAAAUACCACUCCAACCUCUUACAUUCCUGCCACAAACUGAGUUGCAGGGGCGAAGAUGGUGUACUGCUAUUUCCAGGUACUGUCACAGCUGGAUGUGAGGGGCUGGCAGUUCUGAGCUAAUUGAUGAUGCUGGCAUGCUGCAAUUAACCUCAUUAGGGCUUGAAUUACAUCUAAUUAAACCCUUGUCUCGGACAGGAGCCGUGUAAUCCCUUCUUGCUGCUGGGCUGUCCCUCGGCGGGGGUCACACUGAAGCCUGCUGGGUUUUGAGUCCGAAGCCAGAGUGGGAGGACAGGAGCCGCCAAAGCGUCAUGUUGUCACGUACCUACAAGUGCCACUGACAGCUUAGUCCUUUCAAAUAUUUUAAACUUUCUGUUGGAAAGUAUUGUGGUAUUUCAGCUGGUGUUGUUUUUAUUAAAGAUUUCUUAGUUUUCAAAAGUAUGUGCAAUGUCUCUUUUUUCAAGCUGUGUUUUCUACAGAUCAGUUUCAUUUGAUGUGAGACAUUAGUGUUACAGUAGGAAGAAAAUACUUAGUGUAUAUGUGGGGUGGCAAUACUUAGUGUAUAUGUGGGGGUUUUGUGUCAGCGUCACUUGUGUGGGUUCUUUACUAUUUGCUUGCAUUUCUUUGGAGGUGAGAGAGGUUUGGGGGUGGCCUAGGUUGUGGUUGGUUGUCUUUGACUGGUGGUAGUAAAAUUUGUUUUCAUGUGUGAAUGGGGUGAGUGGGUGUUUUUGGAUCAGGUUAGCCAGAUUGAUUCGUAUGCUCUUGGUGGGUUCUUGCUGUUGUCGUGUUGGGCUGUGUAUGUGAUAAAGGGGAGCCAUACCGGGGAGAAGGCGUCUUCUAUUUGUCCCGUGUCAGUUUCAGUUUGUUGGUUAGUUUUUCUAAUAAGGCUGUUUCCCAUACUAUUUGAUACCAUUGGUCCAUGCUUACUUCUGACAGGCCUCUCCAGCGUCUAGCUAUGAUGUUUCUAGCUGCUGAGAGUAGGCGGGUUAUGAGCUCUUUGUGAUGGGAGUGGGCAUUAUUGUCUUGGAAGAUGUUUAGUAGGGCCAGUUCUGGGGUGACUUCUAAUACUUGCUUAGUUAUUUUGCAUAUAUCUUGUAUGAUUGAUGUGAACAGUUGUAUUUUAGGACAUUCCCGCCACAUGUGGAGGUAUGUGUUGUGGUUGCAACACUUUGUUUAGUAUGUAGGAGAGUGAUUUCUUUCACAGGGCCUUCUUUCUACCAGCUGCUGAGGUAUUGUGGCUAAGAAGUCCCUUGUUCAUAGGGAUCUGGGCUGUUCCAAGUCAUACCGGGCUAGUUUAGCAUUUAUUCUGGCUGGAAUAAAGGCCUUUCUUGUUACCAACUACAGAACCCCUGACCCUCCAAGUGUCCCUGCUUUCCAGGGACAGUCCUAAAUUUACAGAAGCUGCCCCGGUUUCUGAUUUGAUCCCAGAAUGUCCCGCUUUUUCUUAGGAGGUCCCUAUUUUCAUUAGAGAAAUGUUGGAGGGUAUGGAGUCAUGCAACUCCCGAGCCAAGGAGAUAAGUAACUAUAUAGGGUUAGUUUUGUUGUUGUUUAAUGUUUUAUUAUGUUUUCAUAUAUGUUGGAAGCUGCCCAGAGUGGUUGGGGCAACCUAGUCAGAUGGGCAGGCAAUUGUUUGUUUGUUUGUUAUUGAAUAGGUCAUCCCUGUUUUCUUUGCAGAAAUGUUGGAGGGUAUGGAAUCCUCCUUUUUAACUGGAUACAACAGAGGUGUGUGUGUGUGUGUGUGUGUCUGUGUGUGAAUUAUAUGGGAUAUGUGACCCUACAGAUGUUGUUGGACUACCUUUAUCAUCCCUUGAAGAAGGCACUAUUGUGCCCACUCCUGGAAAAAACCCACCCAGGGCUUGAUAUUAUUAUUAUUAUUAUAGUGAUACAUCCAUGUGAUACAUCUGGAGGUAUAUAUCUUUAUGUAUAUCUGUGCAAAUGCAAUAAUAAUAUGGCACAAAUAUGGUGCCAGUCCCUGGCAUAUUGCAGGAUGAGGGUUGGAUUUUGCUGGUAUGCCACAUCAGAUAGUUUUAGAAGCCCUGAUCUAAUCCAAGACCUUUCUUAAUGCAAUAUAGUAGGAUUCCACCCUACAUCUCCCACAUAGGGUUUUGCUUAGCUUUCGUAUCCUGAAAUAAAAACCCUGCCUGAUGUACUGUAAGCACAGGAUAGGAUACAAUCCCAUAUCAAUAGGGCAUAAAUAAUGUGGCUGUUAAGGCUGUGGCCCUUAAUAGCUGUAAUUUCCUGGACUUUUGGAGCUUCUGAAGAUGGAAAGCUCUUAGCCCAACCUGCUAAACCAAAAGUGAUUUGGUUUAAUUGAACAGAUAUUCAAAUAUAUUGGGUGGAAUUCAACAUUGCACUAUGAAUAUGUCCCACCUGCGCAAGCAUUUCAGCUUGCCAGAGACUUCUCCUUCCCCUAUGUGCUCUUCUGGGGGUCCCUCCAAAACCAACUGUGGGGAGUGAGGGGGAUGAGAAGGGGGAAAGCCCUGUUGCAUAUGCAAGGAAGUCCUUGCAGGGGCUUCCACUCAGGGGCAUAGGAAGGGGGGUGCGGUGGGGGCAGUCCACCCCGGGUGUCAUCCCGGGGAGGGGUGACAAAAUCCCCCCCGGGAGGAUCGCCAACGCGCCAAUCGGCCCCCCUGGGUGUGUCGCUGAUGUGCCUAUUGGCCCCCCCGAGAGGGUCACCGGGGCACCAAUCGGCCCCCGGGUGGAUUGCCGAGACACCAAUCACCCCUGUGGAUGUAUCACCCUGCCCCCUGGGCAGAUUGCACUGCCCCAUGGAUGGAUCACCCCACCCCUGGGUGCGUGGCAUGUGUGCUGUUCCGGGUGCCGGAGCGGCUAGCUCUGCCACUGCUUCCACUAAUAAGGCUUCUUAGGUGAUUCCCACAAAUUAUAUAUAUUACACACACACACACACACACACACACACACACACACAGAGUGGUACCUCGGGUUACAGACGCUUCAGGUUACAUACGCUUCAGGUUACAGACUCCGCUAACCCAGAAAUAUUACCUCGGGUUAAGAACUUUGCUUCAGGAUGAGAACAGAAAUUGUGCUCCGGCGGCGUGGCGGCAGCGGGAGGCCCCAUUAGCUAAAGUGGUGCUUCAGGUUAAGAACGGACCUCCGGAACGAAUUAAGUUCUUAACCUGAGGUACCACUGUAUUCGAGAGAGAGUUUUUCCACUCAGUAUUUUUAUAUAUGGACAUGUUCAUACAUGCAACAGUGAUCCUCAAUGCCCUUGCACCAUCAUCCUCCAUCAUAACAUGUGCAUUCUCACAGCCAGUGUGGUGUAGUGGUUAAGAGCGGUGGACUCGUAAUCUGGUGAACGGGGUUCGCUUCCCCACUCCUCCACAUGCAGCUGCUGGGUGACCUUGGGCCAGUCACACUUCUCUGAAGUCUCUCAGCCCCACUCACCUCACAGAGUGUUUGUUGUGGGGGAAGAAGGGAAAGGAGAAUGUUAGCCGUUUUGAGACUCCUGAAGGGGAGUGAAAGGAGGGAUAUCAAAUCCAAACUCCUCCUCCUCCUCCUCCUCCUCCUCCUCCUCUUCUUCUUCUUCUUCUUCUUCUUCUUCUUCUUCAUCACUGUGUGUGUAGAACAUCAGCCCUGCAUGAAUCUAUACAUAAUCUAGUUAGCUCAGUUGGUUAGAGCAUGGUGCUGAUAACGCCAAGGUUGUGGUUUCAAUCCCCAUACAGGCCAGCUGCAUAUUCCUGUAUUGCAGGGGGUUGAGCUAGAUGACCCUCGGGGUCCCUUCCAGCUCUACAGUUCUGUGCUUCUAUUCCACUCAGCGAGUCCUGAACUUGGUAGCACUUGGUGGAUCUGCUUGGUUUGUUGUCUGCUGAAGCUCACAACCAUGUAUGUCAUUCAGAUUGUGUCUUUUCCUCUCUCCCCUCCCUUCUGCUGGGCUUGCAGUAGGAUGGCUGUUGAUUCAUUGGCUGACAUUACAUGAGUAACUGCUCUGCCGCAGUUCCUCACCUUCAAAAUUGACAUAACAAUUCGGAGCUGCCUGACUCAGGAUAAGCAGGUAGGGCUUGCUGAGGAAAUGCUGGGAAAGCAUGUCACCUUUGAGCAAAUGGUUAGGUAGCAUCCAUAUCAGCUUCAAAUCCUCCUUGCCAUCCUGAAGAAAGUUGAAAUGGCAAACCUAUAUUUAAAAGCUGCUAAAUAUAAUAUUCCAAAUCGUUCAGUGUGAAUAUCACUUGGACUACUCUGUGUGGGGCUACCUUUGAAGGUGACUUGGAAACUACCACUAAUCCAGAAUGCGGCCGCUAGACAGGUGACUGGGAGUGGCCACUGGGACCAUAUAACACUGGUCCUAAAGGAUCUUCAUCAGCUCCCAGUGCGUUUCCGAGCACAAUUCAAAGUGUUGGUGCUGACCUUUAAAGUCCUAAACGGCCUCGGCCAAGUAUACCUGAAGGAGCAUUUCCACUCCCAUCAUUCUGCCCAGACACUGAGGUCCAGCUCCGAGGGCCUUCUGGCGGUUCCCUCACUGUGAGAAGCAAAGUUACAGGGAACCAGACAGAGGGCCUUCUCGGUAGUGGCACCCGCCCUGUGGAACACCUUCCUUUCAGAUGUCAAGGAAAUAUACAACUAUCUGACUUUUAGAAGACAUCUGAAGGCAGCCCUGUUUAGGGAAGUUUUUAAUGUUUGAUGAUUUAUCGUGUUUUUAAUAUUCUGUUGGGAGCUGCCCAGAGUGUCUGGGGGAAACCCAGCCAGAUGGGCGGGGUAUAAAUAAUAAAAGUAUUAUUAUUAUUACUACUACUACUACUACUAUUACUAUUAUUAUUUCCCAUGACUUAAUCUUUAUUAUUAUUUUAAAGGAAUUCCCCUCCCCCAUUCUUCAGCUGAAAAAGCCAGUGCACCAGAAAUUCCUGGUUUGGGCACAUAUAAUGAGCCUGCUGGAUCAGGCCAAUGGCCCAUCUAGUUCAGCAUCCUGUUCUUACUGUGGUCAACUGGAUGUCUGAGCAUGCAGGCAGCACCUGAGUGAAACAGCACUCUGCCCAGUAACUGGCAUUCAGAGGUAGAAUGCAGCCAUUGAUACCCCUCUCCUCCCUGAAUUUGUAUAAUCCUCUUUUAAAGCCAUUCCAGUUCAUGGCCAUCACUGCCUCCUGUGGGAGAGAGUUCCAUAGUUUAACUGUGCACUGGGGUUUUGUCUGUCCUGAAUCUUCCAGCAUUUGGCUUCACUGGAUGACCAAUAGCUCUAGAGCAUGGGUAGGUAAACUAGAGCCCGGGGGCCGGAUCUGACCAAAUUGCCUUCUAAAUCUGGCCCGUGGACGGUCUGGGAAUCAGCGUGUUUUACAUCAGUAGAAUGUGUCCUUUUAUUUAAAAUGCAUCUCUGGGUUAUUUGUGGGGCCUGCCUGGUCUUUUUCCAUGAGUAGAAUGUGUGCUUUUAUUUAAAUGCAUCUCUGGGUUAUUUGUGGGGCACAGGAAUUCGUUCAUUAUUAUUUUUCCAAAAUAUAGUCCGGCCCCCCACAAGGUCUGAGGGACAGUGGACCGGCCCCCUGCUGAAAAAGUUUGCUGACCCCUGCUCUAGAGCUAUGAGAGAAGGAUAAAAACAUUUCUCUAUCCACUUUCCUCAUGCCAUGCAUGAUUUUAUAAUGUCACCUCUAACUCACCUAAACUAAUAAGUCUCAAAUGCUGCUGCCUUUUCUCCUAGGGGGACUUGUUCCUCCCACUUGCCCCUUUCUGAACCUUUUCCAAUUCUAUAACACCUGUUUUGAGGUGAGGUGACCAGAAACUGUACACAGUAUUUCAAAUGUGAUAGCACCAUAGGUUUGUAUAACGGCAUUAUGAUAUUGUGAGUUUUAGUUUCGAUUGCUUCCAAUAAUGAUCCCUAGCAUGGAAUUUGCCCUUUUUACUACUGUUGCACACCAGAUCAACAUCUUUGAAGUGUAGGUGGGUUCCCACGAGGCACUACACAGUGAUAACAGCAAGAACUUUUAUUGAACUAACAGAACUCGACAACAGGGGCAAAGGAACUGCUUAUUUACAUUUCUGCAGGCCUGGGCCGCUCCCACUCCCAAUGUGAUUGGCUGUCCAAACUUCCAAGCUGCAAAUCAUAACUCAGAAUUUAAAAGCCAAUGGCAGAGGCCCAAAUCCUGAAAUGUUCUGUGGUUGGAUUUCAUAUAUUGAAUCAGACUACAGAGGCUCAGAAUUCUUAGUCCAGACUCAAGCUCAGGCAAACACAGACCACUGAAUACGUAACAAUCUUUAUUGAGCUAUCCACUACAAGUUGCUGGUCAGUCACUGCCAGUUCAGAUCCCAUGAGUGUAUAUGUGAAAUUAAGACUUUUUGCCCUGACAUGCAUCACUUUACAUUUGUUUACACUGACUCGCAUUUGCCAUUUUACCACCCCUUCUGUUUGGAGAGUUCUUUUUGGAGCUCCUCACAAUCCCUUUAAAAAUACAUAUAUUGAACUGAUCAAACUGGAAACUGUGUACAUGCUUUGAUUAUUGUUUGUUGUUGUUGUUUAGUCAUUUAGUUGUCUCUGACUCUUCGUGACCCCAUGGACCAGAGCACGCCAGGCACUUCUGUCUUCCACUGCCUCCCGCAGUUUGGUCAAACGCAUGCUGGUAGCUUCGAAAACACUGUCCAACCAUCUCGUUCUCUGUCAUCCCCUUCUCCUUGUGCCCUCCAUCUUUCCCAACAUCAGGGUCUUUUCCAGGGAGUCUUCUCUUCUCAUGAGGUGGCCAAAGUAUUGGAGCCUCAGCUUCACUAUCUAUCCUUCCAGUGAGCACUCAGGGCUGAUUUCCUUCAGAAUGUAUAGGUUUGAUCUUCUUGCAGUCCAUGGGACUCUCAAGAUUUUCCUUCAGCACCAUAAUUCAAAAGCAUCAAUUCUUCGGUGAUCAGCCUUCUUUAUGGUCCAGCUCUCACUUCCAUACAUCACUAAUGGGAAAACCAUAGCUUUAACUAUACGGACUAUUGUUUACUUGAUUAUUGUUACUUAAUAAAUAAUAAUACUUUUUUAAAAAGUGCAUUUCUCGAUACUGAUCUCUUCCUGUUCGGCACUAGCUACAAAAUGUCUUGCAAGAAUCAGUGAUGAGGAGCAAGAGCGGACCUUGCAGUGCUUCCCUUUCCCUUUAACUUUCCCUUUAACUUUCCCUUUCCCUCAGUAUAUUCAGUACAGCUGUACUGGAGUGUAGAAGGCAUUUUCAAUUUAGAAGCCAAUCACAGAGUCUCCCGUGUGGGAAUUGUGCAUGGUCCUCAAAGAAAAAGCAUACUGGAAUAAACAUCUCUAUCACAAUGAAGUCUGGAAGUCCGUGCAGUAGACUUAACUGUGCUUGCACAAUCCUUAGCAAAGUAGAGUUCAGGUCUUCUGAUAUGCUGAUUUUUACCGGGUGCCAUUCCUAGUGACCUCAAGUGAAUUUUCCAUACAAGAUUAAGGAUGUCAUGCGAAGGUUUUCUGCAGGCGGUUGCCAAAAUCAUUCUAAAUGUACAGAAUCAACAACAAUGUAGACUUGUUAUUGUUUUUUGCUUCAGUUGAUUUGCCUCUAACAGCUAAGAAUAUUCCGAUACUGAGCUAUCCUGGCUGUGAGCCCUUUUGAUCUUCAAUGACACUUCAAGGGUGUGAGGUGAUGCUGGAUUGUAAACAGAGAACUAAAUAGCUUGUGGCUAACAGUUCACAGAACAGCAAGGCAAUAAAUGUGGAAGCAGUGCUGCUAACAAUAAGAAACAGGUGAUCUGAAAAUAAUGACCUCCAGACUCAAAAAGAUUUGUUGUGCCCCAGAUAGAUGGUGGCAUUUGUCCUUCUGAGAAAGAUGAAAGUUUAUUCAGGGUCAAUUAAGAAUCCUUGCAUUAAGACUUCUGUGUCUGAGUGUUCUAAAAUGAUCUAUUAUAUCGACAUGGAUGGCACAGCCAUCAUUUGUUUUAGCUUAAAAUUUGCUUCAAAGGAGAAUGAAAGGGGCUGGUGAAUCAUGGAUAAGUCUCAUGGAUAACAAUGAGAUUAACACCUACUUUGCCCCUGUCUUUGCCCAAAAGGAAAACAGUGCCCAACCUGGUGAUAACAGAAUAAACAAUAAAGCAGGGAGGGAGCUGCAGCCCAAUAUAGGAAAAGAGGUAGUAAAGGAACACCUAGCUACUUUAAACGAAUUCACAUUUUGAGGGUCUAAUGAGCUGCACACAAGGGUACCAAAGGAGCUUGUGGAUAUUUCAGAACUUCCGUCUAUAACCUUUGAGAAAUCUUGGAGAACAGGUGAGGUCCCUGCAGAUUGGAGGCAGACAAAUGUUGCACCUAUCUUCAAAAAGGGGAAAAGGAAGAUCAAUUGUCAACUGUUCAACUUGAGGUCAAUGCCAGGGAAGGUUCUAGAACAGAUAAACAAUUUGUCUGUGAGCACUUAGAAAAGGAUGCUUUUAUUGCUAAGACUCAGGUGAAUUUCAUUUAUUUUUUUGGUAGAAUUACAAGCUUGGUGGAUCAGGGGAAUUGACAAAGUCCCCCUGCCCCCAAGGUCACCCCCAAUAUUUGUGCAGAGAAGAUGGAGACAGAGAGAUGAUAAAAACAAAGAGUGAAAGUAGUGGAAAAUUAAAGGACAUCUCAUGUUGCAAAUUGAGAUUAGCAUUGGGUUCAGAAUUUGAAAAAGGUCGAGGGUUAUCAUUCAGAAAAUGUUUUUGGGUUGAUCUGGCAAUUUCAAUUCACUUUGAACAAAUUUCAGCAGUGAUUACACAUUCAUACAUCACAGAAAUUGUGGCAUAAUGACCAUAAUCUGUGUGUCAAGAGCAUUUAUUUUCACCAGAAGGAACAUACUCUUCCUCUGUGGCAAAAAAAGUGAAGAACCACCACUAAGUGUUUCUGGAGUCAAAAGGGCAUGGUGAUCAUAAAUAAAAAGCAAUAAUGGUUUUUAUUUUUAUGUCCAUUCAUUUCAAGGGGUCUACUCUUGAGUAUGACUUAAGACACAGCCCACUGAAAGGAGAAUCAGUCCUGGAAGGUGCACAGUAUUAAGAACAGCUAUUGCAUUAAUAAAGUCUGAUUUGCUUCUGAUCAGUUUGGCUCACUUUGGAGAAUUCUAGCUGGGAAAAUGAUCCAAAUAUUGUUGUGGGGGAAGAGGAGGGUGUCUUCCUUUAUAUUCUCCCUUUGGCAACUGAGGCUUGUUGAGUGCUCUGUGGAAUCAAACUUUCAUGUUAAGUUUGACUCCUUUUCAAAAUCGAGCAUAGAGAGCUUGUUUCUCUUCAGCGUCUUGGAAACAUAGCCUGGGCCGUGAUUAUGUUUCCAAAAUGCUGAGGAGAAACAAGCUACCAGACGUCUAUUCUUUCAGACAGGCAGCUCGAUCCCUUGUGACUGAAAAUGACGAUUAGAGCCAAACGAAGUUGAAUAGCAUUUGCCCUGAGCAUUCUCCUGCAGAGCUUUCUCUAAUGAGCUCCUACACUUACAGCAUACAGCUUCUAGCAUUUAAAACUGUGUUGUUAUUAUUAUUUUUAAGGCUAUAUUGGUGGUGGAAGGGAAUUCACUUACUGAUCAGUGCCUGUCCUGAUAUUUUGAUAGCUGUCUUUGAUAAACGACUGUCCUCGAGAUGCUUUUUGUUGAUGUGAGUUGCUAGAAAGAUCAAUUCUUCAGAUUUGUGUGGGGUUUUCUUUACCCCACACCCUCCAACAUUUCUCUGAUGAAAAUAGGGUUGUCCUAGUCCAUUCUUCUUCUUCUUCUUCUUCUUCUUCUUCUUCUUCUUCUUCUUCUUCUUCUUCUUCCCAUCUGACUGAGUUGCACCAGCUACUCUGGGAGGCUUCAAGCAUAUAUAAAAACAUAAUAAAACAUUAAACAUUAAAAAAACUUCCCUAUACAAGGCUGCCUUCUAGAAGUUACUCAUCUCCUUAGCUCAGGGCUCACUUCAUGCUCUCCAACAUUUCUCCAUUGAAAAUAGGGACAUCCUAAGGACAAGUGGGACUUUCCAGGAUCAAAUCAGAAACUGGGAUGGCUUCUGUAAAUCCGGGACGAUCCCUGGAAAAUAGGGACAUGGAGGGUUUGCUACCCCCACUUUGGGAUCUAUUGAAGUUCCAAAAGGCAUCUUUCUCCCCUGUAAACAGGGCUGGUCCACAGCAUUUUGCUGCCGGAGGCAAAGGGCCAUCAUGCUUCCAUUCCAUGAAUCCAAGUGGACCAGCAUUUGAAUCUUACUUUUACACCAAUGACAGGACAGUAUCUCCCACUGCACUUGGGGGCAGUAUCUGCUGUCUGAGACAGCUGCCUCAUUCUGCCUAGUGAUAGGGCCAGCCCUUCAUGUAAAGGCAUGCACAUGAGCACUAAGCCAUUGUGUAUAUUUAGCAUGCUAAAGCUGGUGAGGACAGUUCUGAACUGUUGAGAAUAUAUUGUCGGAUAAUUAUGCAUUUAUUGCAUCUCUAGCCAAACCAACAAGUGGUGUGCUUUUAAAACAGUGAAGGGCAGGCUAUUUGAGGUUAAAGGAAUACAACAGGAAGAAAAGAACUGUGAGAAAUGUAUAUAUUCAGGAGUGCUAAUUCAAGUUUUAGUUCUGUUGGGGGAGGCAAGAAUAUUUUGACCCAUCAUGUAAUCACAGGAGUCUUUUAGGUACACAAGACUGUACUUGUUCUCAUUUGUAAGACCUUGAAGAUUAUGCACUGUUGCAAAGUGGCCUAGUUCAGGGGUGGAGAACCUUUGGCCCUCCUAAUGUUGUUGGACUCUGAGUAAUCAGGGAAGACUCAACUUAUUAUGGAUAGUCAACAUGUAAGGAGAAGGAAUGCUGUCAUUUCUUCACAAGCACCAUCCCUCUUAUUAUCAGCCUUCUCCAACCAUCUAGAUGUUUUGCACUCUAAUUCAAAUCCGCCCCAGUUAGCAUGGCCAAUGGUCUGAUGUAAUGGGAGUUGUAGUCCACUGAUAUCUACUUGGGCAAAGGUCCCCCAUCUUUGGCUUAGAUUAUUUUGCCUGCCUUCCUUGGCAUUUUUAUGUCUGACUCCUGCACUUAGGUCCCUUAGUGUGUGAAACAUGAGGUCAAGGCAGAGUGAAGUUUUAUAGUAAUUCAAAAUGAGCUUCAUUUCCCCACAUUAGGUCAAUUAUCCAGCUGAUUUUACCAAGAUAAUGUAGUGCAGAAUCCCAUUAAUUACACAGAAUUGAAUCACUAAAGUGUUUUGCAUGCUUGAGCUUGUAAAUCUGUCUUUAGCUUCCAUGGUAAUGAUAGCAGGCAGAAUGGAUAGCUUGCCAUUUAAUGGAGUCAACGGUAUUUUGCCUUUUAAUGGAGUCAACAUGAAAUUAUUUUUUCGCCGUGUUUUUGACCCACGUAACUGAAAGUGGAGCAAAGUGCCUAUUAAGUAUGGCUUUUAAUGCUGAUAUGCAUUUUGGGGACUGUUUAUACUAGGGAAACUCAAUAACCACAUUAUCUGUACUGGUUGAUUGAUACAUUUUCCAAUUUAACAGUAUCUUCCUAAAGGAAGGAAUAUUUAAUGAUAGGGGCACUGACCCCGCAACCCCCAUUGAUGGGUUCAUCACAUGACCCACCACGGCCAAUUUUAUGUAUAUUUGUCAUUUAAAAAAUAAAAAUCAUGAAAAUUCAAAAUUUUUAGUGCUAAUUUCCCCCAACAAACACAUUUUUAAUGUAGUUUUGACCAAUACACACAUGUUACAAGCCAUUUUACCUCAUAAUAUUCAUUUUUGUAUGUCAUGUUGACUAAUUUAUGUGUUUUUCCUUUAAUAUAGGCAGCAAUUCAUUUUACGUAUACAUCCCAACCAACUUCUUUCCUAUUAAAACAAAUAUUUGAGUCUGUUAAAACGCUAAAUCCACAUGCUCUGAAAAUACGAGUGCAUGUUAUUACAGUGAACAUUUAAGACACCCCCCAAACCAAGUGAUAUUUUGUUUAAGUGCCAGUGUUAGAAAAAAUACAUCUGUGUAUAUUUUUGAAGGUGAAUGUUCCCAUUAAGAGUGCAUUGUACCCCUUCUCCCUACAUGGAUGGCUGGGUGAUGGGGCUUGGAUGGUUCCUAUAUGGUUUUCCAAGAUGAUGGAGCUCCAUUGCUGGUGUGGUGGCUCCCCAUGUGUGGGAUUGCUGCUGAUGGGAGAGGGAGAGUCUGUAUGGAUCUUCUCAUCUGUGGAAGGACUGGGGAGGAAGAAUGUAGAGGGGAACUGGAUCGUCCUCUAACGUAGUUGACUAGGAAGUGCUUGAGCAAACAGAUAUCUAAGAAGAAUAACCAGAAAUAGAACUUUAAUGGCAAAUGUAUUUAAGGAAACUCUUCUAAAAUAGAGUUCCUUAUUUUUUUCACUGGAAAGAUCUCUGUGAUUCUUUGGCGGCAUGCAAAUUAAUGACAGAACAGAACAAGAUGUGUUUCAAAUGGGAGAAUAGCCACCAGAAUAACAAGAGAGCGCGAUAGGAAAAUAUUUUUAAUAACUCCAUUCGUGCCUGCUGUUUGAUUACAAUAGCAGAUUAGGGCUAAGUAUGCUAUCCUGACUCAUUAUUUUCUGGCAGCAAACAUUAAUUAGAAGGGGAAAUGUCUUAGGAGCAGGCUUGGAUUUUCUCUCUGUCAAACUUCUUUCUAAAAUUGAAAAAAAGGAAAAGACAAAUUUAGGAUGCAUGAUCUGUAAAGAUUUAUAACCACUUCAGCCCUUGAGCCGCAAACAGAUAUAUUUAUUACUGACAGCUGUAAUGUGCUGGAGUGCAUUCAUGUCUUCAUAUCACUUCAUAAUUUGUUAAGCUCAGAUCCAGGAAAAUAUGUUUACUAGUGUGUUUUGCCCUUGUAUUGGUAAAUCACACAUUAGUUGCAUGCUGUUGACACUGCUUUUAAUGACUAUGGGAAAUCUAGAGCAAUACUCCAAUAUUGUAUGUGGGAGAUGAUGUGUGUGGCAGAGGGGGAUAGCAAAGGCAACAAAACAGUUCAGCUGUUAGAUCUAGUGCUGAAGUAAACCUGAGAGACUUGAUAAGUUAGGAACGUUUUAAUUUUGUGUUGAUGCAUCGCUUCUGUUUUCCCUAACCAAUUACUAGCCAUUUAUCAGUCAGCUGUGUAGGGGGGGAUUCAUGCCACAAGAAAGAGCCAGUAUUAGCAUAGCAAGAUGACAAGAUAAGUGGCACCUUUUUGAAAGGUUCUGCAGUUAAAUGGGAUGGGAAAGGAAGAUGCAAUGGGCUUAAAGCACCAGCCAUUAGAGGACUGGAGGUUUCGUGUUAGCAUUUUGUACAGCAGGCUGCUGCUGCGGCACUGUGAGUUGGGGAAGGCUGCUCCCUCCUGUAGGCCCACUCCACCAGGCCUUGGGGGCGGGGCCCACACUCGCCACCGCUACAGUUUUAACGGCACUGGUGUUGCUGCAGCAAAUGUUAAAAAUGUUUUUAUAUAUUUUAAAGUGUUUUAAAGGGGUUUUUACUUUCUACUUUGUUGUACCACCAUGAAUGGUGGUUUUUAUUGAUGUAUUUUUAUUUUGUUCCGUUUUAUUUUGGUUUGGGGUUGGAUAUUGAGUGGGGUGGGGAUUUGUUUUUGUUUGGUAUAAUUGUUUUUGGUUUGAUUUGUUUUUCUAUUUUGUAAAUGGAGGUUGGUUUGAGGCUUGGGAUUGCUACCGUAGUGGGGUGAGGGAGGUAUGGCGGUGGGGGCAGAUGUCAUAGGCGAAGGGGAUCGAGAUACGGAUAUGCUCGUACCCUUUCCAAUCUGCGCCCCAUCCCGAGGGAUGAAGGUAGGGUGAGCAAGGAUUACUCACCUCCGUCACUGGUGUUGUGCAAUGCCAGGUCUAUAGGCAACAAAACUGCCACCCUGGGAGAUUUCUUCACCUCGCAGAGGGUUGACCUGGCUUGUGUGACGGAGACCUGGGUGCGCGAAGGGGAAACUGUUACCUUACGAGAGAUGGCGCCCCCGGGUUUCUCCGUCCUCCACCAGUCGCAGACUGUGGGCCGGGGGGGAGGGGUGGCAUUAUUAAAUCGGGAAGAUUGUUCUUUCAGGGCUCUACCAUCGCCAUCGAUCCCCGGCAUUGAAUGUGUUGGCCUAGUGUGGGGCUCCGAGGUGAGCUUGGCUGUCUGGCUGGUGUACCGGCCACCUAGCGCACCAGCAGCCACCCUGUCAGGCCUGCUGGAGGCGGUGGCCGGCUGGGCCUUGGAGUUCCCUAACCUAUUGGUAUUGGGGGACUUCAACAUCCAUGCCGAUGCCACUCCCUCCUCACAGGCUCUGGACCUGGUGUCUUCCAUGGCAACACUAGGGCUCUCCCAGUUUGUUUCGGGCCCCACACAUCAAGCAGGCCACAUGCUGGAUUUGAUCUUUGGCAUCGGUAUAGAUGUGAUCAUGUCUCCUUUGAUGAAGGUGCCAUGGUCUGAUCACUACACUCUGAAAGCCAGGAUUGAUUUUCCACCCCCACCCUGCUUAGGUGGCGAGCCAAUUUGGGCUCGUCCGCAGAGGCUGAUGGACCCUGAUAGAUUCCGUCAGGCCUUGCGGGACCUUGCUCCCCCUGGCGACUCACUGACUGAGCUUGUUGAGGGCUGGAAUAUCCAGCUCCUAGCAGCCAUCGAUGAGAUCGCACCUAGGCGCCCUCUGCGACCCCGCAGAAACCGGGCUCCCUGGUUUACCGAGGAGCUUCGGAAAAUGAAGCGGGACCUCAGACGGCUAGAGCGAGUAUGGCAGGGUGCCCGUGACGGAGCCUCAAGAACAUCUUAUAGGGUUUUUAUGAAAACCUACGAGAUGGCAGUGAAGGCCGCUAAGAAGUCCUACUUCUCGGCCUCCAUUGCCUCCGCUAGCUUUCGCCCGGCGCAAUUAUUUAGUAUAAUUAGGUCUUUAACAUCCCUUGAAGGACAGCCAAAUUUAAAUAACAAUUUGACACACAGCUGUGAGGCAUUUGCGAGCUUUUUUGCGGAGAAGGUCCUGUUGCUCCGCCAUGACCUCCCUGCCAAUUUGGAUACAAUAAAGGAACUGGAGGCCCCUCGACUGUCCUCGGGUCCAGUAUUGGACCACUUUGACCUGAUAUCCCCAGCCGAUGUGGACAGACUCCUCCGAGCUGGAAAGCCCACCACCUGUCCUCUUGACCCGUGCCUGUCUUGGCUGAUUAGAGCGUGUCCAGACGAGGUGCGGGCCCCCCUGGGUGAUAUCAUCAAUUUGUCCCUUGGCACCAGGAUAUUCCCAGGGGAACUGAAGGAGGCAGUGGUGUGUCCGCUCUUAAAGAAAACAUCAUUAGAUCCCUUAGAUCUAUCCAAUUACCGCCCGGUUUUGAAUCUUCCAUUCCUGGGUAAGGUGAUUGAGAGAGCGGUUGCUGAACAGCUUGGUAGGUUUCUGAAUGAAACAUCGGCUCUCGAUCCAUUCCAGUCCGGCUUCCGUGCUGGUCAUGGGACCGAGACGGCUCUGGUCGCCCUAACAUAGAUCUCCGUAGGCAGCUGGAUUGAGGCGGGUCGGGGCUGCUGAUUCUUCUAGACCUGUCAGCAGCCUUCAACAUGGUCGAUCACGAACUCCUGGACCACCGCCUUGCCGACGUGGGGAUCCAGGGCACAAUCCUUCAAUGGCUGCGCUCCUUCCUCUCUGGUCGGGGACAGAGGGUGGCGCUUGGGGGGGAAUUGUCAUCGCGCCACUCCUUGGUGUGUGGAGUGCCUCGGGGUGCGAUUCUCUCCCCGAUGCUUUUUAACAUCUUUAUGCGCCCCGUCGCCCAGCUUGUCCGGAGUUUUGGGCUGGGUUGCCAUCAGUAUGCCGAUGACACCCAACUCUGUCUGUUGAUGGAUGGCCAUCCUGACUCGGCCCCAGACACACUGACCAGAUGUCUGGAAGCUGUGGCUGGAUGGUUACGUGGGAGCCGGUUGAAGUUAAAUCCUUCGAAGACAGAGGUCCUCUGGUUGGGACGGGGCGAUAUGGGAUUGAGGGGGCAACUCCCAUCUCUUGCGGGGGUGCAAUUAGUGCCAGCAUCGUCCGUUAAGAGUUUGGGUGUAAUCUUCGAUACCUCCCUCUCUAUGGAGGCGCAGAUUACAGCUAUAACAAAGGCGGCAUUUUUUCAUCUCCGCCAAGCUAAGCAGUUGGCUCCUUAUCUCUCUCACCCUGACCUAGCCACUGUGAUCCACGCGACGGUCACCUCCAGAUUGGAUUAUUGUAACUCGCUCUACGUGGGACUGCCCUUGAGACUGACCCAGAAACUCCAGCGGGUGCAGAAUGCCACGGCGAGACUCCUUAUGGGGUCUUCGCUGCGAGAUCAUAUUCAUCCGGUACUAUACCAGCUGCACUGGCUCCCGGUGGAGUACAGGAUGAGGUUUAAGGUGCUGGUUUUAACCUUUAAAGCCCUAUACGGCCUAGGACCCUAGUACCUACGGGACCGCCUCUCCUGGUAUGUCCCACAGAGAAAUUUACGGUCUGCAAAUAAAAACAUCCUGAAGAUCCCAGGCCACAGAGAGGUUAGGCUGGCCUCAACUAGAGCCAGGGCUUUCUCGGCCGUGGCUCCAAUCUGGUGGAACGCUCUGUCACAAGAGACUAGGGCCCUGCGGGACCUGACAUCUUUCCGCAGGGCCUGCAAGACAGAGCUGUUCCACCAGGCCUUUGGUCAGGGCGCAGCCUGACCCCCUCCUCUGACAAUCUGCACAGAAUUUUGCUUAAUGGUUGCCAUCAAUUUGAUUUUAAUUAAUUUUAUAAUGAAUGUUUUUAGAAUGCUGGAUUAUUUUGAUUGUUGUUAGCCGCCCUGAGCCCAGCUUCGGCUGGGGAGGGCGGGAUAUAAAUAAAAUUUAUUAUUAUUAUUAUUAUUAUUAUUAUUAUUAUUAUCUUAUGGGGGAGAGUUUACUAAUGUAUUUUUGAUUUGCAUGAGGAUGUUGAGGCAUUUUCAUAAGGGCAGAACGCAAAACACUUAAUGUAAGAAAGCAGGCAGAGGCUGCCAGUUUCAAGGAUCUGGUUUACACAGUUUGCGUACACAGCAUACAGAUGCACAUGCCCUAUUCUUGAGAGUCCCAUGUGUUUGCUGAUUGGGUAAAGCCACCUGGUAUCUGCCACCCCAGCCUCUCAGUGGAUAACUGUGACUUAUUUCUGUGACUGCCACACCCCUUGUGAGAUAGGAGCUCACAAACCCAUGUGAGAUAAUGUGACAGCCGUAAGCUGUAUGAACCAGGGAUUGACAAAUCUCUCCAUUUUGGAUCUCUUGUUUUCUCAUUUUUCCAAUCUGUAAUUCAGUUCUCUACAUAUCUGAGGCAAUUUGGGAUUUUAAUAGCCCCAAACUAAUGAAAAUUCACCAGCCCUGUUUAGGGAAGCUUUUAAUGUUUAAUAGACUAUUCUGAAUUAAUAUUCUGUUGGAAGCUGGCCAGAGUGGCUAGGGAAACCCAGCCAGAUGGGCGGGGUAUAAAUAAAUAAAUUAUUAUUAUUAUUGUUAUUAUUAUUAUUAUUAUUAUUAAAGCACAUUUUUGUAUGCAGUUUUGACUAAUGUGCAGAUUUUUGCAAGGAAUUCCCCCCCGCAAGGAUCCGUGUUAUUAUUUCCACUACUAUAUUCAUUUGUGCACACAUAUAUUACUUAGUUGGGAAACUGCAUUGGAAAAUCUGGAUACGUGUGAAUUUCAAAUGUUAGCUGUGUUUCUGUUUCUUUAUUGUUAGGUAGUUUUGCAUGAAAACGCAAACCUAACCAAAUUCUUCCUCCAUCCCUAGUUGUGGACCUGUGAUUAGUAGAUUCCAUACAGGUGUGGUGAGAACAUUUAAAUAGGGGAACACCAGCAACUACCCCCUCCUUCUAGAGAUCCUAUCUGUACUCCUGCACUUAGGGGUUGAUCACCCCUUUAGGUUUCCCAGAGUGCUAUCAAGUUCUGGAGUCAAAGAUAAUGUUGACAGUCUGUAUCACACUCUCCCAUCUACCGACCUGCUGCCUCCCAUGACAGGGAAGCUCAGGCAGCUUCAUAGAAGAAGUCAUCAAGUACAUAUGUCUGACCUUAGCUGGCCGGCAAUUGCUCUGUUUGGUCCCUGUUCUAUGCCUAUCCCUAUUCUAUUCCUGGCUCUGAGCUGCACUCCAUGGUAACAUCAAAUCACUCUGCUUUCUAGCAAUUCCUUUCCUAAAGAGCUCCAGUGGCCAACAAGAGCCUUGUCUAUUUUCAGACAUUUCAGUGGGUUUGGGACUCUGGUUUUGCUUAGCAUGGUAAUAAGACCACAACAAAAGUACAAUUCUCUGUAUUUCUUACUUAAAGAAUCAUGACUGCUUGACAGAAGUGUUACUGAUUUAGGCUGCUAAGAACUUAUUUCCAAGCAAAACUUGAAAAUUAAUCUCAUCUCACGCAGUUCUAACUCUCAGUUUAGAUGCUUUUAAUAAUAUAAUUUCCAGCCUCUUCUUAAAUGGUCUUUCCCUUUGUCUCAUAAAAGAGGACUGAUUAUACAAAUAGUCUAUCACUGCCUUACUUAACACAUGGGUAAACUUGGUCAAGGGUAAUAUUUUAAAAUAUCGGAACAAAUCCAGGUUUGAACUCAGACUAGCCCUUUAAUUUAGCCACUCAGGGAAAGUGACAAACCUUAAAGCACAAGCCAGACUCUUUGGCACAAAUAAUCAAAACAGCAGCUCUCACUGGAGAUUUAAUUUCAGCUCUGUAAUUGAAAAUGGCCCAUGCAUUACUCUCUAUAAAUUGCAGAACGAAAAUGAUACCCUUAAAUGACUCUGCCUUCAUUUAAGUAGUGACCUGUUCAUUAGCACUGUGAAAUGAAAUAGAAAUCCAUUUUAGUUUUCGAGACUAUUUAAUUUUGUUGUAGAUAAAAGUCAGCAAAACAGGACAUCAACAUUAUUUCCCUCCCUAAAUUGUACAAAAUUCCCUCAGUCUUCCUUUAUCUUCUUCACACCAGUGGAAAGCAUUGCAUCUAUUAAUAUACUGGCCAACUUUAUCCCUGGUUUCAGCUAAAGUCAGGUGUAAAUGCCCCCAAAAUUGGCUGAGCAACAGGGCCUCUAUGUUUAUAAACUGUGCUGAGGGCAAGAUCACGAUUGCUUCGUAUCAGACCUGAAGAAACGAAACAGCACAGAGGAAAAAAGCUUUAGCAUUAAUUUUGAAAGUGAAAUACCGAUUGUGCAGUCUCUCAGAGAGACUGGAAGAUUUACUUACAUAUUACAUUAUUCAAAACUGCUCUAUAAAAAUUUCAAGGUGACUUAACCCAAGAUGAGUUAUAAUGCAGUUUGAAAUCUCGAAACAAACUGAUAAGAGCAAUGAACUAGUCCCUAUUAAAAUAUCACAACAGAUUUAAAUAUGCAUUAACCAAACUAGAAAUGCUUCUAACACAAGAAAGUCUUUACCUGGCAACCAUCAACAUUAGCUUUUUCAUCCCAGGACUGUAAAGUGUUGCUUAGUUUGCAUUCGCACAGUGCAAUAGCAAACCUGUUGUAUCCCCACAAUUUCUACUUCUGAUAUUUUUUCCUGACUCUGCUCCUGUUUCUUGUGCUGCUGCUGCACAAAUGUUUCUAGGGUGGACGAGAGGCACAUUAUUGUUACACCUGAAUGGUGGGAAUGGUUUGCUCCGAAGCACCAAUUUUGGGCACUUCCACACUGUCACCAUUUUGGGGUGGUAUUCCGUCUCAUGCUGGCACUUUCAGGUUGCACAAUUUUAGUUCAUUGGAAGGUCUUGGGCAAUAAAUUCGCUCCCCACUCAAUGGACAUUUUUACAAUUGGUUGUUACAUCUGUAGUGAUGAGAUGGAGAAAAAGGCUGCAAGGACUGAGGUCAGGGUGAUCUUUAGGGUCACUAUGGGGGGGGUGAUGCUGGAAGUUUGCUUUUGUGCUUGUAACCGUAUUUGUCUAUGCCUGUUCCUUUCAUGGUUGUUACCAGUGUUGAUGUUGAUUAUUUGUCAUGGGGUUAUUGGGCAUUACUGGAGGGAAAUAGUUUUAGGCUUUGCAGUAUGAGAUCCAGCACUCUGGUAUAAAACUGGGUCCCUCACAGGUGAGAGGGAAGUAUCUGAUCGUUCAAAGGGCAUUUGGUGUUCACUGAUAUGAACAGUCCAUUAAUUUUGUAUUCUUGUCGGUGAUCAGUUGUAGGAACAAUAUAGGUGUGUAGUCAGUUAUAUAUUGGGUUAUAAGGUUGUGAAUAGUUGUAGUCAUUGUGUAAACAGAUGGUGAUAGUGACAUGGUGUGAGUAUUGUGUGAAUAUUGUGUUUUAUUUUGGUUCGAGUUUGUAUCAUGCUGUCUAGUAUUUUUCUCUGGAGCUUAUUCAGAUAGAUAAGCAUAUGGUAUAUUUAUGUAUUUGGAUUUUUCUUAAAGCAAAUCAAAUGCAAUUGUGCUGAUUGUAUAUUUAUGUACAGUGGAACCUCGGUCGUCGAACGCCUCUGUAGUCGAACGUUUUGGCUUUCGAACGCUGAGAAACCGGAAGUAAUUGCUCUGGUUUUUGAACGAUUUUCAGAAGCCGAACGUGCUACACGGCUUCCAUUUUGAGUUCCCCUGUUGUAUUGACGAUCCUGUAUUGAGUUUUUGGUUUUUGAACGUUUCAGAAGUCGAAAGGUCUUCCUGAAUGGAUUACGUUCGAAAACUGAGGUUCCACUGUAUUUUGCUUUUACUUAUUGUUAACUGUGGGUAAUAAACUGGCUGGCUAAACAAACGAACAGAUAGUAGCCCCACAAUAUUAUUGGUAAAUGUGUAAAUCUUGAUGAAUGUGGUUCUAAUGUGUUAGUUAACAUCGGUCAUAAUGCAACUUUAGUUAAGCACUUUGAAAUCCCAUUGCUUUCAAGGAGGUGAGGCUCUGUCAGUGGCUACUCACUGUGAAGGCUAAGCUGUGUUUCCACAGAAGAGGCAGCAGUGCUUCUGAAUACGAGUCGCAGGAAGUCACAGGAGGAGAGAGGGCUCUUGUGCUUGAAUCUUGCUUGUGGGUUUCCCCCAGGUAUCUGGUUGGCCACUGUGGAAACAGGAUGCUGAACAAGAUAGUCCAUUUAUUAGCCGAUCCAGCAGACUCUUCUUAUGUUCUUAAGGGAUUUGAAGCAUAUCCUUAUCUAUCCUAUGGAGAGUUCAACUUCAUGAUUUGUUCUUCUUCAGCUGAAUUGCACCCAUAGUUGUAAAAAUAUAUUGUGAGUAAUUUGACUCUGGUUUGACAAUUGCAGAAUUCCUGAUUCCGUUAUGAGAUUUGAGCAAGUAUAAUAUGUAUUGGUUGAGCAAUUUUAAUGAACCAGCUAAGUCAUGCUAUGUUUUUCACAGUAAUGCAUAUGUUUCAGAGAGCUUAGAUGGAGAACCAAAUUUGGAACUGUAUAACUUUAAUUAUUAUUUGAAAGUUAUAAUCAUAAGUUACUAAAAGAAAAAGCAACAGACUCAAUAUCGAAGCGCUGUUGCAGCAAGUCAUUAUAGUUACAUGGUGUUAGAUGGAUUCUAAAUUUGUCUUAUUUCUAUGGUGGUGAUACUGCUACCGAAAUUAGAACUAUACAGAUUGAGUGAUCUCUUUGAAUUGUCAAUCAAGCUUUCUAUUAAUAAGUAGUAAUGGAAUUAUGAAUGACAGGUCUGAAAUUGGAUAUUUAACAUUUUGUUAAUUGAUUUUUAACAUUCUAGCACCAUGGAAGUUCAUGCACCAAUAUUUUCAUUUUGCGGAGGUUAGUAUCCAUGAUGUUGUGUGUUAGAUGUAGAUUAUUUCAUUGUAAUGCUGCACUUAUUAGUGCAACAAGCCUUGGUUCAGAUCCUAACUUGGCGCUUUAGAAAAACAGUCUGCCUUGAUCCAGGGUGCUUUGUAGGCUGCCUGAUUCAGCUUAAGGUCUGCCCAUAUAUGCUUUGCUCCCCUUUAUUUUCAGGGUUUUAAUUUUUUUUAAAGGCUUUUGUAUUUUCCCUUUUGGCAGAAGCUGAUGAAGCUCUUUAGCGAAUAGCCCAGUGUUGACUACUUCCCAGCCAGAGCCUUUGGUUGGUUGUGAGGAAAAUCCCAUCUUUACCAUCCUGAGGCUUGGAUACAGUUGUGAAUAACAGUGGCAGCCUUAUGUUGAUGCAGAUUCAUCUUAUUUCUAAAUCUAGUUUCAGUAUAUUCUAGAAUGAGAACCAGUCCAAGGACUAGCAUGUUUAUAAAAUUAGUACAUGGCCACUGCUUUUUAGAAGAGUUUGGAUUUGAAGAGUUUGGAUUUGAUAUCCCAUUUUAUCACCACCCAAAGGAGUCUCAAAGCGGCUAGCAUUCUCCUUUCCCUUCCUUCCUCACUCACAACAAACACUCUGUGGGGUGAGUGGGGCUGAGAGACUUCAGAGAAGUGUGAUUAGCCCAAGGUCACCCAGCAGCUGCAUGUGGAGGAGCGGGGAAGCAAACCCGGUUCACCAGAUUACGAAUCUACCGCUCUUAACCACUACACCACACUGGCUCUUUCUCUUUUAGCCCUUGUUUGUCAUUUUAGGUCACAAUGAUGCAAUGGUAUCAGAAGUUAGAAUGAAAUAAAUUCUCUCGUCAUGCUCUAGAUUUACCUACUGCUUUCUUUAGCCACCCUGUCUCUUGACUAGCUACCCUAAACCCCUCCCUCCUCCAACCUAAAGCUACUUCUGAUCUGAAGCACCAUGAACAUUUCUUAGGGUCCCUUCUGUGAUGAUCAUCUCUGCCCCCUUUCCUCUAACUUUUCUUGAGGUUCGUCUUCACCCUUCCUUCUGGACCCUUCAUUCAUCUCUCAUGCCUUUGGAGUCCCUGUCUCUUAGGGUUCCCUGAGUCCUGGGACCACUUCCUAACGCUUAACCUGCAUCAUGUGAGAUUUUAAUUCCAGCCAAACUGACAGUUCUCCCUUGCCACACAGAAGCUGGAUUACAAACUUCAUUGUUUCUUGAAUAUCUGAACUUUCUGUGCCGCCAUACCAGUUUAGGCAAUCAGUGUCAGAGGCAUCACCACCACAAGUACACACUCGCGUUGGUUGAUCUUACUCGGAAGAAACAAGAGGGCGCUCCUUAAGAGAGCACAUUUUAAAUCAGUCCAAUUAAAUGCGAUCAUUCACACUGGGAACAUGAGACACUACUGCAACACUUACAACCCCAAUUACAAGGUUUGAGUGUUUUGCAACUACUCCAGGCAGGAAUUCUUUUUAAAAAACCAACAAAACUUUUUAAAAAGCUAUAUUCUAUUGUGACAAUCAAGUACAUACAUUUUUUUUUAUUUGUGUGAGUUUUAACUACCUUAAAAGUAGCAAAUUGUUUGGUAGCCUCGCCAACCUGAUAGUGACCUUCACAACUUGGCUGUAAGAGUAACUCCCUGUAGCAAUUAUGCAGCUUUUAUCUGUAGUGUUAUUAAAAAACAAACCCACCACAAUGUUUUAAAUGAGGUGGCAGCGCAGAGUGCAUUGUUAAUGAGUUGCCACAUUGUCGCAGACAAGACACUGUACUUUAACUCUGAACAGAGAAGACGUAAUUGGGAAGAGAGAAUAAUGCGAAGACGCUUGGCUCUGUCUGAGGGUUCUGUACAUUAAAUGACAUCUGCUGAAAAGAUUUCUUUCUGGGCUGGUGCUGUGGCAGGUGUUGCCACAGAAGAACAAUACUAGCUGUGAAUGGAAUUUGCUCAUGCUCUGUAAGAAUGCUUUCUUUGCCUGUUCUCUUUGUGGCAAUAGCCCUGACUGAAAGCAUUGGCUGAAAAAAAAAAUGUGCGAGGCUUAGGAUGAGAUUGUAAAUUUUGAUGGGCAAAUGUUCCCUUGCUAUCGACUUCCUCUCAUAGUUCUUCUGUGGUUAAUCACUGGCUUCCCAUAUUGAGGAAAUUGAGUAUAAAUAUUCUUCUCAUAUUGAUGAAACUAAGAAUUACCCUUGUAAAUGUGUUUGUUACCUCAGCCUGCGGCAUGAAAAGCAGGUGUUUGUGCUGUAACUUGGGCCUUUUUUCAGGUCAGUUUUUUAAAUGUUUCCAGAGAUUUACUGAACUCAGCUGCAUGGUGGGAGGACUCUGUGAGCCCAACAUGCACAUGCAGGAAGGACUGUAGUCUGGUGGUAGAGUAUCUGUUUUCCAUACAAAAUGUCUGAGGUUCAGUUCCCAGCUUUUCCAUUUAGGGUUGGGAGAGACCUGUUACGUAUUCUGUGUUUGCCUGAGCUUGAGUCUGGACUAAGGAUUCUGAGCCUCUGUGUUCUGAUUCGAUACAUGAUAUCCAAUCACAGAACAUUUCAAGCUUUGGACCUAUGCCAUUGGCCCUUAAACUCUGAGUUAUGAUUCGCAGCUUGGAAGUUUAGACAGCCAAUCACAUUGGGAGUGGGAGUGGCCCAGGCCUUCAGAAAUGUAUAUAAGCAGUUGCUUUGCCCCUGUUGUCCAGUUCUGUUAGCUCAAUAAAGGUUCUUGCUGUUAUCACUGUGUCUUGCCUGGUGGGAACCCACCUACACUUCAAGACCCUUGCCUAGAACCCCAGAGAGCUGCUGCCAGUCAGUGUAUGCAGUCCUGAGCUAGAUGGAACAAUAUAAAUCAGCUUCCCUUAUUUCAUGCAGGCUUGUGGAGGCUGCCUCACAUAGCACUAAGCCAUAAUUUCACAUUCCCUUAAAAACCAGGCCAUUUUGUAAUGUGACACCCGAUCUUAUUUUUCUUCUUAAUUUGUCUUACUUACUCAGUGGGCCAAAUCCAGCAUUUCGCAAGUAGAAUUCUGCUCAUGCACUGGGGCGUCUUCCUCUGAACAUCCCCACGUGCACAGACAGUGCUGGAUACAACCAACUAGGUGAUAUCCGACUACAUUAUAUUCACAGUGGGACCCAGUGAAAUCAGUGGGUUAACUAAUAUAAAUUCAUUUAUUUCAAAGGGUCUGCUCUCAGUAAGACUUAGUUGAAUUCAACCCACGUAUUAAAAGUACAGUAUGCAUUGCAAGUAUAGUAACCCAUUGUAUUGCUGGUGGAGAAUGUGGUGGCUAGGUUGCUUGUGGGGGCAAGUUACUACCAGCCUAUAACACUUUGCUUGCGGUAUUUUCACUGGCCAGUUUGCUACUGGGCCUAGUUCAAGGUGUUGGUACUAACAUAUAUGUCCCUAUAAAGCUCAGAAAAGAUUACUUGAGAGACCACCUUAUAUACCCAGUAAAUUGAUGCAGUCUGCAGGAUAAUUUCUCUUGCAAGUUCCAAAGUUCUAAGAAGCCCUCUCCGCAAGAACUCAGAGCAGGACUUUUAAUGUGGCUGCCCCUGUUCUGCCACUGCCAAGAUACAAACAGCUCCCACUUUUUGUUCCAAAUGGCUUUUCCAGCUAGAUAAAAUGAGGCCUUACUGCAAAUGUCUACUUGUUAGAGUGUUAGUGUUGUUUUAAAUAUAUCUGUUGCUUUUGUGUUUUUAACUUUUUAAAAUUAUGUGCAAAUUGCAUCAAGACGGUAGUUUAGAAAGCAAAUAAUAAAGCAACACCAAUGCAUUUGACAGGAUUCAGAAUAUUUGGGCUUGGUGUGCCCCUCACCCCUGCCUCUUCUUUCUUUCUUUCUUUCUUUCUUUCUUUCUUUCUUUCUUUCUUUCUUUCUUUCUUUCUGUAUAUAUUUUUUUAACAAUUUCAAAAGGUUUUUAAAAGAGUUCCUCUUUUUUAAAGAAGAAAAGAAAAGGCAGAUCUUGAGGGCCUUCUCAGUAGUGGCACCAUCCCUGUAGAAUGCCCUCCCUUCAGAUGUCAAGGAGAUAAAGAAUUGCACAACUUUUGGAAGACAUCUGAAGGCAGCCCUGUAUCGGGAGGUUUUUAAUGUUUGUUAUUUUUAUUAUGUUUUUAGAUGUGGUGUAAGCUCCUAUAGAGUGGCUGGGGAAACCCAGCCAGAUGGAGGGGGGUUAAUAAUAAUAACUAUUACUAUUAUUAUUAUUAUUAUUAUUAUUAUUAUUAUUAUUAUUUUAUUAAGUUCCCAAUGUUAUGAAAGCAUGUAACUUACAACUUUGUUCAGAAACCCUGUGGGUGAAAUGAUGUUUGUUUGUUUUUCUUUAAAAAAAUGUUUUGAUGAAUCUCCUGCACUAAUACUGUAUUUCACUGGCUAACUAAUGGCAAAUUAAAGCUAAUAAGGUUUGAGAUAGAUUAAUCAGAUGGAGUAGAAUGCCUUUUGGCAAGGGUAAUUAUAAUACACAAUUUGUAAUUAACAGUCAGAAUGGUUAUUUACAGCAUCCUGAUUAUGAAGAAUUAGAGGUGUGUGGGGACUCAAUUAAGCAUGGUGUGGCUGGAUUAUAAUUCAGGGAUAGUAGCUCUCACCCAGAACAGAAUUAAACUCAAGGAGCUUCAACCUUAGUGGCAUGCCUUGCUCACGUUUAGUUGGCUGCCCCACUGCAGAAAUGUUCUCAAACCCUGAACAGCCUUAGACAGGGCAUGACAGCAAGUGUGGUCUAGUGAGCGUGGUUCAACUCCUUUUCCUCCUACCAGUAUCAGUGCUUGACUUUGUACACCUUUGUUGUUGUUUAGUCGUUUAGUCAUGUCUGACUCUUCGUGACCCCAUGGACCAGAGCACGCCAGGCAAUCCUGUCUUCCACUGCCUCCUGCAGUUUGGUCAAACUCAUGCUGGUAGCUUCAAGAACACUGUCCAACCAUCUCAUCCUCUGUCUUCGCCUUCUCCUUGUGCCCUCCAUCUUUCCCAACAUCAGGGUCUUUUCCAGGGAGUCUUCUCUUCUCAUGAGGUGGCCAAAGUAUUGGAGCCUAAGCUUCAGGAUCUGUCCUUCCAAUGAGCACUCAGGGCUGAUUUCCUUAAGAAUGGAGUGGUUUGAUCUUCUUGCAGUCCAUGGGACUCUCAAGAGUCUCCUCCUUAGUAAGGCUUUAGUUGUAAAGCCUGUUAAAACCAAGUGUCCUUAGAGUGUUUGAAAGUGACUGCAGAACCAACAUCUUACCUGUAGAUACCUACACAUCAUUUGUUGCAUUUUAAUGAGGAGUCACAAGCACUUUGAAGGCACUCCCCUUCAAACAAAACUUUGUUGUUUAGUCGUUUAGUCGUGUCCGACUCUUCGUGACCCCACGGACCAGAGCACGCCAGGCUCUCCUAUCUUCCACUAUCUCCCGCAGUUUGGUCAGACUCAUGUUUGUAGCUUCGAGAACACUGUCCAGCCAUCUCAUCCUCUGUCGUCCCCUUCUUCUUGUGCCCUCCAUCUUUCCCAGCAUCAGGGUCUUUUCCAGGGAGUCUUCUCUUCUCAUGAGGUGGCCAAAGUAUUGGAGCCUCAGCUUCACGAUCUGUCCUUCCAGUGAGCACUCAGGGCUGAUUUCCUUCAGAAUGGAGAGGUUUGAUCUUCUUGCAGUCCAUGGGACUCUCAAGAGUCUCCUCCAGCACCAUAAUUCAAAAGCAUCAAUUCUUCGGCCUUCUUUAUGGUCCAGCUCUCACUUCCAUACAUCACUACUGGGAAAACCAUGGCCUUAAUUACACGGACCUUUGUUGGUAAGGUGAUGUCUCUGCUUUUAAUGAUCCUGUCUAGGUUUGCCAUCGCCUUUCUCCCAAGGAGCAGGCGUCUUUUAAUUUCGUGACUGCUGUCACCAUCUGCAGUGAUCAUGGAGCCCAAGAAAGUAAAAUCUCUCACUGCCUCCAUUUCUUCCCCUUCUAUUUGCCAGGAGGUGAUGGGACCAGUGGCCAUGAUCUUGGGUUUUUUGAUGUUGAGCUUCAGACCAUAUUUUGCGCUCUCCUCUUUCACCCUCAUUAAAAGGUUCUUUAAUUCCUCCUCAUUUUCUGCCAUCAAGGUUGUGUCAUCUGCAUAUCUGAGGUUGCUGAUAUUUCUUCAUAUUUGAUAUGUCAAACAAAACUACCAUACAACAAAACUAUCAUCCCCUUCAAACUCCCCUAUCACACAAAAGCUUGUCAAUAAAUUUAGAGUGUCCCCACCUCUUUCCUCAGUGAUUAUUCUCUCACUGCCAAGGCCCAUUAUUGAUCCACACAUUAACAAUUGACCAUGCCCCUUUCAGUCCCUGCCAAGUAAGCCUGAAAACUAUUUGAUACUGCCUUGUUUGCAACCAGAAUUGUAUGUGAUGAGCCAAUUAGUGCAUUUCAAAACAUUUAGAAUUUGUUGUUGCUUAAGGCACUAAUCCUUGCCCGCAAGUAAUGUUGAUAUAUAUAGUUAGUGAUAUUUUGAUUUUGGGUUUACUUAUUCAGAGGAGAGAUUCCCACUCAGUUGUGGAGCACAUUCUCUGUCUGAAGAAAGUCCUAACCUCAAACUUGGGCAUCUUCAGGAUGGUAGAAAUGGAAAGAGCACUGUCCAAAACAUGAGAGAACCACAGCCAAUCAGUUUAGAUCAGCCUUCCCCAACCUGGUGCCCUCCAGCUGUUUUGGACUGAAACUCCCAUUAGCCCUAGUCAAUAUAGCCCAAUGGUCAGGGAUGAUGGGAGUUGUAGUUCAAAAUUUUGGGGAGGGCACCAGGGAUUCAGCUAUGCAGCUGCAAAUACGUUUUAAGUGUAUUAAAUGUCACAUUCUACAAAUGUAAUACUAGAUGAUGGUGAGCUAAUGGGAAAUUCAAUACAGUAUAUAUUUUUAAACAGUUUCUUUAAAAAGCAUUUUCACAGGGGUUUUUAUAUAUGUCUAGAUUCAGCCGAGCUUGGAAAAGAUGAGUACAGAGAAUACUGAGCUGGAUUUACUGAUUAUCUUCCAUUAUUCUUUAGAAGACAUCUGAAGGCAGCCCUGUAUAGAGAAGUUUUUAAUGUUUAAUUAUGUUUUAGUAUAUGCUGGAAGCCUCCCAGAGUGGCUGGGGCAACCCAGUAAGAUGGGUGGAGUACAAAUAAUGAAAUUAUUAUUAUUAUUAUUAUUGACUUUGUAUAAGGCAGCUUGAUAUGACCAUCUAAUUGAAAGCAGUAUUUCGAAGUCUCUAGGGGAGGUCUUUCCUAGCCUUACCACGUGAGACUUUUCCAAGCUGAGAUUCAGCUUGGAACAUUUUACAUGGGGGGGGGGGCAGGGAAUCUACAUUAAAAUCACCAGCUGAGGUCAUCCUCCAGCUGUACCCAUCUGCUGAGAUUCACAGGGACAUGGACUUUUCUGUUGUGGCUCCCUGGUUGUGGAAUGCAUUUUAUAUGCUGGGGAAAAGAAUUGCAUAUAUUAAAGACUUUUCAUUAUGGAUGGCUGUUGGUUCUUAUUUGAAUAGUGUGUCUUUAAUAAUAAUAAUAAUAAUAAUAAUAUCAUCUGUCUUGUAUGUUAAUUUGCUGCUGCUGUUAGCCUUUGUACUGGUUUUUAAUGUUUGUUAAAAUACCUUGAUGGAAAGGCACGGUUACACCCCCCCCAUAAAUAUUCUUUAUAAUGGAGCUGCUAUGGCAGAUAGGCAUUCCUCUGGUAAUUUCCAGCAAUGUUGGUAACCACCAGCAGUAUUAAAAGGAGCAAAUACACUUGGAUUCUGCAACUAAUGGGAUUCUGUACCUGCUUAUGGUUAGUUGAACUGGAGGAAGUUGAUUAGUGAGAAUAAGCAAGGCUUCAAUAAGCAGCCUUCUGGGGUGUAAGGCGAGUUCCCUAAUAACUAGGAGUUCUCCAAUAAAGUCACUGAACACAAGCUAAACUGACAUGGGCAUUCUUUAAUUGAAACAAGAGAAUUUGUGCUGAGGGGAUGCUUCCCUAACAGGAUUCAGAAUUACUUGAGAAGCACUUGAGUGCCAACAGCAACCAUCCAAUAAGUGGCAUCUUAAUGUCAGUUUGUAACAAUUAAGAUAAUUAAUGCUGUAUUUUGCAUUAUUUCUCCUACAGAGAACACACUGUAUCGACAUUGAUCUCAAAUGUUCUGCUUAAAAAGUGUUUGGAAAAUAUUUACUUUUAUUUCCUUUUCUUCUUCUUCUUCUUCUUCUUCUUCUUCUUCUUCUUCUAUUUCCAGCUCUCCUAUAUGCAACGAUUUUUGGUAAUGUAACAACCAUAUUCCAGCAAAUGUAUGCUAAUACAAAUAGAUACCACGAAAUGCUAAACAGUGUCCGGGACUUCCUGAAACUCUAUCAAGUGCCCAAAGGUCUGAGUGAACGUGUGAUGGAUUACAUUGUUUCUACCUGGUCCAUGUCCAGAGGCAUCGAUACAGAAAAGGUGAGCUGUCUUGAUAUUGGAAAGCUACCACCAAAUAAAUGUUUUCUAACUGUUCCUUUCUUGUAGCUGCUAUUCUUGAUGACUGUUUUUUUUAAAAACUCAGUUUUCCUUAUAUCAAAUUCAUCUUUGUCAAAUGUAGAGACGUCUGAGUUCUCUGAAGUUUUCUCCACAUACUGGCUUUGUAAGUUUCAAAUUUUCAUGGAGAAAAAUAUGGGGAAAUUUGAAGAAUGUUGCAAUGCAACCCAGCAGCGCUGAUUUCUUUCCCUCCUCCCUUCCUUCUCUGUUUGUCCGUUGCCCAUUGUGGUAGCUAAUACAGCCAGGAGAAUUUGGGAGAUGUACCAUAUUUUUCGCUCUAUAACACGCACCCGACCAUAACACGCACAUAGUUUUUAGAGGAGGAAAACACACACAAAAAAAAUUCUAAAUGAAACAGUGGAUGUAUGAUUUUUGUGGUUCAUGCUGUGGCCACAGACAUGUGAUCUGACGGUGAGUUUGGGGUAGCCCAAUGCAAAAAUCCUGAGGAUCCAUGUGGAUCCAUGCUUUGUAACCACAUUUUUGCACCACUGCGGCCCCAGGCAACAGUGGGUGUGUGCUUUUUUUGGUGCAAGAUGUAGCCAUGGACAUGCUAUGUAAUCUGAUGGUGAAUUUGGGGUGACCCAGUGCAAAAAUCCUGAGGAUCCAUGUGGAUCCGUGCUUUGUAACCACGUUUUAGUUGGGGAGGGAAGGAAAAGCACUCAAGGGACAAGGAGCACGUGUGGGGUGUGUGGAGAAGGAUGCUGCUAAUAAUGCAGGCGAGGGGUUUAAGGGGAGAAGGAACAUGCGUGGGGUGUGUGGAGAGGGAUGCUGCUAAUAAUGCAGGAGAGGGGUUUAAGGGGAGAAGGAACACGCGUGGGGUGUGUGGAGAGGGAUGCUGCUAAUAAUGCAGGCAAGGGGUUUAAGGGGAGAAGGAACAUGCGUGGGGUGUGUGGAGAGGGAUGCUGCUAAUAAUGCAGGAGAGGGGUUUAAGGGGAGAAGGAACACGCGUGGGGUGUGUGGAGAGGGAUGCUGCUAAUAAUGCAGGCAAGGGGUUUAAGGGGAGAAGGAACACGCGUGGGGUGUGUGGAGAGGGAUGCUGCUAAUAAUGCAGGCGAGGGGUUUAAGGGGAGAAGGAACACGCAUGGGGUGUGUGGAGAAGGAUGCUGCUAAUAAUACAGAAGAGGGGUUUAAGGGGAGAAGGAACACGCAUGGGGUGUGUGGAGAAGGAUGCUGCUAAUAAUGCAGGCAAGGGGUUUAAGGGGAGAAGGAACACGCAUGGGGUGUGUGGAGAAGGAUGCUGCUAAUAAUACAGAAGAGGGGUUUAAGGGGAGAAGGAACACGCAUGGGGUGUGUGGAGAAGGAUGCUGCUAAUAAUACAGAAGAGGGGUUUAAGGGGAGAAGGAACACGCAUGGGGUGUGUGGAGAAGGAUGCUGCUAAUAAUACAGAAGAGGGGUUUAAGGGGAGAAGGAACACGCAUGGGGUGUGUGGAGAAGGAUGCUGCUAAUAAUACAGAAGAGGGGUUUAAGGGGAGAAGGAACACGCGUGGGGUGUGUGGAGAGGGAUGCUGCUAAUAAUGCAGGCAAGGGGUUUAAGGGGAGAAGGAACAUGCGUGGGGUGUGUGGAGAGGGAUGCUGCUAAUAAUGCAGAAGAGGGGUUUAAGGGGAGAAGGAACACGCAUGGGGUGUGUGGAGAAGGAUGCUGCUAAUAAUACAGAAGAGGGGUUUAAGGGGAGAAGGAACACGCGUGGGGUGUGUGGAGAGGGAUGCUGCUAAUAAUGCAGGCGAGGGGUUUAAGGGGAGAAGGAACACGCAUGGGGUGUGUAGAGAAGGAUGCUGCUAAUAAUGCAGGAGAGGGGUUUAAGGGGAGAAGGAACACGCAUGGGGUGUGUGGAGAAGGAUGCUGCUAAUAAUACAGAAGAGGGGUUUAAGGGGAGAAGGAACACGCAUGGGGUGUGUGGAGAAGGAUGCUGCUAAUAAUGCAGGCAAGGGGUUUAAGGGGAGAAGGAACACGCGUGGGGUGUGUGGAGAGGGAUGCUGCUAAUAAUGCAGGCAAGGGGUUUAAGGGGAGAAGGAACACGCAUGGGGUGUGUGGAGAGGGAUGCUGCUAAUAAUGCAGGCGAGGGGUUUAAGAGGAGAAGGCUCCUCUCCUCUCCUGCUUUGCUCCUUUGAAGCAAGCAGUCUCUGCUUCUCUCCCACCUCCCCAGCUUAGCUCUUAGCGAUCUGAAAAACCUCGCUGCUAUUUCGUGAGCUGAGUGGGGAGGAGAGAGGGACAUGGUUGCUUUAAAGGAGCCAACCGGACAGGAGCCGCUUACACUCGUGUAAGUGGCUCCUCUCCUCUCCCGCAUUGCUACUUUGAAGCAAGCAGGCUCUGCUUCUCUCCCUCCUCCCCACUCAGCGGCUCUUCUCCCGCUUUGCUGUUUCAAAGCAAGCCACGGAGGAGGGAAGAAAGGGGAACCAUGGAUCCUCUGCUCACAACUGCAGCAGAUCCCCCCGCCAUCCGUAGGCAUUUGCUCCAUAACACACACAGACAUUUCCCCUUACUUUCUAGGAGGAAAAAAGUGAGUGUUAUGGUGUGAAAAGUACGGUAGUUAUCUAAGGGGUUUCUGUAUUUGGGAAGGACAUGAUAUGUCAGCCAUGAUGAAACUUAGCAGGUCUUUAUAUGGAUGGGAUGUUACGGCCACAGACCAAGAUUCCUCUGGAUGUUACAGCCACAGAAAGAGUUCUCCUCUGAUAGGAGCUCUGAGGAGAAAAUGAAUCUACUCCCUCAAUUGUCCCAUGAAAAGGUGCAAUCAGCUUCCUCUCCUUCCCUGAACGUUGAGAAGAGACCUCUGCCACAGACUAUCUAGAGCAGCCUUUCUCAACCUGUGGGUCCCAGAUGUUGUUGAACUACAACUCGCAUCACCCCUAGCUAGCAAGGCCAGAGCUCAGGGAUGAUGGGAGUUGUAGUCCAACAACAUCUGGGGACCCCUAGGUUGAGAACUGCUGAUCUAGAGGAUCAGGAGAGUCCAGAGGAGAUAUCACCACAGGCUGGAACCCCAAGCCCUAGAGGAAGCCAACAGUAGAAGAUCUAACUGACCAGAUUCACAACGGGGGGGGGGGGGGAUUCUAGUCAAUUAAAAGCUAUAGCCCAGGCUAUAAAGAUCUGCCAGUUGUUCCAAGACACAGCAGAGGCAAUUCAAACGUUCUGUCUCAGCAUGUUCUGUCCUGAAACCCACGUUUAUGUAGGUCCCUCUCCAAGGUGCUGAUUCUUCUUUGCCUAGCCUUCCAUUACUAUGCCUGCUAUUAUUAAUAUACAGUACUGUCCUUUGUUUAAAGAUCCCAGGGCUCACAAGAUAAAAGCACAAAUACCUUACUUGCAGUAGUGGGCAUCCCCAUGGAAUUGGGCACCCGUGAAUGGUGCCUUGAGUGCAUUCUGUGUGUACUAAAUAAACAAAUCCAGAAAUCCAGAAAAAUAGCUUCUCUGGCUCAAAAUUGUUGCUGAAUUUUAGUAAAUAUGAAUGCUGUUUCUUCAACUGGCACCUGCUUCCACACCCUAACUCCUUGUAAGAGAGGGCAAGUCCCUGGGUCCAGUGGCGGAGCUUCAUGCUCUGGCACCGGGGGGCGGAGAGAAGGCGGGGGGCAGAGAGCAGGCCCGCCUGGGCGUGGCCCGCGUCCUUGGGGCGUGGCACCCAGCAGGGGUUGGGGGGACAGCCGCGAUGGCACCCCACCAGGAUCGUGCUGCUGGGGGCGGUGCACUCCGCUUCCUCUGCCGGUGCCUUGGUCCGUUGCAUAUUCUGUGUGUAGAAUUAUUGAACUAUGGAACUUGCUGCUGCAGCAGGCAGUAAAGGCCACCAACUCAGAUGGCUUUGAAAGAGGGUUAGACAAUUUCAUAGAGGAUAAAGCUAUCAACAGCUUCUGAGUGGGAUGGCUAUCCUCUGCCUCCACUUCUGAAUAGAAACAGCUGGGUGGGUGAGGGCUCUUGUGCUAGAGUCCUGCUUGUGGGUUUCCUACAGCCAUUUUGUUGGCCACUGUGAGAACAGGAUGCCGGACUGCAUGGCCCAUUGCUUGAUCCAACAGGCUCUUCCUAUGUUCUCAUGCAACAUAUCUAUUCAGUCAUGUCUUGAAAAGCAUCCUCAGUUUCCUCUAUUUAACAUCUUUUCUUUUCUUUAUUUUUAUUUCUAUACAAAAGGUGGGCUAAUUUCAAAACAAACUUCUGCCCUCUUGCGCCAAAGGCAUUUUCAUGAGAAGAAUGCAAAGGCUAUUGAAUCACAGCUAUCCAUUUUCACCUUGAAGAAUUGCUUUAAUAAAUAUAAAGAAAUAUUCAAUUCUUCAACUAUUAAAAGAGAUAUAUUCUGAUAGAUUUCUGUAAUUGACAUAUUCAUAUCAUAGGCAGUGGAGUUUAGUAUCUGGUUCUUUUUUUAAAAAAGCCUGUGUUGAUAGCAGAGGCUAACAAAUUUAAGACUUGAGUAAUGACAAUACCAGUCCAUAAAUUCUAAAGUCCAAUUCUCAAGCUCCACUGAAUUUGCAUACAAACACAACUUCAAGAACAUUGUGGAAUGAAUAAAUCAUAAUGUGAUUUCUACACUCCUGCAUUGCUGUCACUACUGAUGUGUGUCAUGUAAUACAUCCCUCUAAGCAAAUAUUUUGAAGGUGAAUUUAUCCCCUGAAUCACUAUGCUUUGAUUUUACCUGCUUGGUGAGGUACAGAGGGUAUAGAAAACCUAAAAAAGUAAAAGCUAAUUUAAGUAUUAUUGAUUUAUUUUGCAAAUGUAAGGUAAGGUAAAGGUAAAGGACACCUGGAUGAUUAAGUCCAGUCAAAUUCAACUAUGGGUUGCGGCGCUUGUCUCCGCUUUCAGGCCAAGGGAGCCGGCGUUUGUCUGCAGACAGCCUUCUGGGUCAUGUGGCCAGCAUGACUAAACCACUUCUGGUGCAACAGAACACCGUGAUGAGUACCAGAGUGCACAGAAACACCAUUUACCUUCCCACUGCAGUGGUACCUAUUUAUCUACUUGCAUUGGUAUGCUUUUGAAUUACUAGGUUGGCAGGAGCUGGGACAGAGCAACAGGAGCUCACCCCUUCAUGUGGAUUCAAACUGCUGACCUUCUGAUCAAGCAAACAUAAGAGGCUCAGUGUUUAAACCACAGUGCCACCUUAAUGGGCUGAACAAUUGAAAGAAGCCAUCACAACAGAUUUGGUUACAUUUUAACUUGUAUGUUGAUGAAAGGCAACAAUGCUACUAUUUUAUUGUUUUGUUGUAGAUUUAUAAAUGAUUCUUAGUUUUAUGUUUUGUAAGCCACUUACGGUAUAAUUUGUCACAGAAGGCAAGUGGUGGUUGUUGUGUAAAUUUGAAAGAAAGUGUUAUCAGUAUCAUGCAUAGAUUUGGCAGGUACCUUGCUUUUGAUUUUCAGACAUUUUCUUUUAGAAAUUUUAUGCUGAAAGGCCUAUGUAACUGUUUAAUAUUUUUGGCUUAGCCAGAUACUUUAACAAUUGUUUUGUACCGUUUUUAUGUUUCAUUGUAUAUAUUGCUAUGCAUUGCCAUUGUAUGAAUUGUCAGUAUACAAAUACUUUUAUAAAUAAUGAUAAAAUAACUCAGAAAUCCUAUGUUUCCCAAAUAAGUUCUAGUUCUGCCCUUACCAUUAAGCAAAGGUACGUUAGACAAGCAUAUUAGUAAAACAAGUUUAUGCUAAGGAUAGUUGCCAUAGUGGUAGCUGUCUUCUAGUUGCCCCAAGGCAAUGGCAAAGGCCAGGACUUGUUGGGAAAUUCUACAUAUGAGUGUAUUUUGAGAAAAAGGUUCUUCUUCUCUAGUGGAAGAAAAAUCAUCAGCAAUAAGCAAAUUUUUUUUCUAGGCAUGUGAAUGCUAGCAACUACUCUAAGAUGCUAUUGUCUUUGACCACUGAUGCAAUGAUACCACUCUUCUACGCUGGUUUGACCAUGAAUGAAAAUUGGAGGUUUCAAUAAAAUGAGCAAAUAAAACAUAAACAGAAUCCAACCAAAGUUAACCUCAUUAGAGAGAUUUAAGCAUGUGUCAGGUCUUGGAUGUGAGCUAUAAUUUUUUGGGGGUUGGGAGGUGUAAUCCAAGGCAGCCAAUGUGUGUUUGGCCACAUAUCUCUCUCCCCCUGCCAGGUAUGUGGUGAUGAUUUGCUACUGUAGGUUAAUUGGUUUUCUCAAGACAAAGGAAUUUGAAAGCCCCCUGAUCAUAUAUACAUUCCAAAAAGUUUAAGCAUUUGUGUGCUGUUUCAAUGCAUGCCCUAUUUAAGUAUGCGAUAUGUAUUCUGUUCUAUUGAUUUCACUGUUUUGUUAAAAAAACAAAAAAACCUUUGACUAUUAUCUUGGUAGCUCAAUAGCUACCAAAGAAUGUGUUUGUCCUAAAUAAUUGUUUUAUUCUUGGUCUUGUACAGAUAUCUUCUGCCUUAAUAUCAAAGAGCUUUUUAAUUUAAUGUUGAGGCUGGUUCGGGAAUUUCAGGGUCAAUGAGGGCUGCACUUUUAAAACUAAUUUUCUAACUUUGCAUUCCCUGACUGAUUCCUGUUUAACAUUUGCAAUUAUAACUUCAGCAGCUGCCACCAUUCCCAAUGAGAUUUAAUGAUUACUAUUAAUUAUUUUCUGUCUGCUAUCUUGGCAGUUGGAGAUGUUUCAGUUUAUUUUAUGAAAACAAACAUCUGCUGAGCAGUGUCACAGCUUCCAUGCACAUAGGUAGAUGCAGAGGAUUCCAAAUUCAAAGGCAAAUAGCUAAAAACAGGGUUGUUAUUAGGGAUUCACAUCACUUAAGAGAUAGGCGGCUAGAUUCCAUUGCUGCAGCCACUUGUCCAAAAGAGCAAAGAAGCAGGAACAGGAAUUUAGCCAAUUGUAAGUUGGCUAGCCAACAGGAAGCCAAAAUGAAUCUCCUGCACAAGCACAUGAUGCUUUUUAAAGAAAAAAAAAGAUUGUCAUAAUGACAGCACACAGUGGAUGUAGCACACUCUAAUCUCUUGCAGAGGUUGAUUCUUGUAAUGUUGUCCCAGGUUCUGCAGAUUUGCCCUAAGGACAUGCGAGCGGACAUCUGCGUUCAUCUGAAUCGAAAAGUUUUUAAAGAGCACCCUGCGUUUAGGCUGGCCAGCGAUGGGUGUCUGCGAGCUCUUGCCAUGGAAUUUCAGACGGUGCACUGUGCUCCGGGGGAUCUCAUAUAUCAUGCUGGAGAGAGCGUGGACAAUCUUUGCUUUGUGGUUUCGGGAUCCUUGGAAGUUAUCCAGGAUGAUGAAGUUGUUGCAAUUUUGGGUAGGUUCUCCCAUUACAGUCUGUCUUCAUGUUUACAUUUGUGUACCAAAUGACAAUGUUUAUUCUGAAAGUGAAUUCCGGUGUAGCUUCUUUCUUUCAUUUUUUGCUUUUUUUAAUCAGCUGUUUUGUUUGAGUUUCGCUUAGGAUUGUUUUCAUUGUAAAUAUUGUUUGGUUAUCGAGAUUUGUUACUAGGGAUGUCGGAAGCUGAACUGCAGUGGAACAGAAACACAAAAACAAAUACAGGGUAAAGUGGAAAAUUGUUAGCCACCUUGAGUUCCUCUGAAAAAGAGGGAAUGUGUUUUCCUCUAAUAGAAUAAUCAUCAUCAUCAUCAUCAUCAUCAUCAUCAUCACUAUAGCUGGGGAGAAGCAUACAGCUAGUGGUGGUCAUCCAUGACUUUAUAAUUCAUUGGAAGUAAGGGACCCAUCCAGCCCUCUCCCCCCUCCCCCAUCCCGUCUUGGAUAUAUUUAUUGCAAUGCCGUUGUUUAACACAGUAUUUCCAGGCAUCAUUAACAGCACAAAAGCAUUAAAGAACAUUAAAACCUAUUCUGUCAACCAAAGCCCAAAGCAUUUUGAAAUGUAGAUUUGCUCUAUUUUUAGCCAGAAAGUUCAGCCACACAGUGAGGGCACUAAGCACAUAAAAAAGGUUUUGCACUCUAACACAGUGGAAGCAAAGCAAGGAGGGAAAGACCAUGUGAUAACCCAUAAGAUGUAGAUAAGUAACAAGGAUGAUCCAGCCUUCAGGUGGUGGUGCGAUUCUAUCACACCUUUCUAAUGGUAAAGUAAAAUCUCACAGAGAUGUGGUGCAGUGUCUGUUGCUCACAUUAGCCUUGCAGAAAAAACAGCAGCCUAGCAACCUUAAAUCUUUCAGAACAAAUGUAGCUAUCACUUAGAAGGAAAUAUACCGUCAGGAAAGAGAGAAGACAGAGCAAUACAGUGGUACCUCGAGUUACAUACGCUUCGGGUUACAUAUGCUUCAGGUUACAGACUCUGCUAACCCAGAAAUAUUACCUUAGGUUAAGAACUUUGUUUCAGGAUAAGAACAGAAAUUGGGCUCCGGUGGCGCAGCAGCAGCGGGAGGCCCCAUUAGCUAAAGUGGUGCUUCAGGUUAAGAACAGUUUCAGGUUAAAAAAGGACAUCCGGAAUGAAUUAAGUACUUAACAAAUUAAGUACCACUGUAUACUAUAGAGCGUAAACCCCUUAGAUGUUGUUUCUCUCCCCCCCCCUAUUUCUUCCUCUCUUUCUUUUACUUGGGGAAGCUGCCUUGCAUUUAUAUCUGAAUUUGUCUCUCUGUCUCAACUAGGUACCUAAAAGACUGCUUGUAUUCUGGUUCAGCCAAUUAUUUAUUUAUUUAUUUAUUUAUUUGCAGGGCAAAUUAUUUGAAAGGCAUAUAUAAAUAGUCUCAGUCACAGUCUGGAGUCCUCCAGCAUGCUGAUGUCUCCCUCUUCCAAGCCUUUUGUUGCCAACAGCCCCCUUUCAUGUUGUCAUCCCCUCCCUCCCUGGUUUGCUAUCUGCCCUUUGGGGCUCUGUCCAAGCCCCAUUCCUUCCCGAGGCCACACCUCACAUAAGACCUCGCAUUCUCUCCCUUCCUGGGUUUUCUUGCUUGGCUGGAAUGUAAUUCUGUAAGAGCUCCUCUUUCUUGCCUGGAUUGACUAUGCAGCCCCCAGAAGGUGGCCCAAGAGGGAAUCAUAGAAUGGCGGGUGGCGCUGUGGGUUAAACCACAGAGCCUAGGACUUGCUGAUCAGAAGGUCGGCGGUUCGAAUCCCCGCGACAGGGUGAGCUCCCAUUGCUCGGUCUCUGCUCCUGCCAACCUAGCAGUUUGAAAGCACGUCAAAAUGCAAGUAGAUAAAUAGGUACCACUCCGGUGGGAAGGUAAACGGCGUUUCCGUGCAUUGCUCUGGUUCACCAGAAGCGGCUUAGUCAUGCUGGCCACAUGACCCGGAAGCUGUACGCCGGCUCCCUCAGCCAAUAACGCGAGAUGAGCGCCGCAACCGCAGAGUCGGUCAUGACUGGACCUAAUGGUCAGGGGUCCCUUUACCCUUUACCUUUACGUAGAGUUGGAAGGGACCCUGAGGAUCAUCUAAGAAUCUCAACUAAGGCAUCCAUGACAGAUGGCCAUCCAAUCUCUGCUUAAAAUCCUCCAAGGAAGGAGGGUCCACAACCUCCUGAGGGAGACUGUUCCACUGUUGAACAGCUCUUAGUGUCAGAAAUUUCUUCCUGAUGUUUAGCUGGAAUCUGCUUCCUUGUAACUUGAAGCCAUUGGUUUGGGUCCUAGCCUCUGGAACUGGAGAAAGUAAGCUUGCUCCAUCUUCCAUGUGACAGCCUUUUAGACAUUUGAAGAUGACUAUCAUAUCUCCUCUUUGUAUCCUCUUUUCCAUUCUAAACAGACCCAGUUCCUUCAGCUGUUUGUUAUAAGGCUUGGUUUCCAUACCCUUGAUGAUCAUAGCUGUGCUCCUCUACACAUAAUGCCUUUGGGCUGAAAAAGAUUCCUUGCUUAGACACAGGGCCAGCCCGUCCUGUUCCUACCCCCACUGAAGCCUCAAUUACCAGAGUUGUGUGGCUGCAGCUUAUGGGUUCCAGUUUGGGUGGCAGAAUCCAAGGGGUGACAUAGCCCCCACCACCAUUACUGGAGAAACAAGGAGAAGCAGCUGCGGCGGCAGCUUCCAAUAAGAUUUUGCAGGGCUCUCCCAAGAUCUCACUGGAACCUGGAAGCCGCCACCAAUGCUUCUCGCUUAUACAGCAGCAGUGGCACCUGCAGUGGUGCAACCUCUUGGAUUCUGUUGUCUAAGGCAGCUGCCUCAGUAUGUCUCAUGGGUAGGCCAGUUCUGCUUACACAUACAGGAUUGUACUCAAGACCGACUGGACGGAGGAGACCACACUUUAGGGCUGCUGAAGGAUCACUCUGUGGUUAUGACUGUCAUUAACAAAGACAGUGGCUCUACUGUUAAUUGGUCAAUUAAGAACACAGGUCAAUAGUCUUACUAUUAAUUAACCUGUUCCACAAAUUUUGAAUUCUGAUUAUUCAGCAGUACCCCUCAGGAUUUUGAAUAGCAAUCAUUGUGAAAAUUGUACUAGAAAGUGUGUGUGGGGGGGGGAAUGUGUUCACUAAACUAUAAUCUCUCAGUUUCUCUUUUAAUGGAAUGUGAUUAUGGAAUGUAAGAGUAAGAAUAUAAGAGUUAUGCUCUUAUCCCACCUUGCAACUGAGAAAUAAACUGCAUUUUUUAUUAUUAUUUUGUGACUCAAUGAUCUAUGUAACUUAGGAGCAAAAUGUCCUUUGUGCCUUAAAAAGAUAUGAAUGAAUUUACAGGCAAUAUUUUUUUUAAUGCCAUUGGAGCCAACUUUACGCUGAAAUUAGGAGGCUGAGCCUCCUACAACAAUAUUUCAUUUGGUGAGAAUAUUGCUCUUGGCUUAUUGAAUACGCUGUGUUCUCUUGCAUAAUAACAUUACUAUAAAUCAGGUUUACUCAGUUCCUAAGAGGAAAGCGUGAUCUCAGUUCCAAACGAUAUUCAUCGUGCUAAAAGGAUAUCUUUUGAGAACCAGUCUGGCGUAGUGGAUAGGAUCUUGGAGUUAGGCCAAGCAAAUCUGUGUUCAGUUCCCCGCCUAGUCAUAAAUUUGUAGAAUGGAAGGGAGAUCUCAUCCGACCUCCUGCUCCAAGUUAGAAAUCUAGAGCAAGAGUAUUUACAUCAGGUGACUGCCCAGUCUCUUCUUGAAGAUCUCCUGUGAGAUCUCCACCCACCCAGGAAAUUUGCUGGGUGACCUUGGACCAGUUAGACUCUCUUACCCUUACCUACCUUUAUGUUGAUAAAUGGAGGCAUCCAUGGCAGGCCACAAAAAGGCCAAAAAAAGGUCAGUCUUCAGGCCUGGGGGCUGGCCCUUUAAGAUUCACUCCAGACAAAGGUGUAGAGCUUUGAUAACUUCAGGGAUAGCUGUUGAGAUGUUAGACUACAAUAACUUUACCAAUCCUGGCUGGGGCCCAUCGGACUUGUAGUCCAGCAAUAUCUGGAGGGCACCAUGUUGACUACCCUUGAUCAAAGCCCUGCUUUACAAAACAAAGACAUAUCUCUAUUAUUAGAAUGUAAACAUAUGCAGAAGUAUUUCUACACUAAUACUGGAAAAGUGCAAAUGCUAUCUUUGUUGACUAAACAUUGUUUCUCCCUUGCUGUGCUGAAGUUUUUGCUGGAAAUGAUGUGGCGAAGCACAUUAGGACCAGCCUCUUUUAAGUAGGAAACAUUGUGUACAAAGGGGAGUUGGGUAUUCAAUUUAAAGCAUAGGAUUCCAGUUUGGUAUGGAAUAAUUUCCACCUCAAUACAAAUAGCUAUAAUAAAGCAGAUAAAAUCAAUAAACGAACUAAAGUUAUGAUUGUAGUGUGACCAUGCAUGCAUUUGUUACGCAAACCCAGCUAUUUUAAUUUGUUUGCUGCCACCAGGGAUUGGGGUGGUUUCAUUUGUUUACUCUGAUUAAGAGAGCACAUUGCACAGGCGGAUGGCAUGGAUUGCGUGUCCUCAGAUUUCCAGAGUAAGUUAUUAUUCACAAAGUCAUCAUCCCUGAGGAAUUUUACUUUCAUUCAAAAAACUAUGUUACCCCUGUGGAAAUGUGUGUGUGUGUGUGUUCCAUUCUGUAGAAGAAAGGUGUUAAAUGGCCCAUUUGCUCUAGAAGGAGAAAACCCUGCUGGUUUAAUUUUAUCUAAUUGCAAUCUUAAAGCAUACAGACAUAAUUGUUCUUGUAAUGCUUCUCCGAAACGGCUUUGGUUUAUUACUUUACCCGCAAGGACAUCUAUUACACAGAAGUGCCAAAGGUGAUAGUCCCAACUCAAUGGGAUAGAUUCAUAAUGUGGCACAGGAAUAUUUAAACCUUGCCCCCACCCCCAUACAAGGGAGUUGGAUUUUAUUUGAUGUAUUAUUUCCGUUUAGCAACCGCUUACUUUCUGAAGAUCUCAAAGGGGUUCCCAGUCAGUCUGUCUGUCUAUCUAUCUAUCUAUACAUACAUACAUACAUACAUACAUACAUACAUAUCUAUAUGUCUAUCAUCUCUACACAAUAAGUAAAAUAAAGACUAGAAUUAUUUCUGUGAAACAACAACACUCAAAUACUUAAACAAUAUCCAUGUUCAUAUGAAUAAUCAGAGAUCAGUACAAGACAGUAUAAUGCAAAAUUACAACCAACAUAACACACAUUAGUCAUGUAGCCACUCACCCAAUCUCACUCACCAUCCAUUGCACAGAACCACAACAGUCAUUUACUACUUUGAAUAUUAUCUCCGUCAACCAACCACUCAUACUCAACAACAUAACAACCUACAGUACCUACAAAGGAUGACUGCCAAUCAUACACAUGUGACAUAGUCUCCCCAUCUCCAAAGCACUAAAGAGCUCAUGCCCCACACCUACUGGACCAUGCUAGGAUAUCUUACCUGAGGGGGGGGCAGUUCUAUACCAGAGCAAACAUUGUCCUCACAAACAUUUCAGUUUGCCAAAUGGAAUGAUUCCCCCUCUCCUCUCCCUGUGUGCUGUUCUUGGGGCUUUGCAACUGCCCAGAGCCAAUUUCAGAGGCACAUGGGGGCAAGAGGGGGUAGAGCUUGGUUGUGCUUGCUGCUGGUGGUUAAGUGGAUCCCACACAUAAGGUUGUAUCCCCCUAAGUUAUACUCAGAGUAGACCUAUUGAAAUAAAUAAGUUAGUCAUGGCCAUUAUUUUCAGUGAGUCUGUCCUGAUUAGGGGGAUACAACCCAAAUACAGGCAGCCCCCUGUUUACUCGGAGGUAACGAGGCACCGCCAGCAAAAUCAUGUAUAAUUGAAACCCAUUGGAAGAGUCUGUAGUCACCCCACUCUGCCCAAUUAGUGACAUUUCAGUGAUGCCUUUAUGACGUUUCCAUGUACCUUCUGGGUUCAGCGUGAUGUGCAUAUACACAGCUGUACACAUAUUGAAUGCAUGUAAAUGGGGGACUGCCUAUAUAGCAAACUCCUACCUUGCAAUUUGAUUAUUGCUCUAUUAGCACAAUGUGCUCUAUUAUAUGACAUGAGGAAAAUAUUUUUGAAUCUUAAGUGUUUGCGUUGGACCCACUGGUCAUUUGGCAUCUACCCAAUGGACAAGGUAUCUACUAAAUGAAUAUAUACUCUUUAUCUUGUUAUUAUAUCUUUAUAGAAUAUGGCCACAUGACAACAGGGCUGUUCUUUCAGAUUCUGAGGAGAAAAUAUUUCUGUUUAUCAGUUUUUUAAAAAAGAUUUCUUAGGCCAUACAAUAUUUUUUUCAUGUGAACUUGGAAGAGUAAUUGUGGUUAGUUUUCAAAUAAAUGAAAGAAGUAAAUUAUUCACACACUUUUAGGGGACAGUGCUCUUCUUCUGUUGGUAUAGAUCAAGCAGCACCAUUGAAUUCAGGUUAAAUCAUAUAUGAAGAAACUGUGUGGGAGAUCAAAAGCUCAGGGUGGCUUUUAUCAACUCUGCCAGUUACACUGUUUAGCCACUGAGUAAAGAAAAAGGAGCAAAGAGAGACUGACAGCUUUUAAGUUGUUAGCCAUUUUUGAAGGAUUAACAGCAGGCUGACACUCAACAUUCUUUUUAUGCUAUUAACUGUCUUACUUUACACAAAUUACUCUAAUUAAUUAAUUGGCAAAUUAAAUAUCAGUGCCUUAGCACAGUUAGAAUUUUUACAAAGUUUAAUAAAGGUACAUUUUCUUGACUGAACAGCACAGGACAAAUUACUUUUAUUAGGAAUCUUACAUGGGAUGGAUCUUUAUAGAUUAUUGGAAGCAAUCCACAUUUUAAAUUGAACGGGUUAAUCACUGUUACCAGAGUUGUUUAACUAAAUAUUUUGCAAGCUUGAGAAUUCUGAAUCCAGUGCUAAGACUGGAUAAAUGGAUUUAUGCUAAUCCACCGGAUAGUUUUAAGCACAGAACUCUGUGGAGCAAUUCAGCUGAUUGACUGCUGGCCUUUGAAAAACACUGCAUUCUGCUUGUCUAGAGUACGCAUAACUCUGAAUACAUAGUAGCUGUGACCAUAUAUAACACCAAACUGCCUGGCGCCAACAUUUGUGGAUUUUCAGCGCCAGCUAAAGUAUGCUUCUCUUUAAUGAUAUGGGUUCUUGAUGUAUUAGGCUCAAGGUCGACCCUACCGUUAGACAUAAUGAGGCAGCUGCCAGAGAUGGCAGGUGCUGGGGGCAGCUCCCCCUUCCCUCAGCAGCGCCUACAGGUAGCCUGUUGCCUUCAGGUGCAGUCAAGGUCCCUCUCCUGUUGCCAGUUCACUUGGUUCUAUAUAUAGAAUGAGAGUGUACCAUCUUGUCCUUUGCCUCAGGCAGCAAAAUGUCUUGGGCCCACCCUGACUAGGCCACUGAUAUUUGCAGUGAGCGGUGCAGUUGUUGAACUGGUUUAUAUUGUUUUAAUGUUCUUAAUGGACUUCUUGUAGGGUUCAUUUGAUUUUUAUAUUUGAUACAUCCCACUUUGGAGUGACUUGAAGGGUGGGGUAAAAACCAAUUUAAACAAUUCAUGGCUUGGCAUUAUGUGAAUGAGCUGCAGGAAGCCUUGAAAUCAUACACUCUAUCCUCUUUUCUUUCCACAUGGCUGGAAAGAGGAUUUUGGUCUAUUUUCCCUGAAUCUCAGCUUAUUGCUGUAUCCGAAUGGAAUCUCAGCUUUUUGCUGUCUCCAAAUUGGGGAUCAGGGCUUGCACACUUACUGUGGUCAAACAAGCCAGCUUCAGAAACCAUGGUUUGAAAUUGGCUUGUUUUGACACUGAGAAGGAUUAGUUGAUUCCCACUUUGGCUUCAACAAUGAGCUGAGAUGCAGAGAAACUGAAAAUAAAUGCUACUGGGGUUCUUUUUCUGGCUUUACAUGAGAGGAGGGAGAACAUAGGUCUGUUGCUUGCUGUGGCCCAUUGACUCAAUGCUAAGCCAUGGUUUGGUGUUAACGUCUCAACACUGCCAGUUGCCUAUGCAGCAUCCAGCAUCCAUCUCUCCAGACUGCGUGUCAUAUUAUAGGUACAGCAUACAAAAAGAAAACAAGCCCAGGAAGAUAAAUUGUCUCAAACGUGUAUUUGGAGAAUGCUGCCUGCUUCCUUUCCUCAGCAUGAUAGCUUUCUUCUUUAUGUAUUUUGAAGCACUAUGAGUUUGCAUUGAAUUUGUUUAUUUUGUCAGUCUUAUUUUUUUCUGCUAUUGUGUUUUUGAUAGGAUUAUAGGGACUGUAAUGUUUGCACAUUUUAAAGAUGAUGAUGAUUGUGAGCCACUUUGAACCCAACAUUGUUGUUGGAAAAGUGGAAUACAAAUAUCAAAUAAAAAAUCAACUCUACCAAGUGUACUACAACCUGCAUGCUUACACAGAACCAGCACCAGCUGAUGGGUUGAUUUAAAUGAGAGAGUGACCACAUGGGAAAUGUUUCCUUAUGUCCUUGGCUUCUCAUUCAAAUCUGGCCUGACAGCGCCAACUGGGGAAGAAGGUUGUUGGCAGCAUGUCACCGCGUACAGGGAUAUUUGGAUCUUGUCCCUGGACUCCAACCAGAGGGCCCUGUUAAAAGUGUGUGUUCAGAAUGUGGAAUGAAAUGAGAAAUGCACUUUCAGUAAAAAGGAAGAAAGAAAGAAACCUCUUGUGGAAAUGUUUUGUUCUUGCUGUUUGAGUCUCGGCGCUGAGGCAGUCCUUUGAUCGUGGAUAUUAUUGCUGUUGUCUUUUCCUAGGCAAAGGAGAUGUUUUUGGGGAUGUCUUCUGGAAAGAAACUACCCUUGCCCAGUCUUGUGCUAACGUAAGGGCUCUGACGUACUGUGACCUUCACGUGAUCAAGAGAGAUGCCUUACAGAAGGUGCUGGAGUUCUACACAGCCUUCUCACACUCAUUCUCCAGGAACCUCAUCUUGACCUACAACCUGAGGAAAAGGGUAAGGGGUUAUUGUGUGCUUAUAAGGAUGGUCUUGGGUUGGCUCUUUUCCUUUUCGAUUGAUUCUGUCACGAUUUUUUUUAAAAAAAUGGAAAAUGAGGGUGUAUGAGAAUCCUCACUGGUAAACAACUCACCUACAGGCAUAUUUGCACUACAGUGGGGUAUAACUUGGGCAACAAUCUGCUCCUCUGUUUCCUCACUUUGCACGCUCCCUGCAUCCCUCCCCUCCCCCAGUUCCGGAAUUUGCACUAG